CGGACGGCGUAGACAGCGAGUAGUAACGUUUUUUUGUCUUCUGGUUCCAGGGUUCGAGCUUGGGCCAAGAGGUGUUCGACGUGGUCGUCCGACACUUGAGUCUGCUGGAGACCGCCUACUUCGGCCUCCGCUAUUUGGAUUCACAAAACCAAACGGUGAGCGUGUUCAAUCGAUUAAUAUUAAUAACGGUAAACGAUAUUGCCCCUUCCCCCCCCCGCGGACCGCGGUUUCCCGGGACGGAAACAACGGUUACCGGUUCGGGUUCGGUCCGAAUAACAUUCAGUCAGAGGCCGUCAGAGAUUUCCCGCCGUCGACUCGGUUCCGGCGGUCGGGGGUUUUUUUUUUUUUUCUCUCGAGCUCAAGUGGCUAUUCAAAAGCCGAAUUGAUUCGAGCCGGGGGCGCUGGCGAAAUGGACUAUAAAAAAAAAAAAAACCUACGGGAGAACAAGGCAAUUUCAAUCACCGACUAACUUUAAUACUCGGAUUUUAUUUUCCCGCGUAGAUUUUGUAAAAUAUAUUCGUCGGUCGAGUUAUUUUCGAAGUCUACGAAUACCCAUUGACCUUGGGGGUUCAACUGUCCUCGUCGGUUUUUUUCAAGCCGUACAACGGCGGAAUAAACGAAAAACGGGUACACCGUUUAAAACCUUUGUCGCUUUCGCUAUUUCGCGAAAUGUUUCCCCGUCAUCGCUUUCUGUCAUUCUCGUCCCUUGCGCACAAUUUUCCACAAGGACCGAUUUUCAGUGUAUCCGUCCACCAUUACCGGGGGUAGCCACUACAGGCGUUCUCCCGCCAUCGCCAGUCCGCGUACGGUCUCCAACAAUCUCUUACCCGCGAUAAACGCGUCAAUAUUUAGUUUGCCGAUGGCUUCGGGUACACUUGCCCGCCCGGUCUCCGUACUCUCUACCGUAAGACCGUAAAUCCGUCGCGCUACUUUCGUUUCAGAGAUUAUUACAAAAAUGUGACCAUUACACGUCGCAUCCGAACAGCAACGCGCACGUGUUUCAACCGGUAGCCUCUGACCCGCAGCGAAUCCCCAGCGAAUAACGACGGCGUACGUUACAUUUAAUAAUAUUUUGCGUGUUUUGUGUCUGUUUCAGCAUUGGUUGGAUUUGUCCAAGAAAAUUAACAAACAGAUGAAGGGUACGUACGUAAUAUCAUUUGCGUGUUUAUUAUGUUUUAUACGGCCGCCGGCGUAGGCGUACGGCAGUGUGCGUGUGUGCGUCGACUGUAUUUCGUACACGUUAAAAGUUUACGCGGUUACCGCGCGCGGCAAAAAACAACAACGACCGUAACCGCGCGCGAUUUUGGUUAACUCGUUUUGCGGCGGUCCCGUCCGCGACCCCGGUACGGGGCGACCGCAUAUUAUCGUACAGCGGACCCGGUACGGGUUGACGUUAACCACUGUUUACGAUUGUUAACCCCUUCGCGUACGCGCGCACUCGCUCGUUAAGACCCGUAGUUCCCCGGUCGCGCGUAAACAAACCGGAGCCGCGACCCUUGUCGUCGUCGCGGCGCAAAGAAAUCCGGUAAUUUUUUUCCCGCGAACGGGUUUUUUUUUUUUUUAUUUCGUCGACCCGGUCGUUUUGAACCGCCGGAAUCGCAGCCGGGUCGCGGACGCCGGUGCCCCGAUUUAAUCGAUUCUCGUUUGUUUGUUUGUUUUUUUAUUCUGAUCCGCCGUCGUCGAGAAGGCGCCGCGCCCGAUUCCGGUAACGACAACGCGCACGGUUAUUCCGGCGCGCGGCGUCCGCGGCGGGCGUCGAGACCGCGCGAAAACCGCGCGCAAUAUAUCGCGGCCAUUGUCCAGUCCCGAGUGCGCGUAAUGUUGCGCAACGACAACGACUAAACAACUAACGGCGACCGCGCGCGUGCGUAAUUAUUGUCAUUGUUACACGCCGGCCGGUGGUCGUCGGCCCCGCGGCGGCUCGGACUCGCCGGCGGGUGGUGGGGGGGGGNGGGGGGGGGGGGGGGGGGGGGGGGGGAUGUUUCGGACGGCGGAGAAAAAAAGCAGCCCGACCGUUCCGACCGAUUAAAAUCGCCAACUGUUAUCGUCGCGAUUUACGACCCGAUAAAAAUACGCAAUAACCGUACUCUUCGUCCGUACAGCUCCGUCGCGCGCCGCUCGCCGGAAUUAUUAUUUAUUUAUUCUUCCACAUCCCCCCCCACCACCCCUUCGAUACCCAUAUAAAACUGGCGAUAAUAGUCCGGCACUGCGAUUCGCACCGAAUCGAUAUUCGAUUUGAUUUUUUUUCCCCGCCCCGUUCUCCGCCCCUGCACGGUAAAUGAUUGAUUAUCGAGAGUUUUCGAACGGUUCUGCUGCUAUCCCCGCGAUCGUUUUAUGUGCGCGUGAACAUGACGGGUGUUUGACGCGGGCGAAUCCCUCGGCGGCGAAAGAGAACGGCCGAACCGACGCAUUAUGGACAUUAUGGAAAUUGCAGAAAUAUCGGCCGGUUUUAUUCAAAACGCGAACGCUGCAAUUUUUCGGCCGUGCGUCACGGCCGGGGGAGACCUCGGAAAAACAGGCGUCCGGUGUAAUGCCCGUGAAAAGUUCCCGGAACCUAGGGAAAUCUGGUGGUGGAAACGGACCGGACGCACGUGGUGCGGGACGGCGACGGGGACGGGCGUGACGUUGUUUCGAAGGCGAAAACUCUUAAAGACCAUUGUGAAUUCCGCGAGAAGAAGCGCAGUUUGACGAUCGGCGAGAGAGCGGCUCUGUUUAAAGGUUUUCGUUCGGAAUCGUAGUUCGUCGGCGGCCAAUUAUCGUCGCGCACAAAUACGUAUCGGAACAACUGUAUGCGUGUCCCCCCGCGCCUUACCCGCUUUCCGCCUAUUAGCGACCGCGCGUUUUUUUUUUUUUUUUAAAUAUUCGCCCAGUUUAAUUCGUUUUUGUUUUUCGUUCUUUUUUUUUUUCUUCCGAACCGUUCCCGAGUGCCGGGCACUGGCCAGCGGCGGGAGAGCCGCACGGCUAUAACGGAUCCGACAUUUUCUGUUUGACGGCGCGGCGUCGGUGUUUGCGUUCUCUCCGGGGGGCGCGCUCGUCGACAACCUUUCGGAUUCGACAGCGGUAUGCACGCGUGUGUGCGCGCACAAUAAACCGCGAGCGAGGGGGGGACAGGACAAGGGAGGGGGGAGCGGCGGCGGCGGUGAUGGGGUAAACGUCUUUCUGUCCGCCGUUCGCGGGGCCAGGUAGCCGUAAAUUAACGUCUCGUUUUGUCGGCGGGCGGGACGCGAAAAGCACUCCGCGGUAGGAGGGAGAAUCGAUAAUUUUUAAUAACGAAACGCCGGGAGCCCCGUUUCGGGUGCUGCGCGCCGGCAUUGCCUAAGCGCGCGCGUCCCGGUAACAGGCGCGGCAGUGCCGGGGCGGGCGCGCGCCCGUAAAACGUGCCCGCGACGAAUUUCGCGGGCAUUAAUUUGCGACGCGGGAUCUGUUUUUUUUUUUUCCGCGGGAACUCGGCGCGUACCGGCAGGGCGGCGGGCCGGGGCCGCGGACGCCGUCGCGCGUUCCGUUUUACCGGCAACAACGUGAACGGGGGAGGGGUGCCCCUGACCGCGCGGAAAUACGGCGAGUUCCGGGGUUCCGGGAUGAACGGGAGGGGGAACGUCAUUAAAGGUUCGUUUUUUUUUUUUUUUUUCGGUUUCAUUUUAUCGCGAGACUAAUUCCGCGGUCGAAAUGCGCUGGCGAGUCCCGAGUUAUUAUCGUUGUUAUUAUUAUUAUUAUUAUUUUUUUUUUUUGAAAUUUUUCCCACCCGGUUUUAUCGCCGCGGCGCGCAGUGUGCGGUUUUCUCCCACUAACGUUGUCCCGCCGGCGUUUCGUACCGAUACAGUUUGCGUUUUGAGGCGGUCGUUUUUUUAGUUCUUGUUUUUUUUUUUGUUUUAAUUUUCCGUUUCGAUAACGCCGGAAAACCGAGAAGCCGCGGAUUUUCAUCGAAACCGGUUUGUUUUCUUGAUUGCGGUUCGUCCGUAGCAGAUGACCGUAGACGUUUGACAUUUUUACGGGAUACGCUCUCAUGUUAGCGUCGUAGUUUUUUUUUUUUUUGUUUUGUCUAUCUGUUCGGAUUCAGAUUUACGCGAAUACAUUUCGGAUUCCGAGUGAAACGACGAAUGCACUGUUAACGACAUGUCUGCCAAACGUUUGUUUCUCGCCAAAAACGUUAUUGAACUUUAUCAGAACUUUUUUCAGGGUAACGUUUUCGACGACGAACCGAAAACAAGUUCAGUAACGGGGUUGUUUUCGAUUUGUCGCGCUAUUCGUAUUGAUUUCUGGAUCGCUCACAUUAAAAAAAAAAAAAACGAUCGACAAAAUAUCAUUCCGCUCACAGAAUCGUUUUUCGCCUGCAACGCUCGUCGUCGCGCGCGGACGUAAAUCCAAUCAUUCCGCACAUUAUCGUGCACCGAUUAUGCGUGUGUCCGAGUUCCCCCCCCCCCGAGAACAGUCGGUACGCCACCGUCACCGGUGUGCGUGGUUUUUUUUUUUCGUUUUGUUCGGCCGCGCGCGAACGGUCCCGGCUGAGAAUUUAUAGCCGACGAAACGUCGCGUCGUCGGUAAAACGAACACCACCCGUUCUGUCCUCGGCGCUCGGCGUAUUUCAGCGAUGCCCGCGCGAACGUGCGCGGCCCACUGCGAUAACAGUCGGCGCGCGGCCGAAUCAAUCCCGCGGGUAAAACACCGCGUCAGUAAAUACGCCGAGUUUGACGCGAUGGCGGCGCGUCUAAUUGGUCCCGGCACUGCGCCGGAACCGAUUCCGACGGGACGGGACGGCUGCGCGUGGGUACCCGGGUCACGAACCGCGCGCCGCGUACGCGUGCACACUCGAAAACGCGCGUGUGUAAUUAAUCUUAUUCCCCUUAAGUUUCCCACUCGGGCGUAGUGUAGUGUAACAAAGGAACACGGGGGGGAGGGGGGGAAAUCAUAUUUCCGCCCCGCCCGUCGACGUGUGCGGCACGUUAUUACGUACGCGGCGUGCAUGCGCGCAUAAUAACAUUACGCUCUCGCGGAAAGACAAAUACAAGACGAAAUACGGGCGCGCGUACCUGCGCCGCCCGCGAGCCUACCCGCCGAGACGUGUGCGCGCAGAUAAACAUUAAAUUAACCGUACCGUAAUAAUACCGUUUGCCGAGAUAUCAAAAAUAUUUACGCCGAGUGUUCCGUUUUUCAGGUAACGACAACUUUACGUUUUACUUCGGUGUGAAAUUCUACGCUGCCGAUCCGUGCAAACUCGUCGAAGAAAUCACCAGGUAAGACGUUAUGAAUACGGCGGAAUAUUUUUUUUUUCCUUCUUCUCCUCUUAUUCCUCUCCGCAUUUAGCGUUUGGACGGGGCCCGUCCGGACCAGAGUAUUCCGAGACGUUAGCUCGACCGAACGUUCGACGAGCUUUUACAGAAGUACUAAAAGUGUCCGACCCGAGCCGGUCGCGGCCCGAUUAGCGGCCCGCACGUGCUUCGGCCCGGCGGCACUUAUCGUUUAGGCAGCUGUGGUUUUUUCGUUUCCGAUCGGAAAUUAUUAACGGCCAAAUCUCUCAGUCGACAAGUCCGCUUUUAGUGACAACAAUGUCCAGAAAAGCCGUGAGUAGGACGAAAAGGGGAGUUCUACCCCGGAACCAAGGAGUAGGAUAAAGGAUUUCGGUACUCCUUAAUCCGGACUCCUACUCCUCAGUCCUACUCCCACUCCUUAAUCGUUAAUCCCGGGGUAGAACACCCCGUUUUCGUUUUCGCGGCCGAAAACCGCGCCCGCCCAACGCGGUCCGCGUGGCCGUUGUCCGGCGUCGCGCGGCGCGAUUCCGCAACGCGCCCCGGGGACGCGGAACACGAGCGACACGAGACGCGCGCGCGGGCGUUCGUCCGGCUCGUAACGAAACGACGGUUUGCCGGCCGUCCGGACGGGGCCCCCCGGUCAGGGUCCGCCCCGUCGCGGGCGCGGAACGGUCCGAAUCGACACCGGGCAGCGCACGACCGUCCCGCACGAGACACGCGCGCGCCGUUAAACGCCGGACACGAACGCGGGCGCGUUCCGUCACGCGUCGACGGGUUUGGAGUGCCGGCGUUUUUGGCGGCCGCGUCAAACGUUUUAACGUCGGCGUGCGGGGGGCGGCGGCGGAUCGCGUGAAUCGCGAACGCGUCCACGGCGCGCUCGAUCCGGCGUCGUAAACCGUCGACAUGCCCGGCCGGCGCCGCAUUACUUAUCGCGCAAAUGUUAUUUGACGUUUGCGCGUUUUGACGUUCGGCAAUGACGUUGCGUCGCGUGCGCCGCGCGACAUCGUAUCGUUGCGAUGCGACAUUUGGACGCGGAAAAACAACGGCGACCGGAACCGCGGGGCGGUCGGCGGGAAAAGGUUGACACGGGACGCGCGUUCGUGUCUACGGGAGUUCGGUCGACCGACCGCGAUCCGCGGAAAUAAACCGCACGGUCUGCGGAAACGCGGUUUCCGUUCGUGAACACCCCGCCAAUAGCGAAAAUGCCGAUCACGCGGCCGGUUCGAAAGGCGAACCGAAAGAGAGAACGCGCGCCGCGGCAAACCGUUGCUGACGGAAAACGUAUCUGAGCGGAGUAUUGUUAGCCGUAUUUUUCUGUGUUGCCGGCGUAACCCGGACAAAAAUAACUACCUCCUCGGCACACCGGCCGAAUUAGAUACGCCAGAGAUAGAACAGCUCAGUUGUUCGAAAUUCGGCCAUAGAACGGCACUUAACUCCAAAAUUAUGGUCCUCUAUAGAGGCGACGGGAAAUGAAAAAAAAAAAAAUGAAACAACAACAACGUGUUAAAUGACGGCGUUACCGCAUCCAUGUUACUAUCUAUUUGGUGUAAUCGAAAGAAUAGAAAAAUCAAUAGGAAAAAUGACGGUUUUUCAUUUCAAUUUUCUUUUAUCAUAACGAAAAUUAAAAGGGAAAAAUGACGUCUUUGAGGCGCCAAAUAGAUCAAAACCGUUUCAAAAAAAAAAUCCCACGUAAUUUCUGCAGACUGGAAUCUCGCGUACAGAGACUUUGGAAAUAAAUGACACAUUAAAACCCCCUACAAAAAUAAAUUAGUAAUUUUUCUUUUCGCAAGUACAAAACACAUAGUGCACAAACAACGUAUUGUUUGUAUCGUCGUCGUGCUUUCGUGGAGAUUUCCGAUGUCGUAAUAUUAUUUAGAUCGCCCGGGGCUAAUACUUUGCUUUUUCUCGUCUCGGCUCCUUAUGUUUUUCAAUUAUCUCAUUUUCAGACGAUGCCAUUGUGUUUCCGUCAUAUUUUUCUAUGGCGCUCGCACAGUGGCGUCUCUUUUUUGUUCGCGCGUUCCAACAGAUUGUGUUUGGAGAAUCGUCGAGUUUGGCUAAUUUUUUUGUUUCAUUAGUGUUAUAAGAACGUAUCGAUUUGCUAUUUGUCGAAUUAUUAAAUCGUCCCGUCAUUUUAUUUGCUUUUGUAAUGACAUUUUGCCCCGUCUUCUCGGAAACAAUACAAAUAUGAUUUAUUUGAUUUAUUUCCACCCCGGACAAAAGUUCUGCAAAGAGUUUCGGAACUCGACGGAAAGUUGACAUAUUAUUAAUAUUUUUGAUCGAAUAUUACGAAACGAGUUUCCAACUAAAUAUUGUUUUCAAACUCUCGAAUGUAAUAAUACACAACAAUAACUACUUAACCUCAAAUCGUCGAAUAAAAAUGAAUAAUAACGAUGAUAUACUAUAUAUUUUUUUUAUAAACUCGAUUGAAUAUUUGAUAUAUAUUUUUUUUUCCCCUCGCAAAGUACUUUUUGGGUUAAUAAAAAUGCUCCGAUUUAUUCAUACCGCACUUUGAACGAUGCGGAUUUUUCGCCCGGUGGUGCAUUAUCUGUACGCAAAUGUCUAGAUUGCCAACAGAUUUUUAAAAGCGUUUUCAAACACCGAUCGCAAACGUCUGUGUAUCGGUUUUAUUUUUGUGUGUCACUUUAACUACAGGAGGAAAAACACGUGUAGCCCAACUCCGCUUGGAAACGGUUUUCGUUUAAAACAUUGAUUUAUCAUUGUGUACGGUAAAUAUUACUGUUCCAUAUCUUAUGUAUCUAUGCGACUUUCCGCCUGCAACAGCGGCUUACCCACUGUGCGAUGUAAGUCCUGUUUUUUUUUUUUUUUUUAUUAUUAUAUUUCGUGUAUAAAUCACAGUACCUAUAUCGACAUUUUUUUUCUCUCCCUUCGACUACCCGCAGCCAUUGAGUCGAUUAUUUUUUUCGUUCCGUCGGUAUUUCCGUUUUAAUUUAUUAUUGUUUAUUGUCAUACUAACCAAUAUCAUGCUGAUAAAAAAAAAAAAAAGGUUAAAGGGGGACCGUUUUGGCUUAUCGCGUCAGCAACACGACGGCCUAUAAAACCGAAGCACUUCGAUAUAACCGCGCGCCGUGCCCAUGCACUCGAACCGCGGCGUGUAACGCGCGCUCCAUCGAGUCGAAAAUCGCGUUCGACGGCGUGGUGCUUACGAAGUGAUCUCCGGUGUUUAGUUAAAACGAAUCGCUCGCAGUUUGCUCUCAACACUCGUUCAUUUACACUAGCGAUCGGCCUCGACACACCUCUCUCUCGUUUCCCCAUCUUCUACCCUUUUUUAUCGCGUUUCCGUACAGCGUACAAAGACGUCUCGGCUGCGAAAACUCAUUUUUCAAACGCGUGCGCGGAACUCGGAAGUCGGUCGAUUUUCAUGACGCCGCGCGUCGUACGACAACCGUUUCAAAGAGUAUCCACUCGACUCUGUUUUACACCGCGUAUUCCAAUCCAGACGGUUCACAGAACGACCACGCGUUUCGGACGGAAGCGUACGCUGCACAGCGACGGACGUUUCGUUUGCGUUUCGCUUGAAAACGAUUGUCGCCGGUGUAUAGCGAAACGAAAAAUUGUAAUUAAAAUCAAAUUAAAUUGCAAUUAUGUAAACUAAUAUUUUGUAGGCGUCUUUCGACGAAAUGAGACGACGACUAAAUAUCAUCACGUCGAUUUAGAUUUUUUUUUUUUUUUUUUUUUUAUGAGCACUAUUUAGCGUUCUCCCCCGUUUAAACGUUUCGCACAUAAUGCGUAUGCAUAUACGCACAAAAUAUCAUUUCGCUCGAACGCAUAAGACUUUAUAAAACGCAAGUAGAUUCCGUCGCCGCACCCCGAAAAUCAUUAGACCUUUGUGUCUGGGCGGGCAAACUUCGAGCAUGCCGACAACAACGAUGUCGUUCAUUACAGAACAGUGUCGUAUAAUGUGCACGGACGGUGAGGUUUAGCCGCACAAACCGCCGUAUUUUAUCUCCGGUGGUUAUUAUUUAUUAGAAUAGUUUAUAAAGUUAUGAGUUUAUUAUAACGUACGAUGGUUCUCCGGACACUGCGCGCGACGAUGACACCACGGUAUUCGACAAAUAUUAAUAUAUUGCUCAAUAAUACAACUAUUUGUUUUAAUAAAUACAUAUUUUAAAAGCCCGGAAAUACACUUUUGAACCGUUAAAGUUGAAACGUCCAAAGACGCAUACUUGAUACUUGCGCCAUGCGUGUAUAAAAUUGCAUACUCUUGGUUUCAUUUCGGGGGUCUGUAUAACGGCGUACAAAGCUAAAACAAAAUACUCUCCUCCUGUAACGAUAUUCAUAUUUAAAUUCAACAAAAAUUGUAUCACUUCAAUCCGCCCAUAAAACGACUCCCGAGUUCUCGAAUUUAAGUUCAUUUGGUCUAAAGAUAGUUGUUAAAAAUAGGAAACGGGGAAAAGUAGCAGGGGAAAUUUUACGAUUAAAAAUAUUUGUCAACUGACUUUUAAAUUCGUAGCACACAGUAAUCAAAUAAAAUGUAUUAAACGAUUAAUAUUAUUAUAAUUUUUAUCGGUGUGAAUUAUUCCGGUAAGAAUCCGAAUCGUUGAAAUCACAUCGUUUUUUAUAUAUAUAUAUAUAGGUACUUUCCGUUACAAAAAUAAUAUUUUCCUCAGUCCAGUCACAUAACGUUCGUACAUCCGUAUAAUAUGGCUGUCGAUUUUCAAAAUUCCCCGGAAUAAAUGUGUGCACGGCUAUUACAGCAGCAAAAAAAAAAAAAAAAGAAGAAGGGCUUUUGUGUCUGGCUCAUUUAACUGGGGACAGAGGAAAGAGGGGGCGAUUUCGUCAUCAUUUUUUAUAUAUAUUUCUUUUAUUAUUAUUUUUCUCGGUUCAUUUAACACGAAUCACGUACACCCUCUUGCAGUACAUACAGAAUAAUAUCACGAUUGCGAUCGGUGGGCGAGCCGUUACCUACAUGCACUGCAAUCCGCCACCGCCGUUUGAAAGCCCACGUGCGAGCAAUAAUAUAAGUAUAAGUAUGGCAAAACAUCAUAAAACAAAAAAAAGACCAUCUGUUUUUGGACUUUGUACGUAUCGGAGUGGCAAAGAGGGAGUGAGAGAGUGAGAGGGAGUUAUUACAUUACUCGCGAUAAAAUACGCGAUAUUAUGACCUUUUGCGCGGAUAUUUUUUUACUGCAGUAGAUAUACAAGGUAAAAAAAAAAAAAAAAACAAAUAUCGGAAAUAUUUUGGAAAUGUUAACCUUAAAAGAGUAUAGAUUCUAUGGUUGCCUAAUCGUGUGUAUAGACGUGCGUUAUAGAACUUUAUAAUGAUGAAUAUAAAUUUUUUUUAAAAAAACAAUUUUUGUGACUUUUAGUGCGUGCAUUUAUUCCGUUAGUUUUGAUGUGCGAGUUUAUGUAAAAUAUCACCUCGAGAAAUUGGUUUUCAUGUCAUAGGUUUUACUGGUUUUACAUAUUUUACGUCUGCGCUAAAUGACAACCGUUGUCGUAUUUAUGAAUUAUAAUUUAAACGCAUUUCCAGUAGGUAUAUAUGUAUAUUAAUAAUACGACAAAAUUGAUUGAAAUUUUUAUGUUCUGUUUUAGUAGUCUUUUAUUUUUCGGUCAUUUUUUCGAAGGGCACUAUUGUGGUUAAAAGAUGUUUUUUGAGAUUGUUUAGAUCGUUACAUUUUUUUGUGGUUUUCUAAAAUGAAAAUACGGACCAUACACGGAAUGCAUUUUGCCGCCUUCGAUUUCAACUCAAUAGUGCAUACUACUAUAUAAAGAUGUAACGAGGCACGUAUUCAAGAGAGACGAUGGGAGAAAUUUCCCCGCUGCCAAAAGCUCGUAUAUCUUCUAACUAUCAGUAAAAACCAAAAACGACACUGAACACAGUGAAAGUCUAUAGUAAUCAAUAAGCGGCGAAAUAAUAAAUUUAAACGAAUUUCAUUUUUUUUAAAUAGGUAGCUGUAAAUAAAUGAAAUAACACCGAAAAAAAUUAUAUGCCACCUCUAGAAAAUUCUUGAGACGGUUUUCCGUGAAAAUGUGUAAUGAAAAGUUCCUUCAAAAUAAAAAAAAAAAACAACAUAAUCAUCAGUAUAUGCUAUUGUACCUGUGUACCCACUCAUUCGUUGUUACAAAAAAAAAAAAAAAACGUAAUAAUUUAUAAAUUUGUUUUAAUGACUUUAGGGGUGCUGUGGGAGAUUUCGGGGGCCAAGCUCCCUAAGCUCCUCAGUCUUCACCUGCGUUGCGCGUACCGAAAGGCUUACAAAUUUAAAAAAUGUUUUUUACGUACGGUUACGUCCGGACAUGUAACCGUACGUUACGAUUAUGUAAUCUUCCAAGCGUUUCGCUCGUUUUACAUAUUCACCAUAAAAACGUCAAGAAUAGUACGUAUCAUUUAUUAAAUUUUUUUUUCUGCUAUGUACACGUUCGCGCGUUGUUUCACGUAAUAUAUUAUUAUUUCAUAUUAUUAUGCCGCGUAGGCGCGACUAUAUAUACUCUUUAGUGGUUCGAACAUUGUACAAUGUUCACCCGGUAGAUUCUAAUGAAAUUGCACGCCGUCGUGCUAAGGGGUCAUAAUAUUAGCGUUUCAAACAAAAAAAAUACGAAAAAUAAAAAACCACACGGGAUAAUAACAAUGCGCGCGGUUAGAUGAAAUCGUUUUGUGAUCCAAACAAUAUAAUCACUUGCGAGAGUGUCGAAACGCGAAAAUUACGUGCUUUCAUAAACAAUAAAAACAUAUAUGGUUAUCAGUGUUAUCACUUACCGCUCGCCGUGUACCCUACGACGAUAGAACAAUAAUUAAACGCAAAAUCUCUAUACGUUGAUUAUCGCUUUUACUUUUUCUGCGGGUUUUUUUUUUUUUUUCCUGUGCCGCCGCCGUCGUCGUCCUCGUGAUCACGACCUAAACAGCUAGGAAAUAAAAAAAAAUACUAUAGCGUAUUCUACUACCUAACGCACCUUACCUAUAAUUUUACCGCGGCCGUAGCUUCUGCAUAUCAUAUAAUUUUUUACACGAGUAUACAGUUCACGUGGGCGUUCAUUUUUAUUUUCGAGUGUGUACGGAGAGAGUCACGAAAUAAAAAGAAACCCCGUUUUAUAACUUUUUUCUAUAAAAUAUGGCAUCUUCUUUGAAUUUCGCUAUUUGUAUUAAUUACAACAAAAUGCACUAUAGCUAAUGUUCUAUGCGUGAAUUACGAUAUACUAAUUAAGUAUAUCUUAAUUCAUGGUCCUGUGUAACGUAAUUUUGGUACGACGCUUGUUGGUCAGACUGAGACAAUAAGGGUUCUAAACGUAUCUUAUAAGGUGUAUAGCGUCCUCAUAAUUAAUUAAAAAGUAAUUUUUUUUAAAAAAAACCUUUUAAUCUAAUUACUCAUUUAUAUCUUUAACUUAUUACAUUAACUAGUUUGAAUUUUCAUUGAUUAAACUUUUUUUUAGAAAAAAAAAAAAAAUUUUUUUAAAUUGAGUUGAUAAUUUUGAAUUUUUACUUUUAACUGAUUAAGAAGUACAAUUGAUUUUUCGUUAACUUUUCACUUUUAACUGAAAUUUUCUUUAUUUAUUUAGCUUGACCAAAUUAAAAAUGUCUAUUAACUUGUCCACCUUUGAUAAUUAUGAUAGAUGCAAGCCAUUUGACGUAUACGUCGACUAUACUGACUUUGUUUUUGAACGGUUUUUUAAAAACAUUUUCCUAGCCUUUUCAGAGCUUUUAUUGGUAUAUUUAAAAUUAUUUUCAAUUUUUAAUCGUUUGUUAUUUUAAUUUAAACGUAGGUGUGUUUUAACCAAUAAAUGUCGUACAAAGAUGAAAUGAGGACGAGGUUCAGAAAUUCACUUUAAUUUUUGGUUACGGCGCCCCUCCUCCGUGUAAAAUCAGUUAAUUUUAAUUUAGGCUGUUUUUUUUUUAAACUCUCAAACGAAUAUUACGUCCAUUUUCGUGUACAUAACGAAGACACAGCUAAAAGACCACCCACCAUAAUAUCAUCAUCACUAUAAGAUUUAUGUUUAAGCACGUGCCUAUCAAUUAAUAAGUCGUGCGUCACGCCACUUCAAUGCCAUAAUGAUAAUAUUGUCAAGGCAUAAUAUGUCGCUAACCGGGUUAAGUGUUCUGCGACAGCGUUUAGUAUUCAACUCGCAUGAUAUCGUGUCGCACAUCGAAAUCGAUUUUUUGGUUGUGAAAUAUAGUUAUUUUUAUUUUUGCUAAAAAUGCGAUUAUUGAUCUUACGGGUAGAUUGAUUGCGUGUGGGUCCAACUAUGCAGGUUGUGUAUCUGUACAGGGUUUGAUAAUUUUCUGUACAAUUACACAUUGGAAAUAAUGUCAUAUCUUGCAAAUACACCCUGUAAUACACCCCAUAAUAAAUGAUAUUGUAGUGAUAAUAAUAUCGCAUACGGUCAGGGUUUUGGUCCCGAAAUAUAAAAGCUGAUCGUCCAGUCGUUUGGUGCAUAACAAUUUCGCAAGCAAUAAUAAAAACUGCGAGAAUCCGAACUUUCGUUUCAAACGAUUGAAUCGCCACGGAGCUUAGAAUAAUAAUUAUCAUAUGCCUUGCAACCGGCGACCGUUUUAAAUAUUUUCGCAGUUAAACCGAAGUACCCUGACUCGAUUAAAAACACAUUAGCCCAAAUCCCGUCAAUUUACAUAAAACAAAAAUACGAAAUUUUACAUUUUUACUGUGUACCGCGCUCGUGAGUCGUGACUUAUGUUCUAUUUCGAUUGAUUAGAUUAGAUUAGAUUAGAUUAGCUUUUUUAUUCUUUUAAUUUAUUUCAGCCGGCAUGAAUUAUAAUAUUUUAUCAUUUCAUUUGUUAUAUAAUAUACCUAUCAAUUAUUUUUAAAAAGUGUUCCAAAUAAAGGUCUCUUAUUAUUUCUCCGAGGAAGACUCUGCAGAAAAAUAUGGACUGAUGCGGUGGAAAACGAUUUAAAGACUGCGAGUUAGAAAGUAGCUCAAGACGAGGCGGAUACUGGUAGUAAAGUGAAUAGUACCAAACAAAUAAACUCCCGAAUAGAAGUUAAAACACACAACACGUGAAUAGUACCACUGAGGGGUGUGGUACUGGUUUAGAAGGAAAGUUAAAAAAGAGGAUGUAUAGAGUAAUUUAAUUGUAAAUAAUAAUAUACCAAAUAUAAUAAUAAUUAUUAAAUUUGAACACAGCGAUAAACAAACGAAAAACAACUCAGAGCAGAGUUCUAUUAGACGUAUUAUUUCCUUUGUUACCAAGUUAACCUUGAGAUCAAUAACAAUCAUACAACAAAUUAGCAGGUUUUCUCCUUUUAUUAAGAAAACUACAAAGAAAAUUUGAAAAAAUUGACCUUUUCAAUAUAUCAAAUAUAGACCAAAAAUUCUAAAAUUUUUAAAUUUUAAGCAAAGCAAGGAAUAUUGUGGUUUAGUAUAAUUUGGAUUUUUGUGUCUGUAAACAAAUUAUCUACCAGGAAUCUUGUUUCAAACUUGCUUCAAAAAAUAGCCACGAUCUUUAGAAAACCAACAUUCAUUAUCAUUAUGCAUUUUUCCAAAAUUAUAUCCCGUUUCUUCACGUUUUCUGACUAUAUUGAUUUUAUCCGUCCAUGACUGUUUUUUAUUCUAUGUUGCCCAGUGUGUCGUAGUGCGAGAAAAAAUCUAGCUCGCAUGCCUAUUUAUUUAGUCACUACAAUGGCAUUUAACAUGUUAAAUGUUAAACAUUUAAAAUUUAAUAUUUUUCGAUCCAGUGCAUUUAGGAAGUAAUUUGUUGGUUUUCCUUUUAGUAUUCUUAAUAAAUGCGAAAAACUAUCGUUUGUUUAAUAUAAUUCGUGUUAAUCUCUGGGAUACCUUGACAAAAAGGGAGAGAAAAUACAAAUUGCAAUGGUUUACAGUUCCAUACAGAUAUAAAUUAAAUUACCCUGUAUACCCUCCCUUCGUCUAUCAGCAAUAUGAGCCUGUUUUUUCAAUACGCAAAUAAAACACCCGAAAUGACCGGCCGUGUUCUUCUGGUACUUCCAUAGACGUGGAAACAUGACUUACAUACAACUUACAGUAUGCACACUACAUUGCACUUUUAUUACUUUAAAAUGUCUUUUCCGAAAAAAAAAAACACAUCGUUAUAAAGUAAUAACAAUAUACUUUUCGCGUAUAUAGCUCUCUUCCGCUUUCAAGUAUAAUGUAUAAAGAGAAUAUUAAUGUAUUAAGUUAAUGUAUUAUAUUAUAUUUUUCUUUUUUUUUGUUGCACAUGGGUUUUCGUCAGAUAUCUACCGAAUUUCGGUCCGUUUUAUCCGUAUAAUUUUAAAUUUUGAAUGAUGUGAAGAAGCUGUUGAGUAUAUUAUAGUUUUAAUAAUAAAUUUGGUUGUGUGUGUAUAUAUUUUACAAGGCACAUAUUUAUUAGGUUAGUAAAAAUAAUCCGAAUUUUUACAUCUCAAUGUGUCAUAAUUAAAAUUUGCUGUUUUUUUUAACCUGUUGGUACUUUAUUUGAAAAUAAUUUCUAAUUUGCCGAAAAUAUUUUUAAAAAAACUGAUAACAAAAUGUCGAUACGUAAUCAAAUAUUAUAAUUUAUAAUCAUGAGUCUCGAUAACUUUUGAAAUGCAAAAAUUCGUUAUAUUAUGUACCUAGGUACAUUUACAAAAAAAUAAAAUAUUUAUAGAAUACGAUUAUGUUUCGAGUCUCUCCGCAGAUUUUUCCUUUUUGAAUUUCGUCAAAGCUGUAAUCAAAUUUCCAACAUACGACUACGAUUGAGGUUUCGUUUCUUUCUCGAUUAUAUAUAUAUAUUACAUAUUAAAAGUAAACUGAUUUAUUUAACGUUAAGGUAUGUUAAGAACGGUUUAAGCCAUUCGAAAUCUAUCAGUGGGCACGAUCCAUACAGCUGCAGUGUAAAAAUAUGAAAAUCGCAUUUCUAUUAUACGUGGGUUUUCGUAUUUCUCAAAAAUGAAACAAUUCAUUUUUAAAAUCCGUGUUUAAUUUUAAUUCGAAAAACACAAAUAAUAUAAUCUUAAUUAAUUUUACUUGUAUAUAGGAUAACUAGUAUUAUAAUAAUACCUAAUUGAGUAAUUUGAUUUUUUUUUUCUUUUGUGCAGAAAUAUUAAAAUAAUAAUAUGAACUCGAAAGUAUACGAAUAUAAUAAAAGACCCUCCGGAAAUAAUUGGACAUUUCGAAUUUUCAUCGCUCGUCUCUUAGACAUACUUACUUAUAGUACAGGGUUCAUAGUAUAUUAAAUGUAUACCGUAUUUUUAAAACGGAAUACUACAGGUUCAGACCGCGUGGUUCGCUAGUGUAUAUAGUAUAGUAUUAUUAUUAUAUAUUAUUACGGUGCAUAAUAUUAUAUUGAACUCGUUUUAGUGAAAAGUUAAUAACUGCAGUUUUACCGUGGAGGAAAAUUAGCUGUCGCCAAUUUAACACCCGGUCGCAAAAACCGUUCGCCCGUUUGACGAGCCAAUAUUUCAUAAUAUUUAGCGGUGCGUUUACACGGGCGUUUAAUGAAAUCUUCCCCUUCAAGCGUUUUAUCCGUUUAAUAUAAAAUUAUUUUUAUUUUAUGUACAUAUGACGUAUAGUGUGACAUAAUAAUAUGUGCAUUGCAAUAAAUACUCCCUCGGAAAUUAUGAGUGAAAACUGUUAUGGCCUUCUACAAGUACAACCACUCAUAGAUUUUACUUGUUUCUUUUUAACAAAAAUAAGCUUUCACAAGUUUACUUUUUAUUAUUGAUAAUCUAUUUUGACGUUUGUAUAUAGGCCCUCGGUCCGCUGAUACUAAAAUUAGCCCUUCAAAAAAAGUAUUUGAUAGGUCGUCGUUCUCAAUUGUGAAGAAAAUGAAUAAUUGACGGCUCGGACUUCCACGACUUGAUUUCAGAAUCGAUUAAUUAAUCUGACGAACAAAUCUCGGAAAAUGUUUGCAUUUUCAAUACAGGAGACACUAUGCGGAUCGUAUUGCCCCCACGAGUCUAUUAGAUUCAAAUACGUAUAGCCCCUUCUUGUUCAAAACUAAAAUUGCGCCUAUAGUUCCUAAUUAUUUUAAUUGUUUACACGUUUUUCGCAUAGAAUUGUUCAUUUAACUUUAGUGAAUUUCAUUUGUUAAAAAAAAAUGUUAGGUCUACGAUCAAGACAAAAAAAACAUUACUUAUCUGAGCGUACUCUUAUAAUCACUCUUGGGCUUGACUAUGAUUACAGUUUACGCAACAAUUUUCAUAGAUACUGUGACUGUUCAUCGAAUCAAAAAACUAAAGAUAACAACGAUUGUACAACUCUGGAUUUGUUCGUGAAUUUCGCUUUCGAUCUUUUUGUAUUUAUCCUGUGCCUUUGAUAUUACACUAGUAAAAUAUAAAUUCACGCGGAAUUCGAUGUUGCAAGUGUCUCGUAGACUGCUAGAUUCUGCAAUUUGAUAAACGCCUUUUUAUCAUAGGUCUAUGGAUAACCACAGUAUCUAUAAUCGUGCUUUUUACUAAUAAAUUUCGGCUUCGGCCGAUUGCCGAUUUUCAUUGUAGUCUCGGUCAAUAACGCCGAAAAUAAGCCUAAUGAGUCGGCAUAAUGUAUUAUGAGUUUGCCGCCCCUUACACUCGGUAGUUUACCCGUCAAUAUGGUUCGGAAGUUCAGCACUUCCGCAACCGGAAAUGAAUAAUAUUAAUGGACUUUCUAGCCGGCCGAACCAAUCCGAAAACUCUCUCGGACACGUCAAUUUCAUAUAAUAUUCGCAUCGACAAACGCGGGCGUAACGACUAAAAAUCGGUUUUGAUCGAUUAACCAUUUCCCAUAUAUUUUCAUUUUUACGGGGGCGGAAAAACCAUCACCGCCAAUAAUUUAUCAGUAAGAUAAAAUAUUGUAUAAAACAAACAUUAUGUACGCUGUGGAAAUUUAUCCGGAUAAAGAAAAAGUAUAAAACAAUCAAUACAUCUGUAAUCAGAUAAUGGAAAACUACUAGUAUUUAAUAAGUGAUGUUAUACUUAUAUAUAAAACAAUUAUUAGGUACAAAAACGAGUUGUUGGCCAAAAAACUACUUGCUUCAAUCAUCACUGAUAUCGCGGGGAUAAUAUUAUUUUCUAUAAGCAAAUAGAGGAUUCUGUUUUGUAUAAUGACAACAUUUUAUUUACACCAAAUAAAACGUUGAAAAGUUGUUUUUAGUUUUGUAUUAUUCGCGAUAAACAUCCCCCACUGAAAAACGUACGAAAAAACGGCAAAUUUGCACAUCUAUUUUCAUUAUAACAUUCGUACUCUGUAGUAUAAUUACUUUUUUUAGGCGCGUUACGGUUUUAAAAAUAAAUUAGUAUUUCCGGCUCUUUUUGAAUGGAUGCACAAUUAUCGUUUUCGAGGUUUUUUUUUUCGCAAUAUUUACGACAGACGACAAACGACGGGCGGGAAAAAAAAACCCCUUUCACUUCACGGACGAAAAACAUAUGACGCUCAUUCGUAUUCUAUCGCGGUGCUGUUCUUUUGCGCGCUAGCCCACGAACGCUGCGGCGCACACAAUUAUCAUUCUUCGACACUUAAUAAUCGGUCGGUCGUAUUCGCAAUAGUCGCGAGUGUUGCAAAACUAGAGCACAACCGUAAUAUUCGUAAUAAAAUAUUACGCCCGUCGCUAAACACAAUAUAAUAAUUGAGGCACGCCAUAAAAUAUAAUAAUAAUUAUACGAUUAUCGUCGGAGGACAUACGCGUCGUAGUUAGUCUAACCGGGUUAGGUAACGUAGUGAUCGCACACGUAGCAUAUAGAAAUCAAUUAAUUUUUCAGUUGUCGUGAACGCGAGUUCGGUAUGCCGUUGUGGUAUCUGUGUACGCACAAGGAUAUGGUAGCCAUUAAGUCAAAGUAUUCGACGAUAAAAAUAAAAAAUGACCUAUCAUUGUUUUUUUUUUUUUUAUAUAUAGAAAUUUCACGUAUGGAAUACUUUAUUAUUUUACUAUACCGUCCUCAGUUUUACUUUAUACUUAUACACCGUAAUUCGUACUGUGCAAAUUCUAUUAAAAUACCACGAUAAUAGCUAUUAUAAUUUAUUUAAAAUAUAACCUUAAAAUGUUCAUAAUAUAUUUAAAUGAAAAGAACUAUGAUUUUAAUAAAAAAAAAUGUUUUGUUCAAUUCCUUAUCGUCUCUAGCAGAAGUUUUUAUCGGGCGACUUUUUAUCAAAAAUCGUUAAAACCAUUCUAGAGAUUAUUAUGUAAGAACAUUGCAAGUAAAUGAAAUAUUAUUGACUGCCAGAAGAGGAUUAGCGUUAAAAAAAGAGAUGGUAAGGGAAGCGAAUGGGAAGUUGGUUGGGCAAGAGAGAAGAAAGGGGUAACGGAUUACGUCCGUGGGCAUUUAAUUUGUCACAGAUAACGUCACGAGGGACAGUUAUUACCGGAUAAUAUUGUACCUUACAAUGUUCCCGUCCUUCCGAUGUUUUCCGGUUUUCUCUCUGUAUUAAGAAAAACACAAAAAAUUACCCCAUCUAGAUUCCGUGUGCACGCCAUUAAUUAGAUAAAAUAUUUUACCAGAGACCACUGUUAAUAUGUUGAUGAUUGGAGCAAAUUUUCUACUCAAAAAUCAUUGUUCAACAGGCUGAAAAUUAGAAUUUAAAAAAAAAAUCUCGUAUCAUAUUUUAUUAUAUAACCUCAGCAUUUUAGAAUUUGAGUAGAGCGAAGGAGCUUAUGAUUUUACAAAGAUGUUUAUUAUUUUUUUUUUUUAAUCUGUGCUCAACUUUUCUGCCAGAAGACUUGCUCGGAUUUCUACAUACACAUUUAAUUACCUAUAACAGUGGCUGCACCCGUCCCCAUUAUCCUAGAAUUUCUUCUUUUUUUUUUUUAAAAAAUUAUCUAUGAAUUUACGAGAAGAAUUUCCCGAUGUUCGUUGUUUUAUUCGGGAUUAAUAUUUCCGUCGCUUGUACUUCGUGAUUUUCGCCGUCGCCUUAUAGAUUUAUAUUUUUAUACUCUAUGUAUAAUUGAGUCAGAUUAUUUUAGGUUAGGUAUCCGAAAAACACGGUCAUUCUCGCUCGUUUUUGUUUCACCAGCGACCGGAAACAAUAUAAUAAUAAUAUAAUGUUUUUCUAGAUUUUAUUUGGACCCAACGACGACGCAACGCGAUUAAAUUUCUAUUGUGCGUUGGGUAUUGCCUACACAACAAUAUACCUAAAGCACUAUUACAACGAUUUUCGGGAGUGAAAACACAACAACAACAAAAAAACAAAAAAAAACAAAAAAAAAACCAACCGACAAACAAAUAUUUAUGGGUAUUUUUUUUAGUUUUUUUGCACACGGGUAGCUGCGGACGAAAUUCACCCUUGUCCGUUUCGUCCACGCGACGAUAACCGUUCACUUCCGACGACACGGGAAAAGCCGCGGCAUUAAUGUAACGACCGGGUUUUAUUAUAAUAAUAAUAUUAUUAUCAUUAUUAUUAUCUUCUACCUACUCGCACCGUUUUCGUGACCGCAUAUUUCGCGCCUCUCGUCCGGCUCUCCUCCGCCUCCGCAUCUAGACGAUUUCCCCUCGUGUUUGCGUUGCGCCGCAGUCUAAUGGAGCCCUCCGAUUCCCCGCUCUUCGCCACCCACCCACACAACGACUAUAAAUUUCAAAGGCUAAAAUCUUGUAUGCUCGGGCCACGCAGGUCGUUAUAAUAUGUACAAAACAUUAGUUGUUUUCGUAUUCAAAGGACCCGAAAUAAUAAUAACACGCACUAAUAUUAUCAUAUACGAGUACACGAGUUAUUUACUCGUAAUACCUAAAAACGGUUUUUUUAAGCGCGUUCUAUGUUAACAGAUUUAACGCGUCGUAAAAAAAAGUCAUAUUGCAAUCUUUAUUUAUUAUUAUGCAAUCUCUGGCGGGUGUCCACUGGCCCACCCGCCAGAGGUUGCAUAAAAAAUAUCUAGAAAUGUUGUACAUGAAUAUCUAGCACAGAAAGAAUUUUUUAUUUGUUGAAAUUUUGAAAACGAAUGGACGGGCGAGGUUACAACAAAAAACUGAAUUUAAAAUUUCCAUUUAUGGAUGAUUGGUUGAGUCUUCUCGAAUACAGAAUUUAAAAUAUUAAACGAUUUGUCUAUACCGGAUGCGUGUUAAAAUAUAAAACGAUACCGUUUCCGGUAUGGAUGGGUACUUUAAAACCAACAGUGUGAAUAUUAUUUUUAUCGUGAGAAAACCAUUCAACCGUGUAACAUUGUCCGAAAAUGAACUAUAAUAAUACACCCAUCAUGUAUACGGUUUAAUUUACACUCCCUUCUGAAGCUCAUUUAAUGAAAAUGGGGGUGAAUUGACAUCAUAGGAUACUUACAAGACCGUAAUAUUCAAUCCUAUGUUUUACAUUCAAACGCAUAAACCGCCACAAGCAUGACUAAUAAUAUAAUAUAUAUAAUAUUAUACAGGUCAGUUGACAAUGUUUUUCAGAAAAUUGUGUAAAAAAUAUUUUCGAACAAAACUGACAUUAUUUCAAAAAAAAAAAAAAAGAAAAAAAGCUGCUGUGCAACUUUGACAGUAUUUUAGAAAAACAACGAUAAGCGGCUACCCUCGUAAAUAUUCUCCUCUUUGGAUUUUUUUUAUCCGUGUUCAAACUCUCAAAUUUCCAACUGGCCUAACCCGACCAAACCCCAAAAUUUAUAUGUUCGAUGCGUUACGUAAUUUUACUAUGGUGCCAUUGUUUCCCGUUAGUUAGGCUGAUACAUUAAAUGCGGGCGGGGACGUUCUAGAGAUCUUAAUUCGAUUUCAAAUAUUCUUUAUAUCGAUACGUUAUUUUAGAUUCUGAGUUUAAAUAUAAUAGUUUCAAUGAUACAAUGUAUUUUUUCCCGGAAAAUACUUGUUUCGUUGGGUCCGAUUUGUCUUUAAAGCGCGCGUGUUUUUCACAAAUGUCAGUACAUCAAUAUUAUUCUUGUUGAUUUCCGGGUCACUUUCGCGGCUUCUCUAAAAGGGAAAAGCACGAGCCAUACUUUUAAUAUUACUCCGCUCAGAAUUGGUUUAUUUUUUAUUGAUUGUAAUGAUUUAUUGUUGCUUCCAGUGCAUGCGACUUUACAUAAUUACCCUCUUUGUUGUGUACAUAAUUUUCAAACUGUCCAUCUAUACAACAGUGGCCUAACAACUGUGCGAAUUAUGUCUGGUUAUUUUUUUUUUUUUUUUUGGUUAUAAUAUUUAAAAAACGUGUGGUGUUUUUUUCUGUUGGCUCGACUCUUGCAUGUGAUAUCAUAAGUAAAAAGCGCAUAUAUAAAACGAGUAAAUAAAUGAAAAAAAAAAAAAAGAAAAGCGAUAAAUUAUAAAACAAACUUUGUUUAUGUUAUGUUAUGUAUAUUCACGCGUAUAGUGCGUAUAGGGAUAUAAAUAAAGUCUCGAAAAUAGUUUUGUUGAAAUUUAAAAAAAAAAAAAACAACACACAACAAAAUAAAAGUCAUCCACACAAAAAAAAGUGCUCUUUUUGUAGUUCAUGCAGUUGUUAUUAUUUUAAAUUUGAAAGGAACGAGAUAAAUCAUCGCUGCUGUAGACGCGAAAUUAGGUUCAUCCCCCUUCCCCUCAAAAAAAAAAAAAAAAAAACUGACAAGAUUCUGUUCAAAUGGUUACGAUGCUGUGGAUUUCACCGUUUCGUUUGGAUAAGUUAUUUUUUUUUAACUACAGAAAAUUUUCGAAUUAGCCCUAAGUACACGUUGUAAUAAAUGAAACACAUUUUAGAUCAUAAACCAUAAUACUAAUAUAGUAUAUAAGCGAAACACCUACUGAAUAAUACGUUAUAACAGACGUUUUACUUUCUUUCGAUCGAUUGACUGAUUCGAUCCGCGUGUAAAAUUCAUUGCAGUUUAUUGAACAUUAGGCACGGUGUAUACCGUAAUAUCUAUACCGGGUGAUCGUUUUUAACACGUAGAUAAAUAUGUAAAUAAUCUACGAAAACUAUAUCGAAUAAAUUAAAAUUUGAUUUUGUUUUCAGACAUUAGUAUUAGUUUAUGAUCAAAACCGCGUUAACGAUCGUAUCAUAGCGAUUUCCAUAUAAUAUUUACAAUAUUUUCAAAAUUUCAUCCGCGUUCCGUAUAAAUGCAUAUCGUAUCUUUUGAUUUUCGAAUAGUAUGUAUAGGUACAUUAUAUAUUCGUAUCGAGGAAAAUCAGUACGCUAGCCGAUUGAUAAGGGUAACAUUUGAAAAAUUAAUGAAAUCGUCAAAAACCAUUUUUUUUUUUUUUUUUUUUUUAAUAUAUUAUCGGCAAAAAAAAACAAACAAACAAAGUGGAAUGAAAUUACUCUGCUCAGAACCUUCGCAUGUGGAUAAUCGCUAUAAUAUGGUUCGUAAUAAAAAUAUCACCCUGUAUAUCGCUAUCGGCGUGUAACAAAUACGGUUCUCGAACGGGAAAUGUUUGCUGCUCUCGUAGUUUUUUACCGAAGAGAAAAAUUGAAUUUUUAUUUUUUUUUUGUUUAAUCGUUUAUUCGUUUGGGUUUUUUUUUUUUUUAAAAAAAACACGUUAAAUGGUAUAUUAUUAUUACAACAACCCGGUCGUCGGUUCGUGCGGAAUAAUAAAAACAGAAAUUCGCGUUUUAAUAAGUAAUCGUUAAAAGUGUGCAUUAGCGCCAAAGCGAAAAUGUAGUAUUAUAUUAUUAUAAUGCACACAAUGAUUCUCAAUUAGGCAUUUCACCAGGCUCCUUUUAAAGUAUAAUAUACAGAAAUAAUAAUUUAAAAAAAAAAAAAAUAAAAAUAAAAACAAUAAAUUAAAAGCUUUGCAGUAUUAUUUAUAAUGGAAAAAAAAAAACUCGCGUUAUUGACGAAGACUUAAUAACAAACGAGUGUUGGGUCUUGAGCAAGGCCCUAGUACAAGUAUUAAAUAUUGGAGAUAGAAGUUAAGUUAAUAUUAGGUUAAUCGAAAAUUGUUAAUGAGUUAUUAACACGUUUAAAAGUCAAUUUGUUUUCGAAAAACGACGAAAAAGAUGUUACAAUUAAAAAUUAAAGUAAGAUUUCCUGUAGAAAAGUUGUUCACAGUCACAAUAAUUAAAAAAAUUCAAACAUCAUAAAUUAAAAUCAAUACAUUCCUCGCUAAGCUCAGAAUCAAAAAAAAAAAAAAAAAAAGUGAUAACGGGUAACUGAUAGUAACUAUUAUUUAUUGUAAAUGUAUAAUAUCGUGUUGAAAUUAAAAUUUAUCGUGAUAUACGUUUACCAAGUUAACUAAUUAUAUUAAAAUUAAAAAAUAACAAGUUGAAUCAAAUAAAAAUUCAAACUUCAGACUAAAAUUAAUUUAAUUUUUUAACUCGUUGGUUUCAAGUUUUGUCAUGAGUCUCGGGCAUAUUUUCUCGAGUCCCUGAUAAUUCACUGAACAUCGUCCGCAUGACGAUCAAGAUGUAAUCCUAUACCAUAUAUAUAUAUACAGAGUGUCCCACGAUGAUCUGCCACUUGAAAUAGUUUUUGUUAUAUUCAACAUUUUUGAUUUAUAUAUAUAUAUAUUUCUUUUAUAAAUAAUUAGUAUGCCUCUGCGUUUUCAGUUUAUAAAUGAACAUUUUUUUUUUGAGGGGGGAGGAGGACAUAAAAUAAAAGAAUCAAAAUAGAAAAUUUGUAAAAUUAAUUUUUAGAAAAUUGUUGGUGGUUGAAACUUUUGUUAAAGUAUGUUUUUCGAUUUUCUACGAUUUUUUGAAGUUUUUGAAAAUGUGAAUAAUACCUAUUGUGGUUAUUCCAUUAUAAUAUUUAAUCAAUUAUUUAAUCAGGGCACAUGGCAAGGAUUUUCUUGUCCAUGAGUAAAUAUCGUGCGAUAAUAUUAUCAUAUUAUAGGUAUUAGGUAGUGGGUAAAUGAGUAUUCAUGUUGAUAAACAAUAUUGUUACGUUUGUAAAGAAAAUUAUUCAAAUUUUCAAAAAAUCGUAGAAAAUAAAAGACCAUACUUUAUUAAAAGUUUCAACCACCAACAAUUUUCUAAAAAUCUAUUUUAUAAAAUGUCUAUUUUACAUUUUUUUAAAAAAGGUUAAAUUUUAAAAACUAAAAAAAAAAUGUGAAUAUAUAAACUUUAGUGCAGAGGCAUACUAAUUAUUUAAAAAAUUAUAUAAAAAAUAUUGAACGGAACAAAAUUUAUUUCAAGUAGCAGAUCAUUGUGGGACACCCUGUAUAUCAAUACAUCAAUCUGAAGUCCGACAUCCAUGAUUUUACCGAGAGGGCGAACUUGUAUUGACUCACCCGUGAAAUUAUGUGAUAAAAUGAAAAACAUUUGAAAUCAAUCACAAAUCGUAUCUUGUUAUAAUACCGUAGCAUAAUUCACGACAUAAACAAAAUAUGUAGGGUUCCACUGUAGGCUUAUCAAAGGAAUUCGGCAUUUUUUUCUUUGUAAUGCUUUAAUAUUGCUGCUCACGUUAUACAUCUUACUACACGAUAAAAAUCGGUUACCCGGUACGUGAUAAAAUAUAGGUAAUCGAUUUUUUUUUUCUCGGUUGUACUUGUGCAGUUAUAAUUAUUUUUUUUCCCAAGCGAAUUCGCGAAUAUUUCAUUAUAAAACGCGCGUUCGUGCGAUUUACACGAGGUCUGUACAACAUGAAAAAAACGUGUUUCCCCCCCCCACUUUUCAACCUUACCCACGGUGUGUAACUGAAUUUUCAACGAUUUCGACGGCGACUUUUAUAAUACAAAUUCCGCGAUAACGCCUAAUUUAUAAUUAUAUCAUAACGGCUACCGGCGGUCGUGCGCCGUGUUUAAAACGGCCAUUAUUCCAUUUUCCCGAACGCGGCGACUCUCUUUAAAUAGCGUAUUAUUUCGUGAUGCCGUGCGGUUAAUUGCCGCACUCAAAAGUGCGUGUGUAAAGUGCGUCGGUAUGGUAACUACCAAUGGUUUUUGGACCCGUGAAAUAUUCGGUAGCGUGGGAUCCAUUCGGGUUUACGAAUUUCGGUAGGUGCGAUUAAUCCGCGGCCGACCGCGGUGUCGAUUUGUAUAUAUAUAUAUAUAUAUAUCUGAUAGCCGUCGAUGAAGAUCGGAAAUAAAAAAAAAACACACAAACACACACGCCCUUUAAAAAAAAAAAAAAAAACUCGAGCGCCGAGCAUAUUCGGGCUCGAUAAUUUUCGUUUUUUUCCCCGCCAGACGACACACCCCUUUCCGAUCAAGUUUACAUUAUUAUCUAUAAUAAUAAUGACGCGCGUUUUAAACGACUGGUCGCGAUAAUAAUUAUAGUAACGAUGUAUUAUUUAGGUAUUUGCCUACGUAUACACGUUAUAAUACGAUACUCGCGUUGUUAUUACAAUAACGGUCGAGUCGUGGUGGCCUCCAGCUAUUUCGUACUGACGCACGCGCACGGGUACGCCGCACAUGAGCGGUUGAAAUUUGAAAAUUACACGUAUUUAUAUGCUUCGGUGGCGACUGGAGAGCGUUAUGCGAUAAAUAUUUUGAAAACGUUAAGGGGCGUAGACGUUAAUGCACUUAUAUGUAUACGGAGAUGUGUGUAGAAUGGACGGAGCCGGAAAAAGAUCGAGAGAGCUUCGAGAUGAUGCGGUAUUGGUGAACGAUUUCGAGAAUUAGCUGGACUGAAUUAAAAACCGACGAUAGCGUUACAAUUUAGUUGUGUACCGACAUGUGUGUGUGUGUGUGUUUUUUUUUUCGUGUUGAAUACGAUUUUUCGAUUAGUAAAACAUAAUUAUACGCCCGAAACCUUUAAAUUUGUCUAGAUUACCGACAUUUAAUUUGUUUCCGAACUGACAACAAGGUAUAAAAUACACAGGUGUCGGACAUGGCCAAUACCGUGGAGAGAUUUGAAAUUUCGAACGCAAUAUAGACGGAUAGACAACGGUAGUCUAACGAAAUUUCGCAAAAACGGCAGAUCUUAACAUUAGUAUACAAUGGAAACUAAACAUUCGAAUUUCGGAUUUUUUUUCUCUGUCGUUGUUAAAAGAAAAAAAAACCGCAGGAAUUUUUACGUCGUCAACCCGAAUAUUAUACCGGGUGGAGAGGACACUAGCUGAUUCACGGUAAAAUCAAUGCGUAGGUAUAUACAUAGGUAUAGUAUAUCGCGAAUCACUCGGGCGUUCGAUAUUGAAUUUUCGGCAAAUGAUCGCAUAAUGCCGCCGCGUGAGAUAAAAUCGCGAAAUUGUCGAGACGUUUGAAAAAAAAUCUCCGUCGCGAACCGGCGAAUUCGAUAUGACGACGUAUUUGUAUGCCGAUUGAAAAAAUAAACCCCCAUCGCUGUAAACUAUAUAAAAACAUAAUCCAAUAUUGAUAUUGUGUUACAGGUAUCAGUUUUUCUUGCAACUCAAACAGGACAUACUCCAAGGUCGCGUGCCCGUCACCCAAGAACUGAUGGCCGAACUGGGAGCGUACAUCGUCCAAUGUAAGUACAAUAUUUUAAUAACAACGAUCAAACAAUAAUCGAUGUGUCGUUCGAAUAAAUGUGAACUAUGUGCCGGUGGCGGGGCAAAUGUUCGGUGAAUCCCCGGGUAGAAAAAUGAUUAGAAAAUUCUGAAAAUAGCCAGGAAAUAUCUGGAAAAUUUCACAUAAAAACAAAAAUACAAAACUGAUGAUGUGCCGGCGGUGCUGACGUCGAAUUGACACCGGCAUGUUUGUUUGUGAAAUAUUAAGAAAAUAAAUAAAUAAAACAUAAUGGGAAUCCUGAACAAAUUCUGAAAGUUUCUUACGAAAUCUGAUGAUUUCUGGACAAAAAAUCAUAAUUUUCCAGCGCUUAGCCGGUUUCACCUUGACGUACAUUACUAUUAGGUGUAUAAUACGAAUCACCAACCGCGGGAAGGGGAAACGUUUACAUGUCUGCAACGUUUAUUGCAGAAAGGAAACAAACCCAACACUGCAGUCCAAACAUUUAAAAACAGCGUCCGAAAACGGGAGACAUACAGUCCUUGGCGUGAAAAUAAACAUCCAUACAGCCCUCUUACGGUGCAAAGGCCAUUGAAAAUGAAUGUUAAAUUUUCAAAAACGUAUCCAUUAUUAUGUCACUCGAUUUUUAUGGUUUUUCUUUGCGGAAUAAUUAGAAACAAUGGACUUGUUCUUCCUAUCCUUUUUGCACUAGUUAGCGAUUUGUGUAUUAUGUUUUACUCGAACGUCGUUUUAUUUUUAUAAUAUCGCCCCACGACAAAUAAAACCCGCGAGUUAUCGCACAUCUCUUUUGAAGUCGGUCUCAAUACAAUAUUAACAGAACACCGCGCCCCCGGAGGUUUCCGGUUGUAUUUUUUUUCCUGCGGUUUCCGUUUUUCGGUUUUUUUUCUUUUCGCUUUCGUUUAUAAAUAAAUCACCCGCCGACCCGCAGCGAAAAACGCACUGCAACGAGCCGCGGUUACGCGCAAAAACCGAAAUUAAAAACCAUAUACACGUAUAUUAUAUGGAAAAACGAGAUCUUACGUUUUUACCGGCCGCCCUGAGGCUGUUUCGUUAAACUGCGAAAAUUGUUUUUUUCCACCACUCGUGUAACUCGUAUAAUAUAUACUUACACUUUUCCACCUAAAACUUUCACGCCUCUUUUCCCUAUUGCCGCCCGCUCAUUACCCUGCACCGCCGUCGGCCGACACGCGAUCACGGUUUCGUAUAUUAUAAUAUAAUAUAAAAUGCCCUCGACGAAACACUUUGCAAAGUUGACAAAAACCGAAAAAUAAAAAACUAAUAUAAUAAAAUAUAACACCUCCGCACAAAACUUCAACGAGCGUUUUUGAAAAAAAAGAAAAUUCCUUACACGGCCGUUUUCAUACCGAAGGUUCGAUAAAUUCCCGUUUUAUUGCAUAAAAUAUUAUUAAUUAUUUAAAAUUUAAUAUUUUUUUAAUUCCCUGUAAUAAUUAUUCACGGCUUUACCAGAGACGAUCUGACAAAAAAAUAAUAGGUCGAGAAAUUCUCUCUUUAGUAAUUCUCUCUAGUAAAAAUUUGAAUUCAGCGUAAAAUUUACACGAUAUUAUUAAUCAAAUUUCAAUCCUUAUUAAAUCUAAAACUUUUAAUUUGAAAAUGUGUUCAAAAAAAAAAAAACUGAAAUGUACCUGAUUGGCCCAACCGAUCUCAUCAUAAACAUUCGGAAUUCUUAUUGCAUCGUUGUGAUGCACAUAUCAUUUGUUAGACGAAGAAAAUAAUAACGGCAUCUUUUUUUUUUUUUUUUGUUUUCAAUCUUUAGAUUGGUUUACAGGUUUUUUCUAUUCAUUCCUGUCGUUUGCUUUUCUCUUCAAUUUUAAAUACAAAUAUGCAAUCCGUACCUUGACGACAGAUUCGCUUUGAUCCUUCACUAUUUGCUUUAUACAUUCCAUCCUAGGUCUUCCUAUGUGGUCUUUCCCUUUAAUGGCCUCUUCUAUAAUUAAUUAAAUCAAGCUUGCAUGUCUUCAUAGCAUAAUUUUAAAGCUUAUACGUCCAAUCCAAUAAUCUCGACUUAUCAUUAAGCUUUCCCAUAGUGACUUCUUUCCGAUAUUUAUUUAAUAUUUUAUAAUUUGUAAUUCUCUCGGACCAGCUUAUUUAUAACAUCCUCCUGUAACACUACAUUUCGAACGUCUCGGCAAUUUUUCUCUCUUCUACUGCUAUCGACCGGGUUUCUUAUUGGUAAUAUAGUAUACUUCACACGUGUGUAUUCAAUAAAUUCUUUCUAAAUGUAUACUAAAAUAUUCUAUGACAUUGGCAUUUUCAAUUUCCUAAAAAGAAUAUGACAACGUUUAAAAUAAAUAAAUUGAACUGGUGGACCGGAUACCGAGAAAAUCCCAGGACAUCUCUGGACUGUACCGAAAAUAAUCCAAGAUUUUUUAUAUAUGAACAAUAUAUAUAUAUGAGCAUUUAAUAUGUUAGCAUACGCGAAAUGAUGUUCAAUGUAGUAGAGUAUAGACGUGUAGAAAUAAAAUAAAAUUAAAAAAUCCGCCUAUAGUUCCUUUUUGUCGUUUACAACGUGUUUUACUAAAGGUAGUACCAUAUUAUAUAAAUGUAAAUUCUCCGCGUGCUUUCUACUGUGAAAUUAUUUCUCUUUGCAGCGUACGUUGUGUGUCACUCCACAAGAAUCUAUUUGACGUUUCCCCCCUCCCCCUUCUACGACAACGCCGAGUGAAAAUUUAUCGUAAAAUCUCCGUCCUCGCCACGCAUUGUUGACAUUUUCGCGAAAGAGCAAUCGGAGGCGCUGAGUCUAUGUCUGAGAGUCUAGUUAAGAAACGCGCUCAAUACAAUAUAGUCGCUAUAAUGUUAUAAUUAUUCCUAUUUAGUAUAUCAAUAUUGUCCUUUACACACAAAAUGUUGCCUAUUGAUUGCUGUUAUAUUUUAACGUCUAAGAACUAUAAAAAAAAAAUAACAAUAAUAAUAAUAAAAUUGAAAAAUAACCUCAAUAAUCGAGACAAAUACAAAAUACAAUUUUCACUUAACGCCUCACAUCCUAAUACACGGUCGUAGUAUGUAAAUAGUAAAAAACCGAAGGGUACGUGGAAUGUGAAGGUAAGAUUACGGUUUUCGUCAAAAUUCGAAACCAUUUUACGCAAAAACCACGACAUUACGUGCAAAUAUGUUUUUUUUUUUUUUUUAGUUACUACGUACACUUUACAUUAAACCUCGCGUUAAAUUUUUAAGCAUUUAUGUUCGCUCAAUCAGUUUUAUUCACAUAACAUAUAAAACCACAUAAAAACUAAACGAAACUCGAAAACACCAAAAAAAUGUCUGAUCUCUAAGAUUAUUUUCAUACGAAUUACAAAAAAAGAAAAUAAUGAAAUGGUCAUACAUAUAGAUGUAAACUUUCUCGUAUUCCAUACGUAUUUUAUCCAAUUUUUAAGGAAAAUAAAACAUUUGCUUUCAGAAGAGAGACUGGGCACACAUAAAAAUCGGAAUGAGAUUUCAAAAGUUGUUCAGAGACACAACGAAAAAAAAAAUAAAUAAAAAACACGUUUAGAAUCUAAAAAAUUGUGAUUCGCGUUGAACAAAUCCCGGCUUUGUUUCAAUUUUCAAACUGACAAUGAAAUCGUAUCGUCCAAAACUAUUGAUUUUACGCAUAGAUAGAUAGGUAUACAGUUCAAAACGCUAUGAGGAUUCGUUUAAAGUUUAUAGCCGCGAUUAUUUACGAGCCGUAACCAAACGUGUAUGAAGUUUUACUUGAAGUUUGAAUUGACAUAUUACGGCCAAAUACAUUCAAAAGUUGUUCAGAGACACAACGAAAAAAAAAAAAAAAAAAAAGAGUACCUAUAUUACAGAGCAUCGACUGCUCCUUUAUUUCGUAAAUAAAAUAAGUAUAUACGUAAGCUUAUGCUGGGCGCUGCAAUAACUUUUACGGGCGUAUAAAGUUUCGAAAUAGAUAACUCGAAAACGGCACUCAAUUACGUAAAUUGUCAAAAUCGAACUUUUCUCUUUUGUAUGCGUAUAUAUUUUUAUAAGCGGCUGAAAUGCAAACCCGAUUCAAUUACGUUACACGCGUAACGCUUACUGUCGGAUAAAUAAACUUAUUAUACAGACGAUUUUACUCGGUUCCCGUCUAACGUAUUAUUAUUGUGGCGAUUUUUUUCCCGAAGUCCAAUAGUAUUUGGGCCGUUUGAAAUCGUUUCUCGCAUAGGAAAACUUAUGCACGAGCGUAGAUAUUAAUAUUACGUGAUAUAGAGUAGAUGUAUUAUAGGUAUUUUUGGAUAAUACGGGGACAGGAUCGCGCCGGGGCCGCUAAUGGUCGCGAUGGCAAACGCGGUGCUGAUUGUAAUAGUGCGCUCGUCGAAUUUACGCGGACCGCGCGUAGACACAAGUGGAGAGAGAAGCGGUAAAAUCGAAUUUUCGAUUUACGGUGGACCGUGGUGAAAUAAAACUGCCGCGUGAAUGUCUUCAGCGCCAGUAGCGUGCACAGGGACGGGCAGUGGUUAUAGUCCUCCCACCUACUGGCUUAAAAAAUACGAAAAUAUAUGAGUAACCUAAUAUCGAAAUGCAUAUACUCAACCGAGGUUACGAAGGAAGGCUUGAUGUACUGAUGGGAAAUCGGAUUUUUUUUAUUUUUGAAUCCGUCAUUUAAAUUACCAAUCAUUCCCAUAGUCGAGUUGGGUAGAUAACGCCUUUACGUUUUAUUCACGAUUCUUAUUUGCCACUUCUGCUCCCUUUGAAAAUUUCUGUUCAUUCGCUGUUCAGUGCGAUAACAUGCGGUGAUGAGAAUUUGAUAUUUGAAGUGACACCGACCGCGAAGUAAAUCCGUAUAAAAUCACGGUACAAUUAUUUCAUGGGUAAAUAAAACACCUACGGGAUAGGCAUAAAAUAAACGGCCGAUUAUAUAUAGUUUUUUUUGCAAGACAUAUAAUAAUAUUAUAAUUUAAAUGAGUGUGGGUCACGCGAAUUUUGACCCAGAUAAAUCUUGUUUUACUGUUCAUUCAAUUUUAUUUUUUUAUUAGGGAAUUUACCGAAUUAUUACGGCGAUUUUUUUCAGUUGUUUACCAAUUUUCAGUGAUCGACGAACAUAACGAUUUUCUAGACACCUGUCGAAAAACAGUAACGAGGCACCACCCUGUAUACAGACAGUAAUUUAGUUGAACGAGUAUGGGUCUCGUUACACAGAGUCGGUAGUGGAGCAUAUAAUACACAAAUUUGAUAACGCGAAAUCUGAAAAUAAUGAGCGGUGACAAAGGUGUCGUAUUGCCCUGCGGGGUUUUCGGCCGGAAAACAAGUAAAGAAAAAAUACACAUGGGAUGCCUUUUGACGGGCGAACAGCUAUUUAUUAUUUCUUAUUAUUUCGGGUCGAAAUCGUUCCGGACUCAACGGUGUGGCAGAACCCUCGCGUCUCCCGAGAUUCCGACGACGACGACAAAAAUAACGGCACAACUGCCUAAUAAUAUCGAGUAAUCGGGUGAGUGUAAAUCGAUAAUCUUGCAGAUUUUUUUUUUUGGGGGGGGGUUAACCGAGUUUCCCCCUCGUGCACAGUCUAUUUUUUCACUGAAGCAGGUGACGGAGGAAAGAGGGGACAAAAAAUGGAUUCCUUUCAAAAUUAUCGUUCCCUCGAGACCCGCCGGCAUGACUAGGUGUACACUUAUUGGCAUGUAUGUGUUUGCAACAGCUUCGCUUUUGGGCGUCUCGCGGUCACCGUCGGAACGCACCUACUUUUUCACUUUCAAAUUACAUUUUUUUACGAUGCGGUGUGCGGAAAACGUAUUACACUUUCUGAGAUGAACUUUCCCCUUUUUGGAGCAUACCGUUUUCUUGCAGCCCAUCUCUUUGUGCGUCUUUCCUCUCGUUUCAAUUACCCCUAAUUGCGCGUCCUCGAUUUAGCGGGUCGUCUUCGUCAUUUAACGCGACGUUUUGUUUGAAGUUUUUCCAACCCCUGCCGCCGAAAAUAUUAUCAUCUUACCCCUCCCCCCCCUCCUAAGAUCCCGCUCCUCACCCCGAGUCUUUUUCAAUAUCGGUUUUGCGCGCACGUGACCGAAGUCCAGAGCUUCCGAUCAGCGCCCAAAAUAUUUAUACAGUUUAUGCUUUCGCACUCUGUAGAUUAGCAGUUUGUUCUUGUUCAUAAAUUACAUUACAAGGAUUAUGCCGGGUUAAAUAUAGUGCACAACUUUGGGCAAGUGCGUCGGCAUUUUCGAUAAUAUUUCAUAUCGCGUACGAGGCACGGUUCUAUAGAUGAUUUGCGAAAAUGGUAUUUUCGUUUAGAUCCGGUGUAGAAACCGCACAGGAAUUGCAUUCGAAUAUUGUGCACCGUAAUCGUGUAAAAGUCGAAGUAAAAAAAAAAAAAAAGCAUUCCAUCACAUAUCAUCACGAUAAUUUUUGACGGAAUAGAAUGACUCCGAGUCGGAAUAUUACAAAAUACCCAGAUGAUUCAAUGGAUAGUGAGAAUAACACUCACGAAACUUAUACAUUUUUGUUGAAUAUUCAAAGUUUGUUUUCUAAUUUUACCCAUCGUAUAUAUUUUGCCCAUCAGUUAUCGAUCCAUAUACCUUAACACUGAAUAUUAUUUUUGAUUGGUUUUACUAAAAUAUUUUUUUAUUUUGUUGUUGUUGUAGGUACCUAAUAACAGCGUUUCAACUAGAAAACAGUGUACACUCGGUGCAUUUUGGAAGUUAUUUUUCAUUUUAUAUUUAAUUUUCUUGAUAAUGGAGAAAAUCCGAGAAAAUGUACGCAAUAAUAACGAUUUUCGUUAUUUUCAAUUAUUUUUUUUAAAAAUCGUAGAGGCUUGAAAUUCUCGGCUAUUUUUAGCCAUUUUGAAUUUUCGGGUUUAUUUUUUUUUAAUUUUAUAUAAUAACUUUUUGGCUUUUUAGAAAUGUUAAAAAAUAUGAUCCAGGUCUCAUUUUAAGUUGUUCCUAAUGCACUAGAAAAAAUCCACGGUCCGUUGAUAAUAAGAAGACCUAACCCAUCAGCAGUAUCAACAAUUUUUUUUUUUUUUUUUUGUACAUCUUAGAAAAAACCGUUUGAUCGUGGACUCGACAAACAGCAACAGACUAUAAAUUUUACGCUUGACUAUUCCCGUCUUCGAUUCGAUAAUAAAUAAUAAUAAUGUUAUAUCCGUAUAUUUACACGCACGUCAAAACGCCUGUUGUAUCGACAAACAAAAUAUUUACCUACUUUUUAUCGCGUCGUCCGUUAUAAUAUUUUAUCCGGUGUACCUACGCAUCCCGCGAGUGACACUUCAAGGCCUCCACCGUAGUUGCUGAAAAAAAAACAAUAUCGUUUUUUGUUCGAUAAACGUCUCCGAUACGGUUUAAAAUUUUAUGCAAAUCGAAUAUCGCGUGUUUUCCAAUAUUAUUACUGUAUACGUGUACUUCGUCAGUCCUCCCCCCUCCCAAAUGCGAUUUUCAAAUUUUUUUUUGUCGUUAUUUGUGUGACGGCACGGCGCGUGGCGUUUGAAUAAUGCGCCAAUAUUACUCUCCCCGUAAACAAAUUUAAAAGUGGAAUAUCUUGUCAGCGAAUUGACGGAAAUUGAAAAUGUCAAAAAGCAUUUAAAGUAAACACAUCGUCUAUUUAGGCAAUUUUAAACAUGGAUGGGAAUUUAUAAAUCGAAAAUGGACAGUGCCAAAAAUAAACAACGGUAAUAUAACAUUUCAGAGUUAUGCGUUCCUUAAAAUUUCUAAAAAAAAAAAUAAAUAAUAAUACUUUCCGAGAUUAUGACGCGUGUAGUAUCGAAAAUUGAUGUACACGCAUCAUUUGUACAUAUUCGUACGUGUACUAAAUCACCCCACGUCACAGUAUGCACAUAUCUUCCCAACUUUCCACCUAAAACAGUUGCUUACCCGCGGCGUGAAUUAUAUUUGUUUUUGUUUUAAAAAAAAACUACGUUCGUAUUAUAUUAUACUACAAGCGUUACGCGUCAUCGUUAUUAAAAUAAUAUUAUAAUUAAACGGCGUUAAUCAGUCGUUUGCGUGGCCAUUCGAAUGACGUUAAUUAAAAUGUAUACCGGCCGUGCCUACACAUUAAUAAAAAUUAUACAAUGUGUAUAUAGUCAUAACGAUAUAAUGUUAUUUAUAAUUUGAAAUAUUAUUUAAUGCACUUGUAAAGUAUAUGAAAAUCGCGUGUCUAACGGAGAAAAAGUAAACUGUGAUAAUGUCCAGGGGCGCGGCUGGGGGUCCCUACCCCGCCCAUCACCCUAUUCAAAACUCAUUAAUUACAGUGUAUAUGCAAGAAGUCAGUCUACGUCAUAAUAGCUACCCCUCUCCCUACCCAUACAAAAACUAAAUUAAAAAAACCGAAUAAAUCUUUAAAAUGUACGCUAUCUGCACCGAUGACGUUUCUCCCCUAUUUUUGUUUCAUUUUUUUUUUUUUUUUUUUACGCACUUGGAUCCAAACGUAAAUAUAAUCGUGACACGUGUUAACACGCACACACUCACGUGGAUACGAUACUAUGACGAAUAUAUUAUUAAAAUGUUAUUUAUUAUCUUUUUACAUCUAACUUUUAUCUAUUUAUGUGUAUGUUGAAAAUAAUAAUGCCAUCAUUAAUGCAUAAUAUAUAGAUAUUAAAAAUAUACCGAAACGGUUUUUUUUUAUUUAAUUUUUUUUUUUUUUUUAACUAGCACUCGGUUUUUUCCCUGCGAAUUAAUAAUUUUACGUCCGAACGAGCGUGCACGAAAACCGACAAAACAAAAACCGUACCUGCAUAGCUAGCACCACGAGCAGUCUCACUGUUUGUCGGUGAGAAAUCGGAGAGAUAUACAGGAUAAACGACAUUAAGAAUGAUUAAUUUUAUGUUUAUAUAUAUAUAUUAUACACCUAAAGAAACGAUGCGUCAUCGCGAUCAAAAGCCGGUUUUGAGAAGUUGUAUUAGUGGUGUUUUCCCCAUUGGUAUAAUCAAAAAGCAACCGCCAGAAAUCAACAAAAACAAAACCGACGCAACGUCAUUUGUUGUCGGUGUUUUUUUUUUUUUUUUAAAUUGUUUGGAAAUACCAUCGGGAACUGAGAAAAUUCGUUCUAAGAAAGGAAAGCCGGUCAACAAUUUCGCAAUUAUUAAGGCGAAUCGUGCGAACAUUUUUACUAACCGGAAAAGUGUUUUCCGAUGUUAAAGGGAGGUGGGCGAUGAAGGGUAAACCACACCAUCGUAUAGUACACUACACUGUAGAUUUUCUUCACUGCGCUCGCUCUAAAACGAAAUAUAAAUGUACCGCGUAGGAAAUAAUAAAUCGUUAGCGAACGGAUAAGGAAACGCCAUUGAUGAUGCGCAAGUAUUGUCGAGUCGCGCAUAAAAUUUUAGGUAGUCGUAAAAGCCGAAGAAAUUCGCGAAUUCUGAGACGCGUAAGCUAUUGAAAUAAUAAUAUGUGAACACGGCCCGUGUAAAAUCGCGCACAUUCAAACAAACUGCUGUAAUAAUAACAUUUAUUUUUAUUUCGGUCUCUAUAGAUGUACAGUACGUGUAUAUAUGUAGUAGGGCUAGAACGGGACGGAAAUGUUCGUUUCUUUCCCCCGAGUGCAUCAUCCUGUAUGGGUACACGGGCAGAAUGUAGUGCGUUCUGGUGUUUUAUUUUUGGAGAUCGAUAUUUUAUAGAUUAUACGGAGUGCGGCAAAAUUCCAUUUUCGUAUAGUUACAGCACGGCAUUGUACAGUGAUCGGAAGUCGCGGAAUCGUUUGGUAACCGUGUCCGUUGUUGUGUAUACGUGGCCGGAAAGUUGAUUUCACGACGAGUUUUAAUCGUGUCCGUGUCGCUGACAAACCGGCAACGCUUUUUGCUCUUUUAAACAUUGAUUCGAAAUAUUCCGCAGGAGACGAUGGCUUUCCGUGGCGGCUCUCCGGAUUCGACACUGUUUACAUAAAUAACGUCCAAAUACCCCGCAAACACUAAAUAGAAAGCAACUCGCAUAUGGAAAUUCGCAGUUUACCCCAAGAAACGAUUGAAUAGCCGUGCGAAACAUCGCGUUUUUCCUAGAGCAGUGUUUUGAACCGCAAUAAAUGAGACUACUUGAUCGAUAUAUUCUAAACAAAUAAAAACUUCCAAAUGAUGUGAAUUUAGUGUAUUAAAAAAAAAAAAAAAAACCAACUUGUUUAAUUCAAACUAAUUUGUUUUUUUUUUAUUCAACUUUUAAAACUAUGGAAGUCGUUUACACCUUUUAUUAUUUGAGUGUUAUCCUGUUACCUUGUUACAUGGACUAUAUUUUAUUUGCGCAAUAGCACGUUCAUAAUUUUAUACUUUUUUUUUUUUAUACAUAUAUUUUAUCUGUUGUACAAUCUAAGAGAACGCGUGUUUUCUCGAGUUUUUAAUUUUGAGUGAGAAAUGUAUUUUGUUUAACUAUAAUGCGCUUUUUCGUUUGAUUCAGUACUAUCGGUAUAAUUAAUCUGGUACAUUUUUUACUCGGUACAAUCAGUUCUUAAACAAUUCAUUGCUUUCAAUAUUACCUGCCCAGAUAAAUUAAUAACUACCUAUAUUAAUAUAAGUAAUACAAUUCUCAAAUGGUUUUUUUCUUUUACAAUUUUCUUUGGAAAUAUUUAUCGAACUUUUUAUACCUUUAUUGUACGAUAGUUUUCAAUAUCUUUCUAUCGACGAAACGAUGGAGAUUAAAUAUUAUAAUGCGAUCACGAGUAAAACGUCGACAUCGGACAAAUCCGAAUGCAACGCUGCCUUGUACAGAAUAUAACAUUAUAAUAUAUUUCAGAGGGUCCGCGAUAUUUUAUUAUAGGCCAACAAAAGACCGGUCACUAUAAAUAAUAAAAGAAUAAUAAAAAUUAUAAUAUAUAUAUAUAUAUAUAUAUACGAUGUGUACGCAGCGAAAGGCUUUUUUUUUUUUUUUUAUUAGCGUUUCGAUUUUUCAAUAAAAAAAAUAUCACGAAUCGGACCGCAGAGCGUCAUGAGCUAUUUGGUCUUGUUUUUUUUUCUUCUUUAACCACCCUUUUCCGACGAGUACUCGACGACAAUAUUGGCAAAGAGACGAGAAAAUCCUCGUGCCGACACACUCGCGGAAAAAAACAACAUUAUUGUUCUAUAUUCUAUUCACAUGGUAAAUAAUGUUUUUUUUUUCUACGGCUACAAUAGCGAGCGAGAAAAAAAAUCCGUUUUUCAUUCCGUAAAAAACAUCACGGUGGUAAGAAAAUACCAGUUUUAUAAACGUUGCCAAAAAAAACUGUCGUGCGUUAUAUAAUUAUAUAGUAUAUAAUUCAAUUCAAUAAACGAAUAAAUGUGUUUUGUCCGCCCCGGAACAUUCUAUUCGAAAUAAUUUGUGUACUAUAACAAAAAACUCCGAAAAUGUUCGUUUAAAAUUCGUUAAUAUUCUAAACUCCAAUAAUUUAUCGAGUUAAACUUUUACUCGCAGUUCAUGCCUAUUUGUAUGCAUGCGAUUUUAUUGAACUAACGGAUGACGUGGGUGUUAUGGAGUAGUAAAAUUCCGUAACUUAGAAUUAAAACCGUGACGUUUAGAUUGAAAUCGCAGAAUCGUGGAUUUUAAAAAAGAGCAUAUCUACAAGAUCACCGUGUUCCUUUUAUUUCUAAAAUAUUACCAAAUAAAAAAAAAGAGCUGAAACUGGGAACGAGUGCUGCCACUGUUGGAGAUGGAAUGUUGAGAAAACAUGGAUACACGUGGAUAAGUUAUUUUACCCAACGUUAAAUCAUUUCUAGCGAAAAUCGAUUAUGAGCGAAUUUCGAUUAAAACCCGCGACGUAAAAAACGUACCCCAGUUUAAAAAGACAUGUUGUAAUACAUUGUUUCAGUAACGGUAGUGCAAAGUAUAAUUUUUUUUUUUUUUAUACAUAUAAAUUAUUUUAUUUUUAAAUAUAACUGAUUAUUACUUAUCAGACAGCGUUAAGUGCAGCGUACAGCAUUCAUUCACUGCACGGUCCAAGAUAAAACUUGGAAAAAUCAAAAAAAUAUUAACAACUGAAAUCGAUCGUGUACAAGGAACGAGAUCGAGAAAACUGCGAUAAAGCUAAAAUGAAUCACGAAAAACAUUCUGUUUAUAAAUUUAGUUUCUUAGCUACAGCGGUUUUAUUGUAUAAAAAUAUAGGCGUGUAAACGAUUAAUAUUCAAUUUUAUUCAAGAUAACUCAAGAUAAGUAAUUACCGUGCUGAUUAUGAUUCCUCAUCGCGUAAUGUGUUAUUCUGUUGAAAAUUAAUUGUUUCACGCCAAUUUUCUAGAAACUAAAACGGCUAUUACUAAGGAACUAUUUAUCGAGUAUGCAACAUUAAAAAGUUUAGAAUAAUAUAUUUUACAUGUUGGCUUUUUUGAAAUUUUAAAAAGUGGUAAAAUAAAAGUUGGUUUUAUGAUUCAAUGGUCAAUGAUUAAGGGAUAAAAGCUAGAAAUUUAAUUUUUCUCUACAUUUGUGUCCUCGUGAUAGAGAAUCCGGUUAAAAAAAAAAAAAUAUGAACAUCGACAGAGUUAUUAGCAUUCGGAAACACUGUAAGUAGGAUACACUGUAUUAUUCGUCACUGUUUUAUCCGACGUGAUAUGUAACGACGGUUUUAUAAGAUAUUUCCCUAUUAAUUUGAUGAUAUCGCGAAAAUACGGCCGUCAAAGGUAUUGGCGAUUUAUCGGAGUUUAAAAAGCACGGGUUUGAGGAUAACGUUUCGGCGGAAUAAAAUUUUAAAAACAAUCGUAUCGGAACGUCCCGGCGUUUACCGUAGGCAAUUCAACUGCGCCGGGGAUUACGGAACCGCUGCGCGAAUUUUAUAACAUUAUGUUCGUACGGUAAUAUUAUAAUGCUCGUAGCCGUUUCCCAAUACCAAAGCCUGGCUGAUAAAUUACUAUUGUCCAAUUUUCGAAAUGUUGCCGGGCAAGUUUACCUGGCGCUAUGAUAGUAUGAUUUCUUUAUUUUAAAAUUUUACGCACGAUUGCUCUACAAAAAUACAAACGGACCUUUUUUUGUUACAUUUGCUACAAUGCAGUUAACGAGUAAAAUAGUCGUUUUUUGAUUUCACUUGUAGUUUUAUUACUAAUUGAACAAAACCGAAAACAACGUAAAAAGAACGAGAAUAUUAACAAAAAUAAUGCUUUUUACGUAAUUUUUAUUUGAUAGGUGCUGUGUGGAUAAAAUUAUUAGACCCAACAGAAAUGCUUGGAAAUUCAACAGGAAGUUCAUUAUAGGUUGUGGUAAAAUAAAUAAAAUGAAUUGAAUGUAAUGUACACAUUUUUGUUUUGAAAUCAAAUUUUGACGAAAAUCGUUAACAUUACGGCCUUUCAAAACACGUAUAGGUAAUCGAACUUCGCUCCGAAUCGUUUUUCGUUGCUUACAUAUAUAAAUUAACUAGCAUUACGUAUCCUACCUUUCCGACUUCCUACCUACAACAGUAGCCACGCCCGUCCCCGGUAUCAGCUCUUUUUUUUAUUUUACUGUUUUUUUUUUUAUGGAUUUCGGGGGUCAACAUUUGAAAUUUAAAUGAGAACCUAUGUUAAAAAUUCUAUAAAUAGUUACGGUAUAUGUUUAAAUAAAUGUUGGUGUUUUUUUUUUUUUUUUUUUAAUUUUUAUUACGUUAUUUUUGAUUGCCUCUACUUUUAAGCGUGAAACCGCUAUACCGUCGUGCACGCAAUGUUCUUCGUUGGACGCAUUCGGCAGUAAUCGCAAAACGUAUUUUGCACUCAUAAAAAUAAUCAACACAGAUCACGAGUAUUUAUUCGAAAUAUCAUAAAUAUCAUUUUAUUCAAACUGGGCUCGGAGAAGAAUGAUUUUCACGGAUAUGAGUUAAUUAUUUUAUUCCAAUAGUUCGUAUAAAAGUAAACGCGUCGGUCCGCGACAACAGCGCCCGUUACGGCCGGCGACCGCGUAACGCUUAGUAGACUUAGUAGUCGGUGUUGAGAUAUUAAAUUCAAUUUUCACCCGUUUUAAUUUAAAGUAAAAAUAGAACAAAUAGUACAGAAUAAUACGUUGACUCGUUCGCGGUUGCAAAUAGACUCUUGUUUGUGGCACUGACGUUCCGUGUUUGUCCGUUAUUGUCGUAUUAUUACCGUUCUCAAGCGAGCGAUUUUCGAAACAGUAACGACGCAAAAACGACCGGUCAAAGCCCGUAACUCAUAACUGCGUUUCCCUCGUCAGAAAAUAAUGUUCGCCCGGACAACGAAUUGCGGAAAUUUCAAUAUUUUGAUUACUUUUUAAUAAGUUGCCCGCGCGAUGUACGCAGGUAUAAUGAAACACAGUUUUUAAUUAGCUUAACUGAGUUGCGUUUUACAAAGACCGGGAAUCCCGUGAACACGGCGACGGCGAAACGAACGUUUUUAUUUGUUGUGAAACGGUUCCUCGGUUUCGGGUUGACGCGAGCACGUUAUCGUUUUCCAAACUAUUAUUGAAACCGUCGCGGCGAAACAAUUAAAUCAAAAACGUUGUCGCGAUUUUGUGACGGUCGAUUUUAUAUUCGUGUGCACACGGGCCGAGCGAAAACCGCUCGACUCUUCGUAUUCUGUCGCGGUCGGAGCUAAAACAAAAACUUUGCUCCUCCGCACGGCGGCCGCUCCCCACGGGACUUUUUUUUUUUAUUUAUUUUUUUUUAAUUUUCGGUCGUAAAUUUAUCUAAACGCGCAGACGCGUAAAUCCGGUAUUAUAUUAUGAAGUUUUAAUGGGACUUUUUCGCGGUGUGUCGGCCGCGAGUGAAAAUUAAUCUCAAUGGAUACCUAAAUAGAUAUAUGUGGACGAGAGGAACGGCAGGUAUAAAAAUACAUACGCGCUGGGUAAUAAAUUUCAAUUCGGACGGUCGCAAACACGGUCGCGAGACGGGGCGCUGGCGACGUAAAAUAAAAAAAAAAACAAAAUAAUAAUAAUAAUAUUCUAAUAAAAAAUGUAUUAUGAUAUGUGCGCCCUCUCUCUUUUUUUUACUAUGUACACGCGCGCGAAUCCCUAUUGGCGAGCGUGAAUAAUAAAUCAAUAACAUCGUUUUCCUUGAUUCUGAACAUGAGGCGUGAGGAAUGUGUGUGUUGGUUUUGCUAUACCGCGGCUGGGCGAGAAAAAUGGCACAACUAAAAAAAUUGCGGUAUUUGAGGAACAUCAAUUAUAAGUCACUGCCGUGAUCAACUACGGUCCGUGUGUAAACCGGACACAACUGCUCACCGGCGGAUAAUUUACGAGUUAGAGGUGUGACGUUUUUCUAUUGCGUGUGGAACCACAUUAUAGUACUUAUUUAUUACGGAAAUAACCUGGAAAUUACAACUAUAUGAUGCGGUUAUAUGAUGUGUAUCUUCGUUUUUUUCUGUAUUUUUUCACUUCGAUCAUAAUGAUUAGAGACGGUUCUUAGUAGUAAUUUUUGCAUUUGGUAAAAUGGAAAGAUCAUUUUAGAUACUGAGCAAAGCAUAGCGAUGGAUAUAAUGGUUCUACCGUGAUAUGUGUUUUUUUUUCUGCCUGUAAACAAUUUUCAGAAAACAAAUCUUGCUCCGAUAUAAAGAGCGAAAUAUAUUUCGUGAAAGAAAAUGUUGUCUAAUUGGUACAUGUUUUGAUUUUCCAAGGGGUUUUUCGGGGUAGAUCGUCUAGGACAAUAUGGCACUUUUAAUAUACACAUUUUUAUUCAUCUCGACACGUUCAAAUACUGACUUAAUCAAAUAAAUUACGAUCCUGCACUACGAAUUAAUAUAUUAUACAUUUUUUUAGAGAGGACGUGCUAAAAAUAAAAAAUAUACAAAUUUACUAUGCAGUCGAAAAAUACGAAUAAGAAAAAUUUAAGGUGGCUAAAAAUUGCCUAAGGAUAGACAAUAAUAUUGUCUAUGAUUUUUUUGAAAUUAUCGAAAGUUAAUAUAUUGAUGUGUCCCGACGAGAGUGGACAUAUUUCAAAACGUUAGUUUUUCCCUAGCAAAAACCAAACAUUUUAAAAUUGAGUUGAGUUUCUUUGUUUGCGUUUCAACCGCGAAAGCUUUCCGUUCAAUAUUGAACACAAUACAACUACAAUAUUAUAUAUUAAUCAAUUUAUUCUCUGUAACUCACGCGGUUUUUUUUUCGAUCAUUAGUCAAAACUAUACGAUCGACCCCAAUAAUAGCAUAAUAAUAAUGAUUAUCGAAUCAAAAUUAUCCGGUGAUUUUCACUCGAUAUAUACCGGUUGAUCGUUAUAACAUAUCCUCUGCAACGACCCCCGGGAAUAAAUCUUCCCGAGUUUGUAAAUGUCGUAUUUUGCAGUGCGUAAGUAUAUAUAUUUCGUUAAAGGGGUUGUUUCGCACUUAUAUAUAUAUAUAUAUCGUUGUUUUUUUUUUUUUUUUUUUUUUUUUUUUGUACCACUCGAUGUAAAUGGGAAGCAAUAAAGAUCGACCCACUAGCGUUCUCGUUCUCGAUUCGGCCCAUAAAUAUCGUAAAUCGAGGUGCUUAUUAAGGAAGAGCAACUUGGAAUCGGACUAUACGACCGGCACAUUAAUAAAUUUCUCGAGCCGACAACUUCUACGCCGCCAUCAUCUCGUUUGUUUUCAAUGAAAACGAAAAAUAAAUAAAAUAUCAAUGCCCCUUAUCCGUGCACGGGUGCAACGGGACUUCUGUCGUACUCGUUUAUUAUCGUUGCAGUUAUUAUACGAGCAUUAUGAGGCGUAUGUACUUCCAGUGACGUAACGCGAGGGUGAAGGUCUCUGGGUGUUCAAUCCCCGAUUGAUUUUUUUUUUUUCUGUAUGUAACCUUACAUUUUGUUGUUUCGGUUAAAAUAAUCCAACCUAUACAUGUGUCAUAAUAUACAUCUAAUAUGUCUUUUGGUUCUAGAAAAUAAUAGGUUUUAAUAUAAAUGAUGUUAUCGUUUAAAUUAAUAGUGUAGAACAAAAUAUUUUCGGAAACAUUUGUUUUAUUAUUAUCGAUAAAUGAUAAUAAUCUCAUUUUAUCAAAUUUCGAGACACAAACUGUUGCAGUUUACGUGACAACAUUUACUUUGAAUAAUUUUCCGUACACGAUAAGGUCUUAUUGCAAAAUAUUGAUCUCCCUCCCGUGUUCUAGCCCUAAUAACACCUCUGUGUUCUUUUCGGUUUGUUUCACGUGAAACACACUCGCUCAAUCGUCAAAACGUGUAACGUAAUACUGUAAUAUAAUACGUAUAAAUUCGUAUUCGUGGGCGAUAUAACUAUAUAGUUUAUGGCGUUUAUGGGAUUCGAAAGUUUUUGACGUUCGUCGUGUUACUCUCCGACUGUGUUAUUAGUAUUUAUAUAAUAUAAAUAUUUUUUAUAUUUUUUUAUUCUGUCGGUUUUUAUAUAUUUUGAGAUCAUAAUUAUAUUUUUCCCCUCAAAACCGUUCACGAAAAAUGAAUAUUGAGCCAGGGGAACGGUACAGCUUCUCUAAAAGUGAGGGCAAGAAUUAACGAAAAUGAUAACUUAUCCGAUAAAUAAAAUUACGUUUUUUAUUAACAUUAUAUUAAACAAAAUUUAGGUAAAAGUUAAAAUUUAACGAAAAAUAAUUGUAACUAGGUAUCGUAAAGAUAAAAAAUUAAAAACAAAAAAAAAGUUGACUUUUAACACUACCAAAAAAGUCAAUUCAUUAGUGUUAUAUUUUAGUGUGAAAAAUAUUGAAUUUUUUAAUUACGGACUUUCUUAAUUGAUAAAAUAUUAUUAUAUUCAAAUUUCGAAGAAAAAAAAAACUGUCGACUAGAUCGCAUAGUUCGUCUUCGACCAUUUUUUUAAAUUAAAAUGCAUUUAUUCAAAUGCUUUUCAAUAGACCUAAAAUUUUACUUUUAAAUUUUUGAAAAAAAAAAAUACCAACAAAAAUUUUCGUUUGUUUAAAAUUUUCAAGUUAACUUAUUGCCAACGUAAUAUCUGUAAAAAAAAAGUUUAAAAUGACGAAGCGUACACAAUAUUAUUUAGUAUUUUACAUUUGAAUUUACUACGGACUUUACUUUAAUAACUAAAACCAGCGAGCGUACUACUGUGGACGAAACAGAUGAUUUAACUCCAGACGACUUUAUUAUUAUUAUACGCAGACCAAAUAAAAUUCGCGAAAGUCCAUAAAUUUCUCGCUUCGGACGGAUUUAUGUUUUAAUGCACGCCAAAACACAAGCAUAAACAACAUUUUAAGUGUAAAGUAAAAGUGCAGUGUACGGCAAUAUGCGUAGGCCACGCCAACAUUAUUACCGUGCUAUUAAACUGCUAUUGUUGUACCAGAUCAAUUUUGUACUAUCUAAAUAAAGUUCAGACAUAAUUGUUAGAAUAAUUAUUUAUUUAUUUUAUAGUAGAGCUGGCCGUGGCCCAGAGUACAAAAUAAUGUACAUGUAUACACUUAAGACAUAAAAACUCUCAGACUAACAUUGUUUACAAAAAUAAACAUAUUAACAUAUUAACAGAAAGAGGGACGGGUACUCAUUAGCGAUAUCCAUCAUCCUGAACAUCGGCCUCUCGUGGGAAUAAUAAUUGGUGGUGCAAAAUGAUAAGGCGAUCGCGACUGGAAUCUAGAGAUAUUGAAAUUCAGUUGACUUGGUAGAUCAGGACGGUCAAUAGAACCUUCAAUGGGUUUUCUUACGAAAACUGGCAUUAUCUAUAAACGGCGAUAAAAUACAUGCAUAUCAAUUCAAUUAUUUGGAACACUAAAGUACCUACGUAUAAUGUGUUUUGAUUAAAGAAAAAUUUCCUGUAGAAAAGUUAAAAAAGAUAAAAAAAAAACACAUAACAAAUAUAUAUAUAUAUAUAUAUAUAUAUGUGUAUAUUAUUAUGUUUCAGCUGAACUAGGAGAUUUCGAUCAUCGGCGACACACUCCCGGGUACGUGUCCGAGUUCCGAUUCGUAUCCAAUCAGAACGCCGAACUGGAGAAUCGAAUCGGAGAAAUACACAAAGAACUCACGUAAGUGAUACGUCUUCCCUUUACUUCUCCCAUACUAUCACCUACUCUCCUCCUUACUUCCUGGCUCUUAACCGUCUUACUCUUAUACUCAAAGCCUCGACAAGAAAUAACGUUUUACUAUUAUUAUUUUACUCGACAACGGCAUUUUGCAGGGGUCAAGUGCCUGCAGUCGCCGAGCUAAAUUUCUUGGAUAAGGUCAAGUGGCUGGACAUGUAUGGCGUCGAUCUUCACCCGGUUCUCGUGAGUGCAAAUUCCCUUCAUAAAUAUUUUAACACCUAGAAAUGGUAAUAAUAAGAAAAAUAAUAUAUAGGAGGUAGCUCGUUGUGGGGGACGUACUCUUUUAUCGGAUAUUUUAGUUUUCUUGGUGUAAAAUAGUAGAUUAUAAUGAAAAACAUUUGUGCCUUAAUCCCCCCCUCCCCCUUUUUCUAGCUACGAUACUACAGGAACAUAAUAUUUUUCAAUUAUCCAUUUUUUCCGAAACCCUAGAAAAAAUCCCGUUUUUUCUAGUAGUUUUUCGACAUUUCGAUCUUUAGCAAAAAUAAUGGCAUCAUAUUAUUAUAGGCACGUAGGCCGGUGUAUAGAUAGGUGUAUCCGAUCGGGAUCAAAGUCGCCAAUAAUUCUUUCGAUUCGUGUGGAAAAUAUUUUACCUGCCUGAUUGCGGCACGUCGUCCGUACGUUUAUAUUAACGGAACACGGGCGUAAUCUGGGAUGUAUUGUCGGGGCGAGCAGACUGUGAUAAAACUAAAACACCGCCAUUGGCUAAUGGACUAAAUCUGAAACCGCAUCCCGCCAGACGUAGAAAUCGGCGUUAUAGUUAUAUUGCGACGCGGUAACAAUAACGUACGGUCGGUCGGAUAUACGACAGAGAGAAUAACCGAACGGUUCACGCGAUAGAAAACGAAAAUUAAGUGAACGAAAUGGUGGAUAAAAAAAAAAAAAAUGCCAAAUGCCUUCGCGCGUCGUCGUCGUCGCCGCCGUGCUGCGGCCCGUCACCGCCGUCACUGCUGCGCGGCGGCGCGCUACACGGUGCUACACGCGCCGAGUGCUUUGUCAUUUGAUUUACAUUAUCCGGUAAACGUCAAGAGGUGUUUUAUAAUGUACAAUACGGCGAAACAAAAAAAAGAGUGGGUUUUCACAGCUCCUCGGUAUCCGCCUGUGCAUAUAUAACAAUAUAAUACACGGCGGCGGCUUCCACACUCGAGUCUGACGCCUAAAGGUUCAGCGUCUCCGUGCCGAGCUAUCCGCCGCCUCGCGUGCGUAAUAUGUAAUAUUAAAAAAUUGCGACUCCGGGUGUUAUUAUGAAAUUAUGUUUUAUUAUUAUUAUUAUUAUUAUUAUUACGCGUACGUACACACACAGCUCGCGUUUGAUAAAAAAAACCACUGCGCGGAGAACGCGCGCUUAUUAUUCCGACGCACCGAGUCGGGACGACGAGUCGACAACAAACAGCUGUAGCUGGGAAUUUCAGUACCUGUAUGUACGCAUGAGUGUUAAAUUGUUUUAUUUUUUAUUUAUUUUUUUUUUUUUUUUUGGAAAUCCCGCGAUCUCGCACGCACAGGACACGGUUUAAGAUUUACAAGUUGCCCAACGGUUGCCUGUAGUAAGUGUAAUGUUUCGCCGUGACUCGUGACCGACACUCUGAUAAAACAGCUGUUGAGAUAACAUACAGCGCUUCCGGUUGACCGCAGAUAGCGAAUUCGAGUAUUUUAACACGGUAUUCGGAGCUAAUGCCCACCGCCAAAAAUUACAAUUUUUUUUUUUUUUUUGUUUAUAUAAACUGGCCGGGCGUAUAGUACGUGAGAAUGCUCGUAGCUUCGGAGACAAUUCGUUGUAUUAAUUUACCACGGAUUCUUCUCUGUAACGUCAACGUAACCCGGUAUAGUAAUUUAACUCAAAUAGCUUUGAAAUCAUUUAGGUGGUUACCGCCUUCCCGAAAAGUUUCAAUUAUUCAAUUGGGGUUUUUUUUUUUUUAUUAUUAUUAUUAUUGUACGCGGUCUUUAUAUACUAUAUAGGCCUUUGAACAUGAAAUACAACCGUAUUUAAACAAAACGAAAAUUUGUUCUCUUCGCCACGAAACAAAUUAUAGAACUAAACCGUAUAUAGUAUAAAACGAAAAAAAAAAUAAACAUAAUCGAUCCUCUUUUAUAUUACCGCUCUUUCCCCCAGCUUCCUCGUCGUAAAAUGUAAUUGAAACGAAAGCCAUUUGCAUUUAUUUAAUUUAGAGUUCCGUUUCGUUUCGGUUUUUUAUCCUUUUAUCUUUUUUUUUUUUUUUUUUUUUUUUGUACUAACAAAUAAAUCGUAUCGGUAACAAUGUAUUCCGGUACUGCAGUUUUCGAGAGACAGAAAUCCGUCCCACACACAUGCCGCGCGCUCAAAGUCUCGUUCCGGACGAUAUUUAUGGCACGUUUUCUGGUUUGGCGACUGUUUAUUAUUUUUUUUUUUUGUGAUAUUUUACAUCGAUAGUUAUAAUAUCGCGGAUAAAAAACGUAAUUUAUUAGUAUAAACGUACGCUAUACACGUCUUGUCACAACUACACAAAUUUACCGGUGUGGUUUACACAUAAUAGGUACCUAAUAUUAUUAUUAUAAUAAUUAUAUUAUCGUUUUUUUUUUUUUAACGCGCGAGAUCUCCAUUCAUAUAGCUGCAGUAACUCACUGCGCGGGCGCCCACGCGCCGUCCUUGGCGGUGGCGAGCAUAAAAAAUAAAAUGAAAACAUAUCAAACGACUUUAGCGGCAUUAUGUACUAUUAUUAUUAUUUUUUUUUUUUUUUUUUUUUUUUUUUUUGUUUCAUUUAUAUAUUUGUUCUUCGUAUAAUUUCCUACUUUUUCAACACUAUACUUGUAAAUCAAAUAAAAUCUAAUAUAUUUAUAUAAUAUAUUGAGACCGCGAGAGAUUUGUACCGGAAAAAUGUAAAACAAUAAAUAUUUCAUAUUUAUCACGCGUAGGUUCACGUCCUGUACAUGCGAUAGAUACGAGAGGGUAAUAAGAUGUAGUUUUAAAAAUUGUUACGAAUUUUAAAUUCGAAAUUAAUUUGCAUUAAGAGAACUGCGCGUGACCUGCUAUUUUUUUUAUCCAAAAACAAAACUUUAUAAAAUUAAUCAUUCUAUCGCGUAGAGUGAUAGGGAUUUUAAUUAUUUUUUGAAAAAGAAGAAGAAACUGUCCAGGACAUUAGAUAGGACAACUUUCUGCAAUUUCGGAAAUUCAAACAAAAUAUGUAUACACAUCUAUGUAUAUUAAAUAACAUGUCCUGACUGACUGACCCACUGGGCGGAUCGGGCUGAAAUUUGGCACACGGAUAACUAUUAUGACGUGGGCAUCCACAAAGAAAAGAUUUUUAAAAACUCAACCCCUAAGGGGGUAAAAUAGGAAUUCUUAGGUACAUUUGGUACGAAUAGGAAUAUCUCAUUGCUUAUUUAUUUUUGUUUUUUCAAGAGUUACCGUGAUGUUACGGAUGAUAAUUUGGUUGCCACUGAAAAGAUAACUGUUUUAAUCAUUAUUAUUGCUAUUAUUUACACUGUCAACAUUUCACAAUACAACACAUUUAACCCAGCGAAGGUGGACUACCUAUUUUCUAUCUAUUUGUUUAAAUUCAAUUCUGGCACGACCAAAACCAAAAAUGAAUAUAGGUAAAAUAAUCAUAAUACAAAUUGGUAGCGGCACCGCCGGGCGCGGGACAGCUAAUGUUAUCCGUUGUCACUACGAAGCAGAAGAAUUAAUAUUAUCAGUUGUCACUACGAGGCAGGAGAGAUAACCCUGUAAACCAUGUUUAGAGCAAAAAAAAACCGGUACACAGGUCCCUUAAUACAACAAUUUAAACCGAUUGAAUUUUUCGUUAGAAUUUUUAAGAAUUUUUAGUUCUAAAAAUUGACAAUUUGUUACUAGAAAUUUUUCAUAAUUUGUAAAAAAUUAAAAUUAAGAGCACAGGAUCCUCCAUGCUAUUAUAAUAUUUGAGUUUACACACCAUAAUAGCAAAUUCUUCGUACUUAAACAAAAUUUAUUUUUUAAAUGAUUUUCUCGAUGAGAUACAUUUAUUUGCUAGGUAAAAAGUAAUUUUUUUUUAUAUACAAUAAACUAACUACAGUUAAUUAUUUUUAAACUAAUUGGUUGAGGACAAAUAAUUAACGCGUUGAUUCAAAAUCAAUUAUUAUUGAUCUAGUUAAUAUUAUACUAGUUAACUAACUAAUGUCACAUUAAUUAUUAUUUUGCGUUGCUCUAAUUCAACGCAUUGACUUUAUUUUUUGCUAACUUUUAACUAAAACUCUUUUCCGUGUUUAUUUAAUCUAAACUAAUCGAGUUUAAUUGUUUUCACCAAAUUGCCCAACUUUCGUUUAAGCUGUAUACAUUUUAAACGGUAAAUUAUAUUUUCAAAGGAUCAAUGUAAUAUUGGAAAUUUCUAGCCGAACGAUCGAUUAUCUAUACAAUUAUGUACUUGUAUAAUAGUUUCGAUGUUUUCAUGUAAUUAUAACGAUCUGCCCAUAGUUGUAAAACAUAUAUUCUAAAACGUCGUCGUCGGUAUAAAAAAUAAUACUGUGUAUAAUAAUAAUAAUAGUAAUAUACAGUUUCUUAGCUAAUGAAAAAAAAAAAAACAUUCGAAUUGAAUUAAGAGACAUCGCCGCGACCGUAGAGAAAUACGCGUAUUAUUAUUGUUGUUGUUGUUAUUGUUUGAUAAUAUAUUAUCAUUAUUAUUGUUGGAGAGUCGCAUAUAUAUAUAUUUACACAUAGCCGUUCAAAGGCACAUUAUUCAUCGAAACACAAAGGUCGGGGAUGAGGCACGACGACAACAGUGGAUGAUAUCCGUCGUCGUUUCAUUGGGAAAGAAAAAUGGAAAAGAGGGGGGAAAAAAAAGAAAAUAUUUGUUCGCUAUUGUUUUCCUAUUCGCGUAUUUGCUUAUAGCAGUAUGUGUGUCUGUGUGUGUGUGUGUGUGUGUGUGUGUGUGUGUGUGGACAUUGGCGGCGGGUUCGCUCGGUCUUCUAUGUAUUAUUUCUAUAUACGACCCGCUCGAUACCUACCGCCGAGGUCUAUAUUAUUAUGUAUACUUAGGUGAAGUUUCAAUAGUUUCAUAUUAUAUAUUGUGUGUAACGCACGCGAGUCCGAAAAAUAAAGAGGAGAAUGUACGCCGCCGGAUUCUCCGCUAUAAAAACCGACACGACAAAACCGUAUAAUGUAUACACACCGCACACCGCUGGCGCCUGGAAAAACAAAAUAAAACGACUGCCUGCAUCGUACAUAAUAAUAUGUAUAUUAUACUUACGCCAACCUGCUCGGCCGAGUUGCAGACAAACGUCCCGGGGCAUAAAUACGAAAACAACAAUAUAAUAAUAUAUUAUGCGCGGAUCGCGUAAUUACGAGCGUGUUGGACGGAGAGAGGAGAGGAGGGGGGAGAGGGGAUCGGUAUAAUAUAUCGCGUUCGAAAGUUUUUGAAUUGUCCUGUGCGCACCUAUUUGUCCACGCGGAAAAACGUGUCGACGUCUAGGAAAAGACGAAUGGAUGUUGUGGACGAAGACCGUCGCGGCAUAAUGGGAAACACGAGCAUAACGCAAUAUCGAGUACAGCUGGUAGACUGCGCCUUCUACACCCUUUGUCCGAGAGAAAAAAAAAACAGUCAACGCCCGAUCACUCAUAUUAUUUAAAUGAACGAUUUUUUUCCAUGAAAAGUAUUGGUUUAUCGCAUAAAACUAGGUAUUGCAUUUAGUAGACUAGAGAGAAAAAUCACAAGACAUAAUGGAGGGAGAGAAAGGGAAAAAGAGAGUUUCGGUCGUAUACCUGCUACAAUAAAAUAAAGGGGUGCCUUUAAUAGUGAAAUAAAGAAUGAUAAAAAGAAUACAUAAUUUGGGCCACGUUUCUUUCGAUAACGCACAGAGAUGUCUCUAUGAGGUAAUGGACUAAUUAUUAAUUUAUGUAAUCUAUGGUUAUUUUUUGUUUUUAUUAUAAAUUAAUAUUUUUUGUGGAAAUAAAAAAAAUUUACAUUAUCUUCCUAGUUACCGUCAAUUGCUUAUCAUUUGUUGUCUGGCUAAUUUCGGCUCUACACUUAGUCCACUAUAGUUUAAAAGGUCUAUUAGUACAAGAAUGCAGAGAAUUGUUUCAGGAUUGAGUAAAGUGGAUGAACAUCGGAAUGGUGGCAAAUACUCUCGGAGAGUAUUAAAUGCCAGAAGAAAAAGAAAUAUGGAUUAAAAAGAAAUUUUUAAAGUUGAAAUUGAAAGCGGAAUAAGAACGGAAUUUUUAAUAGUGUCUGGAUAUAGUGGAUAGACUAAAAAGUCGAGCAAAUAUAACACAUUUUUUAAAAGUAUCAUUUUUGCGAAUUAUUUUCCGGCGAUAAUUGUUAAAAUCUAACCGAUUGUAAAUACCGACAAUAAUACGCUAAGUGUCAGUUUUUUUAUAUUUACAUUUCGAGUAGGUGUUAACCUCUAAAACAAAUUUUGAUUUUUUUUUAACGUUGUAAUAAUACGUACUAAUAAUAAAUGGCGAACGAACCGAUUCGAAAACGGUAAUAAAAUAAUAUUAUUCUUGGACACAACUUUAGAAGAAAAACAACAAUGUAGACUGUAAGUAUUGACUAUUGGUAUUUUUUUUUCUCAGUUUAUCUUUUCGAGUUUCCGCCGCCGCGCCGCUACCGCCGUCGAAUUAAUGAGAUGCAAUAAAGUCGCUCGGGACACAAUACGGUCGGCCGCCCCCGUUAAAAUAUCGCGUCGUAAAUUUAUUUUCCCCUCGUAUAUAUAUUUACGCGAGUAUAAUAAUAUAAUAUAUUUUACAAUUGAAUGGCUUUUAAGACGACGCAAAUUAAUACGAACGUGCGUUCGCUAUAAUAUAUGCGUGUCUUGUUAUUUACACAUUAUUCUUUAAACGAUUUCGCCGACCGCCUCUGACUAUUUCGUUGUACAGUUAGGGCCAUUUCAAAUUUUAAAAUUUUUACCGGUACACCGAAAAUACCGCCGACCCUAUAGCUUAGAACCUGGGGCCUACGGCCUAGGCCGAGGUCUCAGGCGUCGGGCGGUUCUAUAUUACCUGCUACAAGGAAAAUCGAAAAACUAUCUUUUAAAUGGAGCAAGACUUCUGAAAGAAGGAAAACUAUCUAUCGGUUUUUAUAAUACUUUAUCAUUUUAUAUGUUCACCGAUACAAAAAAAUACAUCAUAGUAAAACUAAUACAUUCUUCGCUUCGCUCAGAAUAUAAAACCCACAGAAGAAAUAAAAACAUAUUUCUUCUCUAAUAAUAACGUACCCGAUAAAAAUUUCGCGUAACAAAUUUACGCGGAUUAUUUUCGAUUAUAAGAGUACCUUUAUCGAUAUUUGCUCACGAAGCGAAACAUUUGAGGUUACGUCAGAGGUUCCCAAAGUAUGGGUCAUCGUCUAAAAAUGGGUCUUGAUCAUAUUUUUAAUGGGUCGCAUUAUAUUUUAAAGUAAUACAUUUUUUUUAGAUACUGAGUGGAGCGAGGAAUGUAUUGAUUUUACAAUAAUGUUUAUUUCCUUUUUUCUAUCCAUGAACAACUUUUCUACCAGAAAUCUUGCUCCGAUUCACGAGCACUUUGUAGUACUUUUUUGGGAGGAAAUCGGACUAGAAAGAUACUUUAGAAAGGUCUUUUUUUUUGAUUUAGUAUAUAGUAGAUUUUGAUUUAAUAUAUAGUAAAAACAAGAAAAGAAAUAUUACGGUAUUUUUUUUACCUAUGAACAACAUUACUACCAGCUAUUUUACUCCGGUUUACAAUGAUGGCACUGGGGUGGUAUUUUAAGGAGGUCAUUUUUUGAUUUUCCUAGGAGUUUUCCCAAUAAAUCGGAAAAACGGGCAAAUGUACAAUAUGUCGGGAGAUAUUGGUUAAAACAUAUUACGGCCAUUUUUUUCCUGUAAACAAAUUUUCUACCAGCAAAUUGGAUCUGUACUUGUAAAUGAGAGUAUGCCACUGACAAAUUUCAUAAAUCAUCCAGAAACGAAAACUAAACCUACAAAAAAAAGGGUCAUCAAUAUUAUCGUGGGUCGCCUAAAUUUAAAUUAUUUCCAAAAUGGGUCGUAUCAUAAAAAACUUGAGAACCUCUGGUUUAUGUUCUGUGGUUUUGGUUCCUUGUUGGACACGGCCACGUUCCACUCAACCACCCUUUAAAGUGGCUCAUAACUCGUGUAUCCAUAAUGAGCUAAAUUCACGAUGUUUCGGAAUUGUUUUGAUUUCAUUCCCCGACACCUCCGCAUUUCGCCGCAUUUCAAAUUUUGAAAAUGGCUUUUUAAAACGUUAACUAUGUAUUUUAAAGUUAUAAGACUAAUUGAAAUCUAUUCGCCGUAAAAUUGCAUUAAGUAUUCGCACGCGGGUUUCCGUCGGCGUAUUGCAUAACAUUAUAAUAAUAUAUUUUAACAGGAUCAUUAUAUUAUGACAUCGAUUUUUAUAAAAUACGAUUAAGGUUUUGAUAGUUUAUCAUAAUAUAUUUAUAUUCCGUUCGCGGAUUUACGACGUCCCAGUUUUACGUAAGUACGUUUAAUAUAAUUAUUACCUACGCGUACCGAAAAGGAUUCCCGUAAGCGCAUUACUGCUAGUAUUUAGUAUAUAUUAUAGGUACGCGAUUUUAAAUAUGGGUAGGUAUGAAUAAAGAAAAGAGAGGAAGAAAAAAAAAAAAAAUGUUCUCGACCCGAAUCAAAUUAAACGCGUUAGCCCACGAUCGACGACGGUAGUCCGACGACUAUAACUAACGAGAUUUGAAUCGAAUUACGUAACAAUAAUAAUUAUACGUACGUCGUAAAAGUCUAUUGGCGACAGGAGGGAGUAUAAUAUUAUAUAAAUAGGAAGACGAUAUAAAAAUAUAUACACGUUUUAAAAUUGAGAUUCUCGCUAGUCGGUUUCGAACGAAUUCGAUCCCGAAAUCCUCCUCGAAAGGGCAGCUGAAAAUUUAAAUCUCGCGUAUGAUUUAGAUUGUGCCUGAUAUAAUUAUAGAACACAAUAUUAUACUCCGUUAAUUAAUGAAAACAAUUGUAUCUUAGCUCAUAAGUUCAUAUAUUUUACUCACCAGCUUGAUGGCUCUGAAUUUUGUUUGAUUUUUUUUAGAUUCCGAGUAUAUCGAAAAAGCUAUUAAUUUUAUAAACAUGCGGUUUUUUUUUCUUUUAAAACAUUUUUAUGAUUAAAUCAUUCAAUAGUGUCAAAAAAAAAAAAAAACAAUUUUUUCACUCAAUAGUCCUGUGUAUAACAUUUUCAAUCUCUUUUUCCGAAAAAUUGCUUUGUACAAUUAUUUGUUUUAAGGCUUUUUCAUUAGGUAAUUGCUCCAAUAUUAUUACGUUGCAGUACUUUUCUAAAAACUCUUACCGAAAUUUCCAUUGAUUCAUCCUCUAGAUCCUUUUUAUUGUUGAUUUCUGCAUGGUUAACCUCAGCAAUAAAGGAAAAACACGACUAAUAACUGGCUUAAAAUCGUUUUCUUUUUGUUUUCGAUGAUUUAUCGUUUCAUACACUGUAAAUUAUACACCACCUAUAGUUUACCCCUGUACCUUUCCAACUACCCACCUACAUCAGUGACCAACCCGUAUCGACUAUUUAUUUUGGUUUUUUUUUUACACGGUUAUCGACCGAACUUUAAUGCCGAACCGAUAUGUUAUUAUUAUUAUUAUUAUUAUUAUUAUUAUUAUUAUUAUAAUAUAUAACAAAUCGUAUAUGGGCUUCAUUAAUCAAGUCGUGUGCGGUGUAUAUUGUGUAGAACGGCGAGUGGUAACCGACCGAACUUAUACUUUCUAUAACUAUCGCUCGUCAAGUCACGCGGCAACUCGUUAAUCAAUUGAUUCUGUUUAUACACACGCAUAUAUAUGUAUAUAUACAUAUAUUAUAUUGAAUACAAAACAGGCAGUUUUGACAAGUGGUUUUCGGCUAUAACAGUAUAACCGAUAACGCGGUCGUGGUUUUCUUUUUUCAUUCGCUUCUCGCGCGCGCAUAUUAUGACGACGACGCGACGUCGAAUUCGAUACCGAAUUGUUUGCCGCGGUGCCCCCGCAACGUGUGAUGCGACUUGGCGAUAAAUAAAUAUACGAAAAUCAUCGAUGCGAUUAUGCCACGUAAUACACAAAAAAAAAAAAAAAAAAAAACACUUUCAAUGUGUUAUAAUCUCGGCUGUUGACGUUUCAAUGACUUUUUUCUGCCCGGACUAUUAAUGUUUUUUUUUUUUUUUUUUUCACAGUAGAUAUGUAUCUCAAGAUUUUUUAUUUUUAUUUCAGUUUACAAAUAUAAUAAAAACAUAUUUUACAUUUAUUUAUCUUUUUUUAUUUCGAAAACCGGCGGUGAAAAAUGUUUUUUUAGUUUAGGGUCAACUGUAAUAAAUAAUUAAACAAUUAAUUUUUUUUUUUUUAAAUAACUGCCCAUACCUAGUUAAUUAUUUUUGUCUUUAACUAGUAUUAAUUCAAUUAUUUUAGUCUCGGUUAUUAUUAUAAACUGAGUUACGAAAAGUUUUUAUUUUUUUAUUUUUUUUUUUGGAUUUACACUUACUUUUACGAUUUAAAUUAGUCCACGCGACGAAUAAUAAUUGGAAAUCGAAUGUUUUGAAUUGUAUUACCUAUAGCUAUGGAUAAAUCGAUGUUUAUAAUAUCAUUUACGAGGUUAUCAUUAGCGUAACCUGUAAGUGAUACUUCGUUAUUAUUAUUAAGAAAUAAUUUACUCGUUGGUAAUAAAAUCAAUCUCAUUUGGAUAAUAAUAUUAUAUUAUAAUAUAAUAAACCCGAUAGAUUAUAUUGUAAUAACGACUUUAUAACUUCCCCUUUUUCGAGAGGGGAGGGGGAGGUGGUGAUGAUGGGUAAGGGUUCAAAUUUUGCAACGGUAUAAUAUUCCGUUUCGCGAGUCUAGUCAAAAUUAAUUUACCUAAUAUUAUGAGAUCGGUCCCGUGACGACGACAACGUCGUAAAUUCAUAUUAUAAAAUAUCUAAAAUCAGUUGGAAUUAUUCAUUAAUUUAUUAUAUCAAUUAAUAUCGAGAAGUUAAUUUGUUUUUCCGACGACCGUCGGCGUGUUUUUACAGCGGGUAAAUAAAAUAUUCAGAAAAUUAUCUCGACUGCAUAAUAUUAUUACUAUUAUUACACGCUGCAGCAGCAAUUAAUAUUUAAAAUGUAAAUCGCGUUUUUGUUAUUUAUUAUUAUGACUAUUAUUUUUCGUUCGAUAUAAUACAAUUUAUUAUUAUACGUACGUUAAUAAUUAUUACUACGAUUUAAAAAAACAAAUUUUAAAAUGGUAUUUCCUUCCGUAAAAAAAAUUUGUAUACAUAAAUUUUAUAUUAUACAUAUUAUCAUGGUAAUGCAGGUCGUUGCAUUCGUUUCUUCGUAACUUGUAAAACGUGUACUCUGAUAUUACUAUUAUUAACUUUAUAAUGCAAUCGGUUGUAUUGCAUAUAACAAUAUACAGGGUGACUAUAUUGCCAAAGAUUUCGAAUAAAUACAGAUUUCAAGUUUAAUACCUUGAGUGUCAGUAUUAUGUUUUAUCUGGAUGAAUUAAUCUGAAUAAAUUAUCCAGAUAAGUAUACAUUUUUCUUAUACCUUAUCUAGACAAAUAAGACAUCGGUUAUCUGAGGUAAUUAAUCGGUUCAUCUAGGUAAACCUUUUUAAAUCGUAAUUUAAACAUUUAUUUGAAAUAAUAUCUAAAAAUAUUGAAUUUGUACUAAUAUGGUUUAUAAUAAAUAUAUAUUAAAAAUUUAUAUCGGUCAACAAAACAAACUUUAUGAGAUCUAGAUUUGUACGAAAUCUGGUACAAGUUCAAUACUUUUAACACUCCUUUCUUAUGGUAAGCAAUGAACAAAAUUGUCUUUUUAUCUAGAUAAAAAAAAUGCUGAUUAUUUAUCUUUGUCCCGAUAAUUGACUAUAUUGUACUGUUAUAUUAUUAUUUUGAAUAUUUUAAAAUUAUUAGUUAUUUCCGAAUGUAUCUAUUUACAUAUAUAGAACUGCAGUGGAGUCAUUCUCGAAUCGUUUACUGAUCAUAUUAUCAUUUACGGUUAUUACCGAAUAUUUCGGUACAUACCUCAAAUACAAAUUGAAUUUAGAUUUUCAAACAGAAGUUUGAAUUUGUCCUAGUUGGAUUCGAUAAGAUAUCACUUUUUGAAUCUGAGUUUAAACACGUGAGUUGAUUACGUAAAAAGUUUGUGUGGUAUACAUAAUAUACGAACAGUAAAACAAAAUCGUAAAACGUCGAAUAUAAUAUGUUCGUAAUCGAAUCGUUUAAAAACGGCGUAGUUCCACGUUAUAAUGACUAAAAAAAAAACCCAUAUGAAAUCAAAUUUACUCGAAAUCUCCAUUGACAAAAUUCACCCUGUAGUUAAUCACUCUUUUCUUACAUUUUGACGUGUGAAAAUCCAUUAUAUUGAGAACGAUCAUUAUAAUAUAUUUUGAUUGGAUUUUUUUUCGUUCUGUACAAAAACUAUGUAAGUAUAAAAAAAAACCGCCCAUUAUAUCGAUGUCGUCGUCGAAUUAAUAUUAUAUGUAUUUUCAACGGUUAUUAUUAUAAUUGUUUUUAUUUUUAAAUUGUAACCUGAAUCAUGUGGGACGGUACUUACACAAUAUUUUGCAUGUACGCUGUUUUAAAAAAAAAAAAAAAAAAAAAAAAUGAUUUCAUUUUCCCAACAUAUACGUUGGUAUUUGUCAAGAAAAAUAACGAAAUUACAUUAUUAUUGCGUUCAUCGGGAAUAGCAUUUGCGUCGAUGUUGCGGUUUUUUGAUUAUGUUCCGAAUACGAUUAUGAAUAAAAGGGAACAAAAUUAAAUUGAAAUCUCUUCUUUUUCUUUUCUUUUUUUCUAGUUUUAAAGUGAAAACGAUUGAAACCGUUGAACGUUAUUUUAUUCUUUACAUUCGUAAUAACCGUUUUGAUGUUAAUAUGGAAACGUAGCAUUGUAUCUGCUAAGAUAAAUUGUAAAAUCGUCUUCAAUGGUAAAACAACGAAUAUGGCGCUGUACCUGUAUAUACAUAUGAAUAUUAAAUAAGGAUAAAUAAAUUCGAUUGGCUAAGUUAUUUGUGGGUACAAUGCUUCUGGGUGCACGUGGGUCGGUCAUUUAUUAUACCGUUCUAGUUUUAGGUACACAUGUUAUAUAGGUACAUGUACUUUUCCAUCGCGAAUGCGGAAAUAAUUUGAAAUUAUUGACCAAUAUAAUAUUGCGUGUAACGAUGCAUGGUGUCGUUGGUUUAAGCAAGGCUGCAAGGCGCAUUACAUGCGAUUUAAAAACUGUUCAAUUUAUUUUUAAAAGUUAAUUUCAACGAAACUACUUCUUUUUUUCAUUACAUUUUAACUUAAUAAGUUACUUUUGUUUUUGAAAAAUCUUAUACGCGUAAACUUCGAUGGUUAUCCAUUUUUUUUACAAAAGUAUCUAAAUUAAUUUAAGUUUUGUCCCGAUUAUCCAAUUCACACACGAAUGUUUUAUUUAAUAUUAAAGAAUAAACUAUUUUAAUGCGGAUUUCAAACAUUAUAAUUGUCCACACAAAUUUUCUCAUUUUUCGAAUUAUAUUGAACUAUUUUACCUUUUAUUGUUUAGUUAACAAACAACAUAUUAUUAUGAUUUAUUUUAAACACGAUUUGAUGAGUUAACAAAAAACUAUUUAGUCGUAAUGGAUUUAAUGUUUGUGAAUAAAAUAAUUACUGUCCAAAUAUAGAAACGGAUCUUUAUUACAUACAUUUUUUUAUUAUUAUUUCAGGGUGAAGACAACGUCGAAUACUACUUGGGACUAACGCCCACCGGAGUGAUUGUGCUCCGGAACAAAAACAUCGUCGCGAACUAUUACUGGUGAGUGGUUCCGGCGCAGUAGAAUCAAACCCCCGCGGUUCGGUUAUAACCGAAAUUUAAAAAAAAUAUAAUACAAAGUUUAAAACGUUAACGAUGAAGUAACGUGUGUUCUUAUUAUGUGUUUCUAGGCCCAGAAUCACGAAAAUCUUUAGCAAAGGAAAAUAUUUCAUGUUGAGAGUUUGCGACAAAAACGUAAGUAUCUACUAUAGCUGAAGCCAGACAUACAACACUCGUGUGGCGUAUACUGCAUAUUAUAAAUAGCAUUUUUACAGUAUACCGUUUCCUUGAGCGAAUCGAGGAAUAAUAAUUAAUUUUUUUUUUUUUUUUACUUGAAUUAGCAUAAUUUUAAUUAUGCGCGUCUGAUAUCAUGUCUAAUGUAUACACGUAUGUUUGAAUAAAAACAAUUUUUUAAAAAUUAUAAUUUUUACCCGCAGAACGACGAGAACACUUACGGGUUCGAGACCCCCUCGAGGCCCGCGUGUAAACAUCUGUACAAGUGCAGCAUGGAACACCAUAAAUUUUUCAGGCUCGUCCAAGUGCAGUCGCCCAACCCCCCGGACGUCAUAAGCACUCGAUUCAGCAGGUUCGUAUUAAUUUGGCGUGUCAAAGAAUUUUUUACAACAAUAAUAAUAAAAUAGAUAAUAUAUUUAUUGCGUUUCAGCCGCACGCGUAUUAUUAGGAAUGUACAUUUGUAAAGACAAUUUUUUCAGUUUAUUACGAGACUUAUUUUUAAUGCGUAGUUCAAGUCAUGUUGGUUUCGAAACUUUAUUUUAAUUUUUGGUAUUUUGUAAGGUCUAUAAUAUUUUCAAAAUAUAAAUCAAUUUUAAAAUUUUCAGCAGCUUUUUGGUGACCGUUUUUUUUUUCUUAUUAAUUAUUAUAUACCUAUUUAUACAGAUUUAAAAAAAAAAAAACAUAAAUAAAAAUAAUAUAUCACGAUCAUAAUACGUAUCUUUCGAGGUAUUCACGAUCGUAAACAUGUAUGUGAAUAGAUACAUAUAGGUAAUACUAUGAAUAGACUAUGUUAUUAUAAGCAUUUUUUCCGGGUUUUUUUCUUUUUAUGCGCCGUGAUUAUUCAAAGAGCCCGGCAAAUUGUAAAAAGAAAAAAAAUCACUACGCCUUCAUAGUAGUACUAUAUGUACUCGUAUAUUGUAUACGCCAUAUUAUACACCGCGCGGUUUUUUAAAUCGUAAAACGUAUUACAAAUAGAUACGUUAGAAAUGAGACUGCCCAGACUAUUGUACAUAAAUAUUAUAUUAAAUAUUCAUCACAUUGCCUGGAACACGCGAUUUUUCUCUCGCUUAUUAUGAUUUGUACAAAACGUCAAAUCAUUAAUUUGCAUGGAAAUACGCGGUACGGAAAAGGCCGCGAAUCCUGUACGCCGCCCGCGAUGUGGUGUUCGCCCAUAUGCGCAGUAUAAUAAUAAUAUUUUCUUUGAUCUAUAUUUGCUCGAAAAGACCCGAGAAAUUAGUUGUUUUAUGCUAAACCUAUAUAUUAAUAUACCUAACUUAACUUACACGCCGAUAAUAUUAACAUAUACGCUGUAGAGUGUAGAGGAUCGGGUACAGCGAAUCCCGCCGACCAACCGAUAAAUUAUUCUCAAGUCCGGCAAAUAAACUUUAUUCGGUCGCGGCCAGUUGUUUUAGAGAGAGAGAGAAUGAGAGAGAGAUAGUAAUACCGUUGCUAUCGUUAAUUAUUAGAGAAGACGGACGGAAUUAAAUUUUGAUUAACGUCAAAUAAUCCCGAUCCCGUAGCAUCGCCCGAGGAACAAAUCCAAUAUUAUCGCCGUUUUCGUGAGGUUAGGUUGGGUAUUUUCUACGACAACAACGGUUCACGUAAUAGUCCGAAAUAGUGCCGCGCAAUAAUGGAAGAAAAAAAGGAUCACGCGAUAAAACGAAAUUUUGAAAUUUCUGUCGGUAGGUAAUCAACGAUAACUGUAAGAGAAAAUGUAGUCCAGUUCAUCAGAUAAACAAGUCCAGAGUAGGCCGGUCGUGUGUGGCGGGCUGAUGUUAUAUGUCCCAUAAUAGCAAUAUUACGCCUUACCCAAUGGUAGGGUGAAGACAGUAUUGAUGAGAUGUUAGAAGAAAUUGAACAGGAAUGGUGAUUCCCAAUCUGUUCCGAUAUCUAUUUAUUGAUUCGUAUAAAAAUGGAUAAAAGCCUAUGUAAGAAACGUCAAAUUUGUCCCAGUCCCAACCCCCGAAAAAAAUUUAAAAAAUGUACAUAACGUUUGUGAAAACAAAAUUUUAGUUUUGUAAAAAAAUCCAAAAAAAUUUUUGGCAUUUAAAGUUGGUGGGGGAAGACUGGAAAAAUAGGUGAAAUUCGAAGAAAUCCAAUUCUCUUCGGCUCAAUCGUUUGUAAUUCGCUUAACUGUCUGCGAGUUAACAUCAAUUAUUUAUGUAAUUUCAAAUGUAGAUAAAAUUUAAUGUAAUGUUUGUUGUUUGUAGUUUUACCUGCCAAAAUUUCGGAAUUCUGUAAAAAAAUAUAAAUUAUAAAAAAAUGUCAAGCCAAAAAAAAUUAACCAUUGUCGUUCUUUUUUGAAAAACAAAACCCUGUCCUUAAAAUGCACUUUUACACUUCUCUCGUACCAUUUUUCUAUAUAUUACGUACCCAUCUUUCUGUAUAUUUUUAUCAUUUACCUUUGCAGCUGUUCAUCAUAAUCAAAAGAUGCUGUCGAAUUUUCCAAAUUGUUUCAGACCGUUUAUUCGGUAUAAAUGGUUUUCAUUAUAAAUUCGACAAAUCGUUACGUUAUCAUUCGUUAUAUAUAUAUAUUUUUUUAUGACGAAUUAAUCGAAUUAAUUGAUUUCAAAAUGUAAAUAUUUGUUAAAGUAUAAUAUUAACAUGCAUAUUUGCAUUAUAUAGACGAUAAAAUAACUCGAACAUAUUACAUUAUGUAGGUGCCCGUACAUUUUACCAGAGUUAUUCUAUUGAUGUUGAAAUAAUAAUAAUAAAAAAUACUACCGACCCAUGGGAAUUAUAAUACCGUUUCAUACAUAGCGAUAGUUUUUUAUUAUAAUACGAGAUAUCGUCUGGAUAAUACGAUGAGUACGUAUAGCACGAAUAUAGACACGAUAUCAUUUUUUUUUUCUCGUAAUAAGAUUUUCGUAUUAUUAUUAUUAUCAUUUCCAAAUUAAAAAGAACCUGUACAUUUUACCACCUACUAAAAUCGUUUUGAUAAUUAUAUAUUCGUUGUUGUUGUUUUAUUUUUAAUAAAAAAAAAAAAAAAAGCGUAACAUUAAACAUCUGAUAAAUUAUAAUAUUUUUUUUUUUUUAACUUACAGAAGAAACAAGCGUAAAUUCUAUACAAACAAAUAUAAUCUAAUGAACUUAAUUUACGACAGUUAAGCUUUUUUCCGGUGAAACUAAACACAUUUAAAUAAUUAUGUAUAGUACCUAAUAAAAAGGUAUUCUUUUCCGUUUAAAUGUAGGUAUAUUAAAUGUUAUAAAAACUUAAUGCGAUAUUGCAGUUAUUGAAAUUAGUUAGGAUAAUAUAUUAUCGUUCCGUGGGCUAAAUUAUGUUAAGUAUCACGGUACGACUGUGCAGGUCAAUCAAAAGAUUUGCACAAAUCAUUUUAGAUUCUCAGCGUAGCGCAUAAGCCCUACUAUCGCUUUACUAAAAUGGAUUGUUUUUUCUCGGAAACCACUAAUUCGGUUAAUAAAAAUGCGCAGACUUUUUCGCGCAGAACGUUAAUUUUUACCCGGUGAUGAUACCUGGUAGACGCCUGUUUAAUUUGAACAUUUUCUCUACAGUUUUUCAAAAAUAUUAAAAAAAAACCUACAAUAAAAUACGAAAAUACGUUGGUUUGUUUUCGUUGAUUAAUUAUCAUGCUCUUUCACGAUCCCCAUCCGAUAAUCUAACCCGAUGCAGUUUACAGAGCUCAGCGCAGAGUUUUGAGUUUUUGAUUGUAACGAUUUAUCGUCGUUUCCCGUAUAAAUCCCCUACAUCUAGAAACAGUAAUAACUUCCAAACUACGCAGUCACCCUCACGGUAUGUCCGAAUGUUUUUGUAAAAGUACGUUGAACCUGAAAAUAAUGACAAAACGUCGGUAUAAGGUAGUGUUCCGAAAUGAUCAAGUUUACGGUCGACAAUGCGAUUUUUCGACCGAGCGAUAUUUUUCCGUUGCGUUUUUCCUCGUUAAAUUACUUGCAUUUUUUUUUUUUUUUUACAUUAAGUUUGAAUUACAUAACUACAUAAAUUCUUGUUAUAUCGUUUUGUUUGCGUGUGUUCGUAACAUAGCGGCCGUGCCGACAAGUCUUCCGUAAGAAGUUCACAGAUGAGCAACAGAACGCCGCCGUCGUUUACGAGGACACCCAGUCGUCGGUACCAGAGGAGAAUAAUCGAAGGGGCCAACGAUAAUUGUGAGUAUACGAGUAUGUGCCUACCUAAGUGUGUACCUAUGUAGUCGUAAACGUUGAUUUUUUUUUCUUCUAUCCACUCUGUUUGUGUAUUAUAAUUUAUAUUGUAUGGCAUUUUCCGCGCGCCGAACCCGCAAUUUUUAACGCACUGCGAUUUCGAUACGUUUUCUAGUCGCGUAACCCCGUUGCAGAACAAAAUAAUAAUAAAUAUAAUAGGCACUCGAGAAAUUCCCCAAAGUAUUAAUCUGAAGAAGUUUAAUUAAAAAAAUCGUAGAGCUAAAAAAGAAAAACAUUUUUGACGUACAUAUCUACUUACGCGGACGUAAAAAAGUAAAACGACUUCAUUACUACACACGCCUUCCGCAGGGAGGGUGGGGUAAAAUAUACAGGGUAUCUAUGUUUGUGGUUAUAAACUCGGGGUAUUGUUUAUUUUUAAGAACCAUGAAAAUACUUAUUCAAGAUAAGGCAAAAAUAAUAUUUUAUACUACUCUCGUUUUAUAUGCGCUCCGCGUAACAUUAAUAAUAUAUAAUAAUAUUAUUAUAUAGGUAUACUCGGAAAAUCUUGCUGGUUUUUUUUUUGAGUAAAAAAAUUAAAAAAAAAAAUAUGGGAAAAAAAAGACCGGAGGCACUCUACUUUAACGCAAUAUUUAUAUGAAUAAUACUCGCGUUUUUUUAUUCUAGUAUUAUAUUAUUAUUUUCAUAAUGUUCGACUACAAUCGAAUUGCCCGCUGUUUAAAUUUGCCAGCAUACUUCUUAUGUACUGCGUUACUCACACCAAUACUUACGUAAUAUAUAGUUUUUUAAUAUAAUUAACCGCAGUUACCUCUGAAGGCGGAAGGUAGGGGGCAUAAGUAAAGCCAUAUUAUAAUUUAUGCAAGUAUAACAAAAAUCUGUAUACUUUGCCAUUUACAACGACGUUAUCCUGAAUCCUGAUUCCCGACGAUCGCAAUAAUGCAUGCAUAUUUUAUAUAUUUUUUUUAAUUCCAUUAUUAAUAUAUUUCAACGCAAUCCCGUAAAACUCAAGGGUAAUAUUGUUGUAUAUACUCGAAAAUGAGUUUAAUGCAAACUUGUUGAAAAUGUAUAAUAUAACGAGCAAAACGUGUUUUGUAAUGUCGCGAUCCGACGGUCUUGUAAAGUAUCCAAAUAAAUAAUUCCGUUGUACAUUGAAAUAUAUUAAUAAAUGUUAAAGCGAAGGGCCAAAGUUUUUAUUUAAGAUAAACUUGUACAAAGCGAAAUAAGAAAAAAAAGACGAUGGAAAAUGCAUAAACGUAGGCAAAAUAGUCGAGGAUUAAAAUGCUUAAGAUCUAAGAAGGUCGGAUGUUACUGUUUUAAGAACGAUAAAACACAUUGAGAAGAUUUUGGAACCAAUGAUUUUUUUACUUAAUUUCAGAAUAUUGCGUUCCAGAAAAACAUGGCCUACAAUUUUAGAUUGUACAAGUUGUAUUUUUUUUUACUUUAUUUUUACUGAGCAGUCAUAAAUUAUGUGUAGGAUUUUUGGAUUUCGCAGUUUAUUCUUACACGUAUUAACAAAUCAACACUGAAUUUUUUAAAAAAAAAUGUCACUGCAGAUUCAUAAAAUUCACAAAAUUAAGUAAAUUUUGAUCAGUAAAAGUGACUUCUGAACAAAUAACUCCUAUGUUCAACCUAUAGAAAAGUCAAAAAUUCGAUUUUUCACGUUACUUUUGAAAUUCAAGAUGAUUUUUCAUCGAUAUCACAUCAUUAAAAAUGCCAUGAAAUCAUUGGCAAAAAAUCUAAAUUUUUCCAGAUUCUUAGCGAAAAAAGCAAUGUACUGGUUUUCUUUGCUGUUUCUGUGAACGUCUUUUCAAUCAAUACUCUUGCUCCAAUCAAAAAUUAUUUAGGAACUUUCUCGUAGCAUGAUUUAUCUAGUUGGCACACUGAUGACGAGGUUAUUUCCGAUAUCCCUUAUAGUUUUUUAUUAAUAAAUGGGAAAAAAUCACAACUGUGUGUUUGUCUGUCUAGGUUGCCUUGGCACGAUGAGAAAAAAUACGUCUAAUAAUUUGCUUGGAAUUCGUUUUCGUUAGCAAUGGUCUACCGCAACGCAGAAACAUAAAUUAAAUCACUCCGCAUAUUAUCCAUUUCACAUUUCCUCCUAAAACCGUGGCGCACCCAUUAACAGUAUUUUUGUUUUACAUUCAUGUACGAAAUACACAAUAAAAUGCGUUCUGUACAAUCCAAACGCAUUGUCCGUGUGGCUAAAUCGGGACAACGACACGCUGGCAGUCUAGGCGACAUAUUAUAAUAUAUACUGAAGUAUUUCAUACAAAUAGGUAUACUUCACUUUAUAUACAAGUGCGUGCUCGAUAAAUUGAACGGGAACGCGAGUCGAUAUAUUAUGUAUAGGUAAUUUUCGCAAUUUUUUUUCUGCAGACGCGAUGCACAAACCGUUGGAAAUCGUUUUCACGUAUACGCUCGCGCACAUACACGAUAUUUAUAGAAAAUGGGUAGAAAAAAAAAAAAAUUGCGUUUCCGAUCGGCGAGAGUUCGAGUAGGUAAUUUUAAUCGUGAAACGCAGAGUAGGUAAUAAUUUCAAAAGCGAUAUAAGUGUACAGAGGUACGCAUGAAAAUAUAUAAAAUACGUCGAACUAUCGCUGCCUGCAGCACACUGUUUUGAUAGGUACCACCCAUACACAAUGAAAACACAAUAUUAUAAUUUAAUAUGUAUUAUUAAAGUUGUAAUCUAUUUCCCGUUAUAAAUGUAUAAUUUAUAACAGCGUGUAAUUAUGUUUAUUGAUUUUCGUUCUCCUUCCCCCGGUACUGUACAUAGAGAAAUUCGUAAAACUUAAUUAAAACGGCUGCCGUACCUACAUAAUUACAUUAAAUAAUACAUAAUUGAUAACGUAUGCUGUAAAAUCGAACCACUCGACAGAAUAAUCGCAAAAAUGUAUUUCAAUACAUUUUUGCCGGACACUCGACCAGUGGCGUUUACACAGAGUACGAGCUAAAUCAACGUGACUUUCUUAACGGCAGUGUUUGUAUCGUGUAACGACGAAUUCAUUCGUGAAUUUUGAAUUUUUUUUGCAUUUUAAACUUUUCUAGGUUAUUUUUUUCCCCCGUUUUUUUAAGAAAAUUUUAAUUUCUGUUGUACAUCUAGCAUAAUAUGAUGUUUAAUAAUCUUAAUUUACAAUAUACAUUCACCGUUAUGCCGUUUGAUUUUUUUUCAAAAAUAAAAACCUCGUUGCAUUUUUAAACACUCGUUGGUAAAACGCGUCCUUUUCCGUUCACAGGUCAAACGGCCGGAGACGAGUAUAAGAACAGAGACGAACUGUUGUUGCUGUCGUCGCUAAAACCACAAGACAAAUUGAAAAACUGUUCAAACCCUCAACUGCCCGUUCACACGUGAGUAUAACAUACAAAAAUACCACACAAACUUGUUUUUUACUCCGAGUACCUAUUAUUAUUAUUUUUUUUUUUUUCGACAGCAUGUACGUGCCAAACCGGAGCGAUUCACCGAGAAGCACUAGGAGCGCUCCGUGGGGUGUCUGGUCAAGCGCUCCGACAAGAGGCCUGUACUCGAGCAGUUCACCCAGGAGCGUCCGGUCCGGACCGCAUCAAAUCAUGCGACACGCCCGACGGUCAUCGAGUGUGGACAGUCAGAGCUCCAACGAUUCGAGAUCGUGCAGAAAGUACGAACGGCAUUAUAUUAUACACAAUCGGGUGGUAUCGAUAGAACUUGGGGAAAAUAUACAGGCACAUAUCCUUCUUCUUCGCCUGUUACACCGAGGAGCAAGUGCAACAUAAAGUCUCUGGCCUAACAUCCAUCAUCUUCAUCUUAUUGUUAAUUCUUUUGGCCUUUCAUUUUUUUCCGGCCUUCUCCGAUUUCAGUUAAUUCGCCUUCUUCAAACGCUAGGUCUAACACGAUCUAUUUUUCCCCCAGACUUCUCUUAUAUCAACCUACGGGUCAUCAUCUCUUUAGUACUCAUUUUUACCACUUCCAUUAAUAUGUCGUCAUUUUUAUUUAAUGUCCAGCUCGACCGUUUCAGACAUUUCGAAAAUUAAAUGAAAUUAAACGAUUCAGCCGACGGCAUUCCUGAAUUCGGUCGUAAAACCGCAGGUGGCCGAAUAUGUAUAUUAAACGAACCGAAUGGAAUUUUUCCACCUUUCCUGUCGGAAUUUCGGGCGCUAUUAUAUGCAGUGAUCGAUCAUAUUUUAAACAGUCGAUUUAAUGGAAUAAUAUACCGCGGUCGACGUAAAACGAAACACUCGGGGAGAAAUCGUGAUGAAAACUCUCCGGAAAACGUUUUCGUUCGCUUUUUAAAAGACGGAUUUCCGUAGGUAUGUACUAUCUGCAGAUCGCGACCGUAAUGAAUCACUCGCGCCGUUUGUUAUCUCGAUCGGACGUUGCACUUGUGCGCACGAAAUUUAAUUUUCCGCAGUUUGAACGUUAUUAUUAUUAUACGUACACAAUAAUAUAAUUAUAUCGUUCGCCGAGCAAACUCUGGAGAGAUAAACUGCUGCGUGCGUAAGUCCGUUACUUUGUACUUGUUUUUCGGUAAACUGUUUUGUGGUUUUAAGAAGGUUAUAGGUAAACCGAACCAAAUAAAUGGAAAAAAAAAAAAAAAAAAUGAAUUGUCAAUAUAUAUUAACACCGAUCUCUGAAAGAAUCGUUAUUACAGCCCACAGAAAUCUGUAAUUAUGAACGUUUUAAUGUAAUUCACGCUAAGCACGGUGUAGACCGUUGAAAAAAAAAAAAAAAAAAACGUUUCAAUGUCCGAUUUUUAAAUGUCGAUUUCUAUACACGGACUUUUCAAAUUUGUCGACUUUCAGUUACUUUCAAAACGAAAACGGAUCGGUAAAAAUCCUUCGCAUUUUGUGUUGCAUUCCUCCUCCAUCCUAUACAGACGAAUUUUCACCUGCUAUCCGUUCGAGGGAACACGAGAUAUAAAAUAACUACACUAUACUUUAACGGUGUAUGUCUGAGAACUCCGAUAUAAAAUACCUCCCCCACACUCCACCCGUCUCUAUACUCUUGUUUACCGUACACAUUGUAAGUAUAGCUGCUUUUAAAUCAACACAUCGACGACAGCCGGCGGCGGUCUGCUAGCCAGACGAGUCCGUGUGAAGUAUUGUGUAAGUUUACGACCGAAGAGAACCACGGGUUUCCUCCAGAGAUCGUUUUUCGACCGCUAGUUUACCGUCUCUCACUCCCCCCCCCCCAUCAUGCUUUCACGGAGUAAAAGCUAUAACGGGGCGCCCACAAAACGAAAAGUCUACGGAUAUAAAACAAGCUUUUAUUACGUUGUUUUAGAUUCGAAAACUUUUUCUCUAUUUAUAUUAUUCUAUACAAUACAAGACGGCCGACGAAUUUAUUUUGUAUUAUUUAAUAAUAUCAUUUCACCAGCAGCGUAUACGAAGUGACACGUUUCAACAGCUGCAACGGCACGCGUAGUAAAUCAUUUUAUAUACACGAGAAAACAAUAAUGUUACCUAUACGGUUCUUUUUUCUUUUUUUUUAUCGAUUGAUUCGACCACAAUUCGGUAUUCAUUUAAACUAUAAUCUAUGGUUCUAAGCACUUAAUCCGGAUUAAUGCGGACGCUGAAUCCGGAUCGAUCGGAAUGUGACAAUCCAUAUAAAUCCCGGAUUGUUAUACAAUAUUCAACUACAAAUUUUCUAAAAUAGCGCAGUCCGUCAGUUUUCCCAUCUAUCUAACUAUAUAAAAUGGUUGGUGCGUUAUUAACACGACGCGUUUCGUAUCGCCGUACAAAUGAUACUCCACUACUCUCCUCCAACCCGAACUUAAAAGUGGAAUAUCUCGUCAACGGCUAGAUAGAAAUCAAAAAUGUCAACACUAAAAUUUAUUUUAAAUAACACCCCAUCUAUUUAUGGAACUUUUAAUAUAGGUUGCUAUUUAAAAAUCAAAAGUAGACAGUGGUUUUAGCCCUAAAAAUAAGGAUGGAAAAAAAUAACAUAAAUAUAAAAUUCAAGAUCAGCUCGUUUCUUAAAUUUUCUAGAAAAUAAAUUCCAGAAAAAGUUAAUAAUUUCCGAAAUAAUGAGUUUCUUAUGAUAGAUUGAUCGACCCGCAUACUAAAUUCGGAACGUAAUGAGGGAUCUAUUGGUUUUAUUAUGCGUUUUUAUUUUUUGUGUCUGUGAUCAACAUGUUCACCAGAAAACUUGCUCUAAUCAAAAAAUAACGAGAGAAUUUUUUUUUGUUGCAAUUCUUAUCUAGUUGAUCAGUAGGUAAUUUUUUUUUUUUUAUUUUCCAUGUAAAAUUUCUUAAUAAUUGAGCAAAACCGAAAAAAAACUUAGAAAGAAACAAAAGUUUACGGAAAUAAUAUUUGUAUUAUUUUAAUGUCCAUUUUUUUGUUGUAAUUCAGUUAAAAAUACUCAUAGUAACUUCGAUGGAAAAAUUAUAGUUAGUGGCUGAAUAAAAAAAGUAGCGUUAUGUGGUAUUUUGUUUUAUAACGGUCGAGAUAUGAAAUGUCGAUGAAAAUCUUAAGUCGUGUAUAAACCAAAUUCGCUCAGAGUCGUUUUUCGUUGUCAACGGUUCGACGUUUCUUAUAGACAUAAUUUAAAUAAAUUUAUGUAUUUAACUUUCCACUUACGAAAGCGGCGGCACACCGCUUCAGUAGUUUAAGCUCUUUUUUUUAUUAUUAAAUCCGGAUUACGAAUCGAUCAAACUUCUAUUCGGUUUAAACGACGUCUUUAAAAUAAUAAUUAUCCUCCAUUUGUACCGAAUUAUAUUAUGCCGUUCGAUAUACGACUAUGUGUACGAGGCUAUUAUAACGAUGUAUUUCGUACCUAUAAAGUUUUUAACUGCCAUUAAAACGACGAUUAAUUAUUUCAUUAUACCUCACACACGUUAUUGCAUUCGAAAUUAAUGUUGACAUAAAUCAACACCUAUUUACCCGGAGGACUUUCAUUACGAACAAUUACGGAAAUCCUUUGUACGGAGUGACAGACAUUAAUGUAACGUAAUAUGUGUAUAGGAACCAACACGUGUUUAUGACUUAUUUAAAAUAAACACGCAAUUGACUGUGAAUGACGACGAACCAUUACGACUUGAAAAAAAAAAAAAAAAAACAUCCGCGCGCAACAGUGCUCCGUCAUCACUAUAAUAAAGUCGAAUUUUCCCCUACCUACUUUCUAUUAUACAUGCAUAUCCAUUGUCAAACAAUAAAUAAUCGAUUACUUUAAUAUUAAAAUACUAUACGAAUUGUAUACAGGAUGGUUCACUAAGCUUGCUCACUCGGGAUUUUCGUUUAAAUUCGGUGUACAUUCGAAUUCGAGUUUUUGGAACUUUUUAAGUGCAGCUAGAGCCGAUAUUUUCGAACGCUUAGAUUUCUCACAACGUUCGCGGACAGUGUCCUGCGGCGAUGCAAACUGCCGUUUUAAAUUAAAAAUCCCGUGAACAGACGGAGCGUUAGUAGCAUUAAACACAUUGCGGCGUUAAAAUGUUCGAUUCCCGUCAACCCGUCGACGAGAUGUUCCACUUUUAAGUUUAAGCAGGGAGAGUGCAGUGGCGUAGCGUAUUUGUAUGUAGCGACACGGCGCGCGGCGUUUUGUUAGCGCUCGGCUACUCUCCUCCGCCUAACAGUCGAAACCCCCAGUAGACCGCGUCCUCGGUACCGACGUCGCGCGUGUACGAAAAAAUAUAACUAUUCCGGCUCCGUUCGGGAGGAGGGUAUUUUUAUCGGGUGUCAAGUGCCUAUAAAAAACCGCGGCAAACGUGAGUUCCCGUCGGGCGUCGUACACGGUGUUUUUUUUCCCCCCCCCAUUUUCGGCAUGAAGAAGUGUCGACGGAAAAUCAACACAACGUUUCGUCAAAACCGGUACUCCAGUACACCGAGUUAUGCGCGAGUUAUCCGAGUACUCGCGCGUACAAGUGUCGAGAAAACAAUGGUUUUCUCGGCUUCGCGUAUCCUAAUGAACGCGACAUCGCGCGAUAGCUAAAACGUCGUCCGUCGGCCGACACCGACGUUGUACAUUUUUGUUUUGUUUUCGAUUAAUUGUCUAUCAUCCCGUUAUCGUUCACAGGCACAGACACCGGAACCGACGGUCGUCGGACAACGACAGCGAACAGUCGGGCCGGUCGGGCAAGUCGCACCGCAGGCACAGGCACAGGAGCCGCAAGUCGUCGUCGUCGGCGGCGGCGGCGGCGGCGACGACGGGAGACGAGCACGAGCACAGGCAGCACCGGUACCAGCUGGUCGAGUCGGAGGGACAGUGGCGCGAGGUGCAGCGCCGGCAGGCCGAGGGCAGGUCGGCCAUACAAAAGGCCUCGGUGGUCCGGCCCCGGUCGGGCUACGCCAACAGCGGGCUGGAGUCGGAGAGCGAGAUUUCGCAUCACUCGUCGUCGUACCGGAGGCGCAAACACCGGAAACACAGGUGAGCGACGCGGUCGGGCGAUAACCCGACGGGGUAAAUGUUUUCGGUCCCGGUACGCCGGGUCGCUCUGAAACGUUUCCGUAACCCAUCGGUUCGGCGAGAUUACGGAUAUCUACGCCCCGUGACGCGUUCGUCGAACGUUGUUGUGUUUUAUAUUGGAAUUUCGCAUUCGCGCAUGUCGAUUAACAAUACUGUUACGCGGCGCACCCUGUUGUUCUGGAAGUUACGACGGUUCAAUGCGAUAAACAAACGACGCGGGUCCGAGUCGUUAACCCGCGCUCGCACGAAAAGUAUCCAUCGGGAAAGUUCGACGUGAAUUUCGAAAUCCAAACCGUCGUAGUUUUUAAGAGCGCUCGCGUCUUUCUCUGAGAUUCCUUCGCCGCGGUCAAUGAGUUAACGUUUUGAACAACGAGCGUCAGACGAGUCCGGUGGAGACGAGAGUGAUGAAAUCGACAUUUUAUUUAUAUAGCUCGUACAGUUUUCGUACCCGCUACGCGGAACAAAGUCUCGGUAACAAGAUAAUUAAAUUGCGUUUUUGCGCGGCGACGAAAUUACGAUUAAAUUACGAGGAGAAUUUCUGCAAAAUAUGUCGGGAAUAAACGACUCCCGUAAACUUUACGGGACUGAAAUCAGUUCAACGACUCAUUGUCGACAAGAUAAUUCUGUGUCUGAUGACGUAUAUCCGUGGUAACGAUUUUUCGUUUCACAGAACCGAUUAACAGUUAUCCGAUUUUUUCCAUGUCGUAUAUACCUUAAAAAUACGCGUAUUUUUUUGAAACAUUUGGUCUCCGUUUUUUUUUUAAUUGGGUUUUCAAGUUUUCUAUUAAAUAUAACCGCUCACAUAACACAGAAGGUGGGUGAUGGGCGGGCCCUCGGAAAUAUCCAACACGCAUUUCGUCGAGGAUAUAGCCGCCACUGGACCCGGAGACCGGAUUUCUCGUAAAUUAUUCGUCUUAUAAACCGCGUUAUACAUUACGGUCUUCUCGGUCUUCAUCCCACGCACGAGUGGUAUCGUCGGCUAUCAUGCUCUUAUUCUUAUAGUUCCGCGUUUAUACAAACCGUAUUUUUCCAUAAAUUCUAUCAGGGUAACGCCUUUGUAAUAUUCACCGAUUCCCCUCCCCUCCCCUCCCCCCCCGUAAAAACACGAUCGGGUUCGUAUUAAAUUCCGGUCGGAUCGAUAAAACCAUCCUAUUAAAUUACUGUAUCGAAAAAAAAAUAAAUAUAUAUAUAUAACUCAAUUUUUAAUCCACUUUACGGAACAAUUUUUAAUGGGGCCCGAUCGGGAGAUUAAAAUAACGGUUAACGAAACAAUAACGGCGGGCUACGCGGUCGGAUUUCCGAAAAAUUAUCAUAAUAAUAUCGAGCCUUAAUAGGGUUUUGCGUGUUUUUCUGAACGACCGUCGGUACGUAACAACCUCUGACCGUUAUUAUAACAACUUGUAAGUCUCGCCACACGCCUAUUCCACACUUAUUAUAAAUAAUAAUCGACGGCAUUCAAAAAUUGUAUACACAUUGUAUAAAUAUAUUAUAUAUUUCAAUACGAUCAUACCUAUUAGUUAUCGAUGAUUGAUUAAUAACGGAAGAAAUAUUAAUUUCUUCCGUUUUUCCGCGCCUUUACAAUAAUAAUGACCGCCGCGUAUUUUUAUCUAAAUUUCGUCAGGUCGCGGUCCAGGUCACCAUCGGAGGGUAAGACGCGUCUGCCCGAAGAGCUGAAAAAACAUUUGGAAUUCGAACUGGUGGAGACGGACGGCAUGACGGAGGAACAAUUACGGGAAAUACCGUACACGGCCGUGAAGACCGCGGCGAGGUCGCCAAAUUCGCCGCCCCUGUCGUCCAAACGGAAAACCUAUUCGUCUCGACGAGCCAAAAGGUCAGUAAACAAGUAUACACUGUACAUUUCUACUCGUCUUGUACACGUGAAUUGUUUUGCAUGUCUCUUUUGCAAAAAGAAAAAAAAAUGCACGAUUACGCAGCACCUCGAGACUUAUUAUAACAUACGCAUUUAGCUAUCUUUUAUUUUAUACAGACUGAAAUGUAUCGGUUGAGUUAUCUAUAGCGCUUUAUCGUAGACAAAUAAUCGAUCGAUCAAUAGUUGUAUUUUCACCUGGUAAACACUCUCUUCGAGUUAUUUUUUUUUCGACGUGGGAAAUUUGAAUUUCACCGAUUUUUGAAAAUAAAUGUAUAUUUUAUCUCGCAAAAGUUAUUGCCUACUAUAAUACAUUAUACAAUUUCUUUUAAUUCUAACGGAUUUUACGUUUUAUUUCUACGUUAUAUCUUCUUGAAAUAUUAAUUUCUACGUCAGAAAAACUUAUAAAAACUUAUAUUUGCCUUUUUUAGACGUGGUAACAUUUUCAAAACGUUUGGGCCAUUCUUGAGAUAUUUGUAGACAUUUUAAUUUAACAAGUUUUUUCGUAAUUUUUAUUCAAUAGGUACCCUAAAUAGAUAAAAUAUUUAGACCAAACAGGAAUGCUUAAAUAUUCAACAGGAGGCUCAUUAUAAAUUAUAGUAAUCGGUCAAUAAGAAAAGGUGAAGUUUAAUGUAGUAUUUUUUAUACAGAAAUUUGAAUAUCAAAUUUUGACGAAAAUCGUAAAUAUUACGGCCUUUUAAAACCUUUAUAUAACCAAACUCCGCCCAGAAUCGUUUUUCGAAAACAAUGGUCAAUGUUUAAUCGUAGCGUACAGACGCACGUUAAAUUCCCCGCGGUAUCCUACAUCUCCAACUCCUCACUAACAACUAAGUGGCCCACCCGAAGGUGCGACGUAUGUCCGUCUUUUUUAUUUUAUUUUUUAUUAUUAUUUUUUUGGAUUUGUUGCAUGUAUCCGUAACGUAGUUGCUCGUUAAAAGACACGACGGUACCCGAAGCCGGCGACAGCCCUCCGCCGCCAUACAGCGAAGGCCCCGCGGACAAAUGCGCGGCCGGCAUGCCGAAUUCGAAAAGCGCAAAUCAGUUACCAAGGUACGAAGAGCUAAAACCUCUAGUGAAUAACGGAUUUUUCAUUUAGUAAAAUAUCAAACUACACAUUGCACGCGCACACGUACACAUAUUGUUGUUUAUAAAAAUCCGUUUUCGUAAUGUGUGUAUUUUUCAAAACAAUUAUUAUAUUAUUAUGUUUUUUUUUUUUUUUUAGCAAUAUUAAUUUUAAGGUAAAACAUAUAUAUAUAUAUAUAACAUUAUAUGUACUUUCGGUACGGUACAGUAAAAUAAUAAUAAUAUGUUACAAUAAUAUUAACGAUUGCACGUUGACGGCGAUUUUAAUUAAACAAAUGAGCUUUGACAAAGAAUUAAAGAGCCAUACGUACAUUGUUCACUAUGCAUCGUGACAUACACCUAAUAAUAUUAUAUUUAAUUAAAUUCUGUAAAAAAAAAAAAAAAAACUUUUUUUUUAUGUAAUAAUGUAUAAAAUGUAAUUUGUUGUACGUGCAGAAUACGCGUCGAAAAAUGUUAUUUGACGAACGAUGAUCGUGAUGGUUGACGGCAAAUUAUGAAACUAUUACUAGGUAUAUUUAUGUUGUUCCGACAGAUAUUAGCGAAACGUCAAAAUCGAAAAAGCAUGAAAUUGAAAACCCGUAUUACUGCAGUAUUGUACAACGUAGUGAAAAAGAACACGUGUUUUAUUUUUUUUUUUUUUUUUAAAAAAACGGUUUGUCAUCGUUUUCGUGAAAACCGGCGAAACUUUCGGUACUUUGAUGGAGGUAGGAAACUUGACGUUUAAAACAUUCUCGACAUUUUUCGAUCGUUAUACGACCACUGCGUUAUGUUUUUAAAACUUACAACGAGUCCGCGUUAAAACGCGGCAUGUAAAUUUGAAAAUCCGUUAUUCUUCUGGACGGUGAGACAAUUUCCCGCGUUCUGACCGACGUGAUUUUCCAUAUCGAGGGUUAUUUGAAAAAAAAAAUAUAUAUAUAGUUUAAAGUAGGAUACAUAUUAUGGUAAUAGCUAAGGAAGGUCUUUAGUAUAAUAUUAGUAUAAUAUAGGCUAUUAUGUUUGCCUAGUCUACGUUUAUCUCGUACGAAUCUUAAACGUGUGUGUAUGAAGAAAGAUAAUGUGUUCAUCCGACCCGACCAAUUUUUUUUUUUUUGAUCCGAAAAUCUUGUCGAGAUAUAUAUUAUAUUCGUUUAAAUUAAAUACAAUAAUAUGCCACGACCAUUUAGCUAAAUUUUAAUAAAAAAAAUUAGUGGACUUUUAACUUGACUCAACGGGGUAGAAAUUAUUGUUAACUUGCGCUGUCUUGGUAAUAACAUCAGUUGUGUUUUUGUUGUUGCCGUUUGUGCGAGAAACAUAAAAUCGAUGUGACGAACCGUCAUCGGGAAUCUUCCGUUGAAAAAAAAACGGUUUUCGAAUCCGUCGCAUUAAGAAAAAAAGAACCCCUCGGUAGGUAGAUAUUUAAAAAAAAAUAUAUAUAUUGACGGAUAACCGUGGGGUGAUAGGUGAAUUAGCUGUGUCACGAUAUUACAAAUAUAACGUUUCUGUAUUUUUCUCCCCUCUCAGGAAACCGUGUCCACCCUUCCGAAAUCCGGAGAAGUUUCCCUUAGUUUCCGCCGGUUUGCCAAUUUUCGAGUACAGUUUCGGUUUUUUUCGUUUGCACGAGCGUAACCUAAGCCUCUUCUCUAAUUCCUCCGUAUUCACCACCUAUAGAUAUUUCGUAUUUCAUUCGUUUUUUUCCCCCGCUCAAAAUGACGGCUCUAGGACGUUUUAGGUUUUCCGGAUAUUCGUAGACGGCCGUUUUUCGAUAUUAUAACGUUGUGAUAACAUCGUCAGAGUUUUUGUAGGUACUUGCCUAUAUAUUACUAAAUAUUAUGUCAUCAUCAGAGUGCAGAAACUACAAUAAUAAUUUUGACAUCCGGAUUCGUGGUCAUAUUAUUGUAUAUAAAAUCGCAUCUUCCCAGUCGCGUGCAAAGAAUUUAUUAAGACAUUGUUCACACCGUGUAACGUCGAAGCGAAUUCGGCAUUUAUGUCCACCGUCGUGGUGUAACAGGAUAGCCGAUAAAAAUAUGCGAUUGAAUGACCGUUUAGCAAGCGAAUCAAAUCCAUCCAACACCCAUCGCCCUCGAAAAAUAUUCAGUUCACUGACCCGUUGGGGAGUUAACUCCGUUCUACUACAAUUUCGAAUAAUCCUCGUUUAUAAUGGCAGCGUAUUAUGUACUGUGUAAACGCUUGUACGAUAAACAAAAACCUUUUGCUGGAUUGUUUAGUAUCCGUCCGUUAUUGAUUCCGUAAAAUCACUUUUAAAUUAUUGGCUAUAAUCGCGCAUUUGGAACUGAUAUUGGCACGCCCACUGCGACCGUUUGAGAAUUCCGAGCUCGAUUUUCGCUCUUUGUCUAAACAAUUGCAUACGCCAUCUGCUGCCUUCGGCGUUCUACUGUGUUUCAGUCACAUAUUCAUUGUAUUUGUAAAUUAUAAAGGCCACAAGGGGAAUAUCUAUGUACAAUGUACCGCUUAUAAGUACUCAUAUUAUGCAAUAUAAACACGAUCAAUAACAAUUAAUAUGCAUAAGUCUGCGUGUACGUGAAAUAUCCUUUGUUUUCGUAAAAUCAACGGGCCGGCGUUUAGGAGAGAGAUUAAGGAGAUAUUACACAAUCUCCCCCGUGCUCUAUUUUUUUCUGUUGUUUUUUUUUUUUUUUUUUUACCUUUAUCGUUUAUCAUAAAUUUUACACGACUUAUUAAAUAUAUUUUCUGAUUAUACAAAUUUCUUGAAUUUUUCAAACUCGGACAAAAUCAUAAAUUUGUGAUCUCUGUAACAAUAAAACUAAUUGAUUUCACACGAGCGGCGUAUUAACAUUACGGCCGAUUUUAUAUUUUGAUACGAUACGACACAGUGUUCAGCAAAUUCAAUAUCUUCUUUUUUUUACACCGUGCGAAAACGGUAAACGAUUGUCGGCACUAUCGCGUAGUUGCAAUUUGUUCAUGAUUUUAAUUUUUUUUUUUUUUUCCUAGCAAUCCGUUUUGAUAUUGAAUCAAAAAUGACCGCAUUUGUAACGAAACGCAGUGCACCUAAAUGAAAAACUGCCCUGAAACGAUUUCGUGUAUUAGGUGCGUUUAUAUUUUCAGUUCGCCGGAAAUGAAACGAUUGGCUUUUUUCCACGUUUGUUGUUCAUCUAAUUUGAAACCAAUAACGAAACCCGACAAAGUUUCGAUAAUUUCGGUAUCGCGUAUCAUAUAACGCGCAUACACUACUGCUGCCGAACAUUAUUUUGCACUAUUAUACGUAAGGAAACGCGGGAAACGUUUUCGUUUUUUUUUGAUUUUCGAAAAUAUUUCCAAGUAGGUUACAAAAGUUUCGUGACCAGUCGUCAAAGUCAAUAUCUAUACUACACUACACACUAUACGUCUGCCUGUACGUUAACGGUAAAUAAAACGGUUGAUCGAUUUUUUUUUUCUCCAAACAUUUUGUGUACCGGUAUUUUUGACGUUUUAUCCCGGACCAUGCGGUAUACCUAUACUUAUAUUAUAACCCGCAGAGUAAACCACCGAGGAAAACUUUUUAACCGGGUUAUAAUAAGUCGACAAAUCAGCUGUUAUUAGUUUUUAACUCUGCCCAAAAGUCGUAUACCCACAAUAUGUAUGGCUUGUUUUCGGUCGAAUUUCGACUUAAAGUCUUAUGACCAUGCGCUUAGCGAUAAAAGUCAAAAUUACUAUACGCACACACAUAACAUUAUGUUUAUCUACAUGCUCAUUCGAUAUACGGACGAAAGUUUAUUGAUCGACGCAAUAAGGGGUGGUGAGGGUGAGGUGAAAACAAAGUCCACAAAAUCUAUCGAGAGACCGAAAACGCCUCCACAAACUCGACCGGGCAAAUAAAUUAUUAUCCGAAUGGUUUAUUCGGACGAACGGUUCUGCUCUGUCGGAAUAUGCACGAACAAACCCAAAUUUAUAUUUUUCUACAUUAAAUUCGAUUUAUUUUUUCCGAAACCAUACAGGUACGUAUAUUGAAAACUUAUAGUACCUACCGUUCAUUUAUUUCACGACGUCUGCUGCUGCAGACAUGUUGUUUUCCGGUCGAAAUAGAACUAUUUUCUCGAAAAGCGCAAAUGUAUACACAUACCUCUGUUACGGUUUAACCGCAAGAAUUAAAAAUGCUGUUCAUCGAACCCGUCCCAGUUGUGUAUUUAUGGUGGGAAGGAGGAUAGAUCCGUUUGAACUUUUCUCUUUAAAUACCAUUUACUUCGAAAGCAAUAAUUUGAAAAACAAAUGCAAUAUUUACUGUGCGUCUUAUUUGUUUGUUAAUAGUAUAUGAUUAUUUCAAUAGAAAUUAGUCGAUUAUAGAAAUUAUUAAAUCUCAGUCGCGGACCAAUAACAGUAUCUUAAUAUUCGUGAUAUCAGCACAUCGGAUAACGAGAUAGAUUUAUAGGCACGAAUGUCAACACUGCGUGUGAAAUGAAUAAAUUAUUGUCUCAGGAACAGUAUUAAAACAUAAUUAAUAAGCGCGUUAUAAUUAUUAUUUGUGUGUAUAUAUAUAAUAAUAUACGUGUACAAAUCUUUAUUAAACUUUUUAAGAAUUUGUGUGUUUUUAUGAUUAUAGACUAUAGACUAAAUAAUGUGUUAGCUUUGCUAUCUUGCCACGGAUAAGUCAACAUAACAACCGACGUGAAGUAAUCAAUGAUUUGUACUUAAAACGAAAAUAAAAUUUAACUUUUUAUUAAAAAUAUCGAUGAAACAAAGUAAAAUAAAAUUAUUAAUAGUAUUAUAAUGCUAAUCGUCUUUAUUAUAAAAUGUUUUAUAUGAAAAAAAAAAAAAACCUUUCUAAAAAAAUACGUAUCCCAAUAUCCAGUAUCAGAAAAAUGAAAAUCGUGUACACUUACAAUUCCGCUGUCUUCCAUAGACAAAAUAAUGAAUUCUCAUGGCCACGGAAAGAGAUGGAUUUCAAAAUGCGUUCAUUAAACCGAUCUUUAUCAGAUUGUUAAUCGGUCAUAAAACACGUGUAGGUAAAAAAACAUUUGUCGCCUCGUCGAAAAUUAUAUCGCAACGAAUUACGAUUUUUCUAUGUAGAUACCUAUACUAUAAUUAUUCCAACCCACUGUUCGAUCUUAUUCGGAUAUUAAUCGCGUUUGUAACACCUGUAGGUAAAAACAACAACAGACGCCUUAUUCUUAUUUUCACCUCGUCGAAAACGUAUCGCACGCGAAGGUCGAAAGAAUUUCAGUUCUUAUUAUUUUAAAUCGAUCCCACUAUAGGUACUUAUCAGCUAUUAAUCUCGAACACGAUACGUAGCUCGUAAAUACAAGAGUUAUUUAUUACAGGAAAAAAACUAUCUUUAUUAUUGUUUUUAUACGUCAAUGGAAGCUCGAUAAAACAAAAAAUAUUAUAGAUUUUUCGGUUAACAGUUUUUUUUUUUUUCAUUAGGAUUUCUUCGGAGUCGCUAUAGUGGAGCGAAGAAUCUAUUUGGUUCAGUACUAAAGUGUGUGUUUUUUUUCGGCAACCUAAUAAGAACGUGUGCAUAUUUUUAUGCCAGACCACAAAAGAUGCGAAUUUGUCUCCCGAUUGUACUUUAUUUCAACAAUAUCCAACAGAUAUUUAAUAUAGUUUUAAAAACUGACAACAAAUGUUUGAGACAUCGGUUUUACUUUUGUUAAUUUCUGUGUUGUAUCUUGGCUUUAAGGAAAAAAUACAAUUAAUACUACAACAAUACUACUUCGCUAAGAAUCGUUUUUUCAUUAAAAUUCUUUGUAUCGUCGCUUUCAGUAUAUAAAUUAAAUUACCCCCUAUAUCCUACAUAGUACAUAUUUCAAACUUUCUAACUACUGCCUAUACCCGUAGUUCGAAAUUCGUCGGGCUUUUUACAUUUAUAAUUAAAGUUAUUAUACUGUAUAUUAAAAUGUCCGUCCGUACUGUAUUUGUUUUUUUUGUCAGUUAUAAGUAGGUACUUGUGCAUUACAAUAAUAUUAUUAACAAUAUCAAUAUCACGAAUCUCGUUGGUCGAAAAUAAAAAAAAUUGCUCGUCGUCAUCAUUAUGUAUACCUAUUAUAUUAUAUUUACGUCGUUAUCAUUCAGGAGUAUUUUCCGUGAUUAAUACGGUUUUUGAAUGGUCCUCUCGAGGUUAGGACGUCGUGGCGGCAGCGGCCGCGGUUUUUGUGAAAAUUGUUCAUUUUAUAUAAUCUCUCGUGCUAAUUAAAACUGCUAAGCACUACACUAUAUCCUUCUACCCUCGGUUGCAAUCUCGGAGAGUUAUUAUGUUCGCUGUUCUGUGUAUAUAUACCCUCGUAUAAAUUAUGUUCAUUAAUCGUUUACAAUAAUUUAUUUUAAAAUAAUAAACGUGCAAAUUAAUUCGCUCGACAUAAAUCUUACAAAAAAACGCACUGCCUAACUUCUUAAUGUAUACACUUACGAUAAACUUUACAAUUUCUAAUCGAUUGACUCGAGCAGUUAUAUAAGUGGCGUGUAAAAUCAUUUGUUAUUCCUCCCCUCCCCUCCUUCUGUUUAAUUACGCCUACCCUAAAGAUUGUACGGAAAAACUUUUUUUUUUUCUUUUAACUCUUACGUAUAUUUAUAUAUAAGAAAAUAAAAACCGUACGCUUAAACUGCAGCGUGGUGGCGGUAUAUUAAAAGUUCGGGAAACUUUUUAUUGAAAAGUUUUUCUAUAUUUACUUGUCACUUUAUCACAAAUUAUAUAAUAAUAUUGUCGAAAUUAACCGUUGAAAGCAGUUUUUUGUGGCAGUUAUCGAUUGUAUGUAAAAUAUUUAUAAUAUAUUAAUAUUAUUAUUAUAUCUUUUUUUUUUAUACGAUGCGCGGGAGGAAAAAGGUUUAUUAUACACGUAUUGUUUUUUAAAAGGCUUUAAAUAACAUUAGCUCCUCUUUCGUCGUGGCUACCGUCGUAUUAUAAUCCAGAUUUUGUCUUUUGCGAAUUCACAUCCGAAUGGACGAUGGAAAAUCAUUAAUAUUAUAAAUGGCAUAUGUUAUAUUAUGGAAAGAGAACCGUAGGAGCUAGAAAAUCAACGAUCCGAUGAAUUAUAAAAAUCAACUUCACGGUGUAUAAGACAGCAGGGAUGAGUGGCAUAAAUAUGAUAUUCAGAAAGGAUAGAAGAUAGUCGAAGAGACGGCACCGAGUGGAAGAGGAGCGGUAUACCUAGUAGGUUUCCCAAAGUUUAUCUGGAUCGACAAUUAUUAUCGAAUCCGAGUUUUUGGUAAAAUAUGAUAACAAACUAUUUUUGUUUAUUUUUUUUUUCGGUCACACAUUGAUAAUUUUAUUAAUACCGUCAACUAGAGAGUUUUGCGACACGAACUCAUGGUUAAGCCGAACUAUUGUUAUUAUAUAAUUAUAGUAAUGACGAACAAAUUAAUAGUGUUUCAAUUUCUAUACAUAUAGAAUUCACUGGUUGAAUACUCUGACCGAAAAAUCUUUACGCAUAGUAAAGUCUAUACAUAUAUUGCAUAUAUUAUAUUUAUAAUAAAAAAAAAAUAAGCGAUGAGGCGGAUCUACUUAAACCCACCCAUGUGUACUGACCUCAUUCAGGGAGAACUUAUCAAAACGGAAAAUAAGCGUUAUACGAGUUCGGAGAAACGCGAAAAGAAAACAGAGAAAAGGCUAAGGAUUUGGGACGGACGUAAUCGAACAUUUCUGAACUAGUUUACCGAAAGGUGUUGGUGACCUUUAUCUCGUGCAGCUGCAGUAUGGUAGACUAAAUAAUACAACGAAAAUUCGAAAACUGUCUGCGGAACGGAACUCCGAGCGACCGAACACCGUGUACGGACAUGUACCGUUCGCUAUUUGCGGGUUUCCGUUUGACGGAAGUUUCAAUACACGAGAAAUUCAAUUUUCGAACGGUUCAAAUUUCCGCUUUAUCGAGGAACCGUUUUAAUCAUUAGACCUUACUGGAUAUUGGUCAACGAUCACUAACUCUACUGUAUUAUGUAGUCAAUAUCUAUUGUCUAAUCCAGAUAAUUAUGGUUUGAGUUAUCUACUUAAUGCUCUCUUUAGACAUAUACGGUUUAUUAAACAUUAUUCAGAUCCAUUCGUCAUAAAUAGAAUAUUUCGGUUUUUAGAUAUUUCACUCGCAGAAUACUACCAGUACUAACUUAUACUUGCACCUUGUCACCUACUGUAAUUCGUUUUUACUACCCGAAUACCCGAAUUAAAAUUUUUUAUUAAUCUCAACAUGUUUAAUUUUAAUCAAUGACAAAAGGAGGUAUACAAAGCAAAAUUGUCCGUACUUUUCGCCGAGAAAUAAAUAUUUUAAUAUUUACCUAAUUAUUAAUCCCGUAAAUGAAUGUAUUCAUAUUUCGUAAGCACAAUAGUUUAAUUUGUAUACGAUUUUACUAUACGCAUAAACAUCAAGUUAAAUGCUUAAUUAGUAGUCGUUUAAAUUAAAUACCUAUUUCAAAUCAAGCAAAUAAUACAAAUUAAAUGUUUCAUAUGAUUUUAAAAACUAGACUAUAUUUUCUUGUAAAUUAUUUAUUUGUUACUAUUAUAUACAAAAAUUAUGUAUAAUUUAUUAAUGCAUAAAAUACGUAAGUAUAUGAAAUAUUUUUAAUUUCAUAUCCUAAAGUACUGUUGUUUUAAAGUUCAUGUACAAUUUCGAUGGCUCUUUUUAAAGUGUUCGAAGAUACAAAUACUUAGUAGCGUGAUCCCGAUAGUCCAUAACCCAUUUAAAACUUCUACCGAUUGUUGAUCGAAAAUCAAUGCUCUUGAAUUAAAAUCUGUCUGCAUAAUUUUUUUUUUUUUGAUUUUUAUUUCCAAAGAAAAAAUAAUGUAUAAUUGAUUUUACAAAAAAACACCUUUAUAGUAUAGGGUGUUGAUUUUUUUUUAAGUUACAAAUUGUACAAAGAUAAAUGAAUAUUUAGAUUGCUGUUCAAGGAAUAUUGUGCCUAUUUUUUAUACACUGCUCAACUUUAUCCCUUCCGCCAUGACCAGUCGCUUUAUCUUGACUUUCUUCAAUUUUUUCAAAAUAAUUUCCAUAAGGUACAACAUGAAUAAUAUUUUCAAUUUUAGUUAUUGGUUUUAAAACAAUGUGUUUAACAUUUUCUGCUUCAAUUAAAUACUAUUUACGACACAAAUAAUAUUGGUUUUGCCUGGAUUUAAUUUUGUAUCGUUGAUUUCGUUUAGAGUUUUGUCGUAGUCUUCUUGAAUCCACGGUUUUUUUUUUUUUUUUUUUCUUGGUUGUCAUAAAUUUAUCUCAAUUUAUUAUUCAUAAAACAAUUUACUGUGUGAAAUGAUAUUAUGUGAUAUAAAUAUAUAUAUAUUAUAUAUUACUAAAACAAAUUUUGAAUAGGCCGGCCACAAUAUUAUAAUCACAUAUGCACAUACCAAACUAAAUUACAGUAGAAUUCAACCAUGUUCUGUAUAUUUUUCAGUGACGUCAAAAUUACGUAAUUAUUGAUAAGAUUACAAUUUUACCGGUGUUUAGUAUGUACAUAAGAUUCAAUAAGAUAUAAUAUUUUUCAAAAGUAAAAACCUGUGGAACUUUUAUUUUUAUAUUGUUGGGUUGAAUAAUUUUUAUAAGAAAAUAUAUUUUAAUUUUUAAAAUAAUAUAAAAACGUUUCAUUUUUAUUACUUAACUGACUUGAAACAGGCAUUUAGUAAAAUGUCUGAUUUAACUAUACGCCUACGACAUAUAAUGUAUUCUAUUUGUUAUCUAGAGUCUGGGACCUAGACACGUUUUUUUGGAUAAUCUAUUACCUGCAUCUAAAUAAAUUUUAGUUUCACCAUCAGCUUGAACUUUACCUAGAUAAAAAAAAAAAUACUUAUCUUGGAACAACAAUGCUUCUCAUAUAAAUUCGUGCACUUCGAAUAGCAUACACCUUAUUUAAUUUUUAAAAAACAUAGAAAAAAUAUUUAAUGCCGUUAAACGAAACAAUUAUUUUUAAACAGGUUUUUUUUUGUUUUUUAAAAAUUUCAUUAGACCUAAAUAAUAUUUUUACCGUUAUCAUAUCGUUCCCUUUUUCAUUUUUAUUUUUUUACGUUUGCAUCAACAACAAUGACAUUUGUGUCUACUGCAGUUACCUACUGCAGCGUACGUCUUUUCUAACGAUUUUAUGAACGUUUUUGCAAUAUGUAGUUAAUAAAGUUAGAAUUUAUGGACAGUAGGGAAAAUAAAAAUGCACAAAGCUCCGUGUAAUUUAUUCAAUUAAAUAAAACAAAGAGACAAGAGACAAGUGCAAUUAAUUCACGUGACGUUAGCCGGUAUCGUUUUUCGUCGUGGUGUCCGUCUGGAAUAAAUAAAAAAUAAUUUUCGAUUAAAAGUGAAAUUUUCCUAAAGCAAAAAACAUGGCCACCUUUAUAAAAAAUAAAUGUAUAUGUAUAAAAAAAAGCACUUAUAAAAUUAAUAUGUCGCCCCUCACAGCCACGGAAGUCGAGUGUCUAACUAUGCACCCCUAGUGGGUAUCAAUCAUAGACCCAUAAAAAAAAUGGACAGAUAGUCUCCAAUGGAUAGAAAACAAUUCAGUUUACCAUAUUCCUUCAUCAGCCAUCUAGCCCCGGGAAAAGCUCCACUCAUAAUUGAAAUAUUUCCAUCAUGACUCCAACCACAGGCACGCUAAGAACGAUGACCACAGACAUUGGUAACUGAUUAUAUACAUUUUUUUCUUCAAUGAUAUCUCAAUGUAAACAUUUCUUUCUAAAAAUGUUAGAUAUCAUACAUUCUUUUCUAAUAUCAGUCCAUUUCUUUAUGGGUCCAUGGAAUCGAAACAACAGAUAUUAUUAGUUAAACUAAUCUUUGACAGUAUUAAGUUACGUUUACUGGUAUUUUUAAUAAUUUUGACUAUAGAUAUUUUCGAUAGUUUGGUACUUUCAGUAUAAUACAGGUACAUUUAACCUAACCAAGAGAAAUACGAAACCGUGUGCUGUUAUAUCAAAACCACAAUAUAUCUAUCAUGAUAACGCGUUUAUAAUAUUUUGUCUCCAUUUGUUUCCCCGCAGUCGUGUACAGCAACCAAAUCUUCAAAACGGGUCUACCGGCGUGCGCAUGGACCAGAACGCCAAAAAUAGCUGUUCUUCCCUAUACGUCAACCCGUCGACACUACUCAGCCCGACGACAACGAAUUAUUCUAGUCACGAUCAACGGAAUCUUAUAAACCAUUCGCGGUGGUGAGUAUGAUUUUUCGACCUAUAAUCGUAUUCAUCUUCAUCUUUAUCCCACGCAAGAAAGUCAGCUGUAUACUCUUAUUCUUACCUUCCGUAUCUUCCUGUACAUCCAUUACGAUUUUUCCAUCUAACUACUUCACACGCACGCCUCCCGCAUAUUACACCCGUAAUACCAGACUUUUUUCUUUGGCUUAUCCCCGGCUUCCUUCUGUCGCCACCAAUUGACUCCCCUAAUCGUUUGACUUCCUCAAUCUAUUCUCAAUUUUUUCUCCUGCUGUAUAUCUUAUUUAACCUAUAGGUCACAAAAAUGUUCAUUUCCGCAAAUUCCGUUUGUAUUUCAUCUCUUUAAUUCAAUUGCCAUAAACAAAACACAUUCGUUAUAUAUAUAUAUAAAUUCGUUGUCUUUGCAUGCAGGUUACACGAUCUCGAGCAAAAAGACAACGCACUCAACAAAAGGACUGAAAAUCACCUGACUCGAGACUUUCCGUACAACUCGAUCAGGUCAACAAACAGGUAUACAUAUGUAAUUGUAUUAUUAUGGAAAUUUCAAUACAUAAAAAAAGGGCUCACUCGGCUCCCGUUUUUCCCAAACGGCUCUCGUUUUACAAAAAGGUGAAUUCCCGAUUUAUAUAAUUUAACGUACUCGUUGCUUGUUUUUCAGCAACGGUGAACGGGUGACCACCGGCAAAACCCCUCCACCGUGGUCUAGUCAAGAAAUCCGCGGCACCGUCAGUGGAGGCGGUGGCGUGGUACCGUGGCAGUGCGUUCCAGACCACGUGUACCCGGUAAGCAGUUACGGGCCACCCAAAAACAUCAACCAGACGACGGCGGUGUACGCUCAAAACCGGAACAACCACAAUCACAACAAUCACAAUAAUAACAAUAACAACAGUCCUCCGGAAACGGGGCCGGUAGGGAUUGGCAAAUGCAGUCCUGCCGUAGAUGCCAACCGGAACUCUUCCGUCCCUUCCGCAGGCACGGACGACGCCAAGACGACCACAGCCGCACAUCAACUCCACUCCAUCAAGUCCAGCAAAUCGUUUGAAAGUGGUGUACUCGGACAGCACGCCAAUACGCCAAACGGGAUCAUACCAUGGCCAGGUGACCGCAAGCCACGGCCACCGCAGUGGGACCAACACAACGGCGGCAGCCCGUAUGGCGGUGGGUCAGCAGCGCAUUCUUAUGGCAACGGACCAGAACAGCUCUUCCUGAGCAGCCGAUCUUCAGGAGUCCGUUCUUCUUCCAGGGGUGGAGGACCCACGUACUUUUCACCUCAGCACAAUCACGUGAGUUUCUACCCGACAUCCAGUAGUAAACAACAGUAUGUUAUUCUGCAGUGGCCUGCCUCCAAAAAACCAAUAUAGUUGAUGUAAAUACAAUAACACUACCUAUAUAAACACGUGGUAUAAACGGAUUUUUACUUGGGAGACAAUUUUCCGCGGAGAGAAGUUUUAUACUUUUAUGGAUAUUUUCUCUCAUAACAUUUACGACGUUUACACGAUAUUGUGAUGAUAUUCGUGUGGGACCACCAAAAAUCCCUCGGGCCCAACCCCAGUCACUUAUAUAUAUAUACAAUACGAUACGAUCGUACGCUCGAAAAAUACGUCCAUUUCUUUUAUUUUUCGUCCAGAUAAUAAAAAAAAGCACAGUUUUUUGUCGGACCGUCUUUCCGUAAGAUAAUAAACGUGGUCAGCCUCUCGGAAAAAAAGGUUCCAAAUAAUGCGCUCGCACACUUUCGGAAAUCGCACCCGAUUUCCGUGUCGUUAAACUGAAUCCCAGUUUCGCUCACGACGUUUUUCCCAUUAACAUAUUUUUUUAGCAAUUUUCAAAAAAAUCAACAGAAAAAAAUUCAAUGAAAUAAAAGUCCUAAGUUCAGAGAAUUUUAAAUAAGUCUUUAGAAACGUCGAAAUUCACUAAACUUUUCGUGUUUUUUCUAUAAAUACAAUAUAAUAAUUUGUGAUCAGAGUUCUUAAAUAACAACCCUCGUAAAAUUUAUAGCACUGAAAAUGUAUUGCAAUUUUUUUCAAGCGUAUAAGUAAGUAAUAAUUUUAAAUUAGGCAUGAUAUACAAAAAAAAUAUCAGUAUUGAUAAUUCGCUAAAUUCAAUUUUUAUUUCAUAGAAGGACACAAAAAAGAAACAUACUUUUUUCUUCCAAAUAGGAUUGCUUGCUAUAAUUCAUAUUACUCGAAUACCAUUUUCAUGAGACUCGGCAUAUUAUGGCAAUCUAAAGCUUUUAUCAUAAAACCGUAUACAUAUUAUGAUACUAUUUCAGGUCGACAGAUUGUCGAGCGCCGAGCUGAGAUCAUCGGCCAGUCUCGAGGAGAUCCUUUCACCGAUCCUGCAGAGCAAACUCACCACAUGUAAGUAUGAUCGUAAAAACAGUAAUAUAUUUAUCAUGCCUUUUUAUACGAAGAGACGUGUUUAUAUUUUUUUUUUUUGUCCACAGAAUCUCGUCAGGGACCACGAUGACACCCCUGGGGACCCACGGGAAAAAAAAUGAUGACUCCGCCAACGUAUUAUAUUAUAUGCCGUAUACAGUGUAAAAAAAAAAAUGUACAUAUAAUAUAUAUAUUAAGUAUUUUUAUCGCGAAGACGGGAAAAACAUUUUUUUUUUUUUUUUUUUUUUUUUUUUAUCUUUUCACUCCGAGAGAAACCGUCAGAGAUAGCGCGAUGUCGGAUAUAAGUCUGAGUUUUAUUUAUUAAAUAUUUUUCCCCGUCUAUCCCGUGUAGUGUGUUUAUAUGUACAUGUGUACUAUUAUAUCUCUCACCCUUUAUUUUUUCGUCAUCUCUUUUGCGUAUAUAUCCGAGUCAAUAUUAUAUUAUUUUUAUGCACACAAAUAUGACGUUUACCAAAGCUCAAUAUUAUAAUGUUCAACCCGUGUGUUCCGCGCAUUACAUUAUUAUAUAUAAUUAUAUAAUAUUAUAUAUAUUUACAUGUUACCAGACAAUCAAAAAAUGAUGACAAUUUCUCAUACGAUAAGAAAUCGAUGUACCUAACUUUUUGGUUGUUAGACCCAACGAUACACCGCAGGCAACUAUGGUGAGCAUUAUAUCAGGACAUCCGACGUUGGAUAGGUUAUGAUUAUAUUUUUAAAAUGCAAAACAUUAGGUAUAUAAUAGGGAGUUUUUUUUUUUUUUUCACGAUCCAGAAAUUGUCUACACAAAUUUUAAGUAAAAUAUUAUUUUUAAAAUGCACUUAAAAACCUAUUACAUAUAGUAGCCGUUAUCUCCGGCUGAAUAUCAUUUGUUUUUCCACUUGACCUACCGGUCCUAUAAAACCGAAGCCGGAUCGGGUGAUGAUUUGAUGGUUUUGCGCGGAUAUAUUACUGUUCUUUCAGAAAAAACGGGUACAAAGUUUCCGAUAACAUGUCACCUAAAAAUCUACGGAAAUGAUAACAAUCAGUGCUAGACAAUGAUAUACUACUCCCUAAACGUGCACUGUGUAGGAAUUGUCAUCGUUUCCUAAAUUGUCAACAUUUCUGGUAAUACAUAUAAGUACUUGUAUCAUUAUUAUUUAUUUUGUUUUGUAAUAAUAUAUUCUACGCAAAUUUCUUUUGUGUGUGUGUGUGCGUGUGUGUGUUUGUGUGUGUAUAUGGUAUAUGUUUUUAUUACGCUGCAUGUAUUCGUGGUUUUUUUUUCUAUUCUAAAAAUAAUUUAUUACUGUAAUAUUAUACCGCGUGCUCAACACUGACUAUAUUAAAAAUUAUAAGUACGCGAUGAAGUUCUCAACAAAUCCGAAUCAAACGAAUUAUAACGAUUUCAAGGGAUUUCGAAACGGAACAGGGAUUCCCCUAUCUUUCUUUGUCGUCACACGUCACACAAGCGCAGAGUAUCAUUUCAGACCAAUAUUUGUUUGCCCAUCAUCGAUGCAGUGACACGACACGAGUUCUGAAUACACGUUUGAACUCAGUGUGAUGCUUUUUACACGAGAUCGACCGGGCCACAAUUUCAGUCCUUAACUUCAAAAGAAUUGGCUAGAAAAUGUAUACAAACGUAAUAAAAAAAAAAAAAAAAACAAAAAACAACUGUAUCGUGUAGGUACGAUUCACGUUAAAGAUUCAAAGCUGUUGUCAGAACUCCGAUCGUUUCACUAAAUCGAUGGACAAAAGCCGGUCUAAAUUGCUUUACUAUGUGUGUGUUAUACAAUAAUAUUACGAUACAUAAAGGAACCCCCGUUCCGUUUAGAACCCCAUUAAUAUAAUAUUAAUAUAAUAAUUUCCCGAAGACGCGUACAAUAUCAAAAUUAUGUUCUUUUUUUUUUUUUUUACCCCAACGAACCAUCAUAUUUUGUAUACUGAUCGAAUAAUAAGAAUUUCUUUUUUUUAUAUAAAUAUACACAAAUACAAUAUAUAAGAAUUGUAUUAGCGUUUUCGGGAAAAAAAAAUUAAAAAGGAAAAAAAAUCAAUAUUUGCACUUUUGUAUUAAAAUAUAACAAUAAUUUGAUAACACGUGUGUAUUCGCCGUAUUGUUUUUAUCGUCGUCUAUCUAUUUUGCAGUAUAAAUCGAAUGUUCGUAUUUUAUAUUUACAAUAAUAUAUAUUGCGAAUAAUUAUAUAAUUUAUGAUACAGCCGUGUGUUGAUUUUAUUAUUUUCAUUAUGUCGUUUUGCCAUCGUCUCCUCCUGUCCUACCGCCGGACGAAGUGACGAACUGCCACACGUUCUGAACGGCUUCGCAACCCGCCGAGUCCUUGUACGAGUACGCGCUGACUUCGAACUCCUACGG